GUACCCAUUAGGGGUUAAUAAUGUUACGAGUAAUAAUAUAUACUUUAAUAACGUUUACAGCGGACGUUUUACAUACGUAGGUACCUGCGUAAAAUCAGCGUGUAAAAUUAUAAAAUAAUAAUAAAAUAUUGUUAUACAAGGAGACAAUCGAACGCGGUUAAACACCAGUCUUGUCGUACAGAUGGCGAUCGCAGUGCAUUAGUCAUGUGGUCGUCCAUGGGCGACGAGAAACCGUCAGUCAGUGCAGACCAGCGCUCGAAUCGUUUCGCUGGUUCCCUAACGUUCCGCUUACUAUCGCACUUGAAUACGUUACACGCCGUCGCAUUAAUAUUUUCAAAUCGAAAUUAUUUAUCAUAUAAAGGUAUAUAUAUGUAAUUUUUUUCUCGUUUUGUUUUUUUUUGAUUUUUUUUUUUUUGUAUGGUGUUCUGUGCGCUCUAUAUAAAUAAAUAACAGAAAGAAAGACAAAAAAACGAAAAAAAAAAAGAAAAAAAAAAAGAAAAAAUAGUUAAGAAAAAGAAGAAAAUACGGUUAAACGACAUGGUCGUCUGGUCCCAGUGUUUCGUAUUAAUAAUAGGCCGAGAAUGUCCCUUGGGCACCGCUCCAACGUGAAGCCGCCACUGUUGUUUUCGUAUUUAUCAUAAUAAUAUAUAUUAUAAUAAUAUCUAGAUUUUUGUUAAAAAUUUAAUUUUUGUUUUGUUUUUUUUUUCUUCCGAAAGUGUAUACAAAAUUGAAUUGUUACUAUUUAUCAAUCCGUACGUAGAUAUUAUAAUAUAAUCCGGACUGAAAAAGAGAAAAGAUAAAAAGAUUUUUUUAAAAAGCUAAUAACAAAAAAAAGUUAAAAAAUUGUGUUAUCGGCGGGGUCUAUAUUAUACUAUCGUAACGCAUCGUGCCAUCCUACAGGAUAAGGAUAACUAUACAGUAUUGUUUAUCGUACUCGGUAAUCCAGGUAUCCAGCGAAUCUGAUGCAUGGAUACGUUGACCAGAAAUAUGCCGUCCAAAAAACAGUACAAUCUCGUGACCAACGACGAGUACGACACGAGAAUACCUAUGCAUCCGGAAGAAGCGUUCGAGCACGGUAUUACAUUCCACGCCAAGGUAAGAUAAUUUUUUUUUUUUUUCAAUUGCUAUUCUAUUGGCACCGCCACCGCUGUAUUUUAUUUGCAUCGUAAAUUAUGAUCACCGCAAUUUUCACCGAUACACGUAUUAGAGGGGUUCGAUUAUACGCUAUACGCGUAUACGUUUUCAUUUGAACGGUUUACCGGUGGCGUGGCGAGCGUGUUACUAACCCUAAGCAAAUGAUUGGAAAACGGUCCAAAAUUACCAGCGCAUUUUUUCUUCCUUCAAUAUCACAUAUUCCUAUAGAGGGCUAAGCAAACGUGUUAAGGGAAACGUCGUUCAUCGGCACGUUAGAAAAAUAAUAGGGAUUCGUUGGCGUUUUAAAGCGGGUGUAAGCCCCAAAUACUGUGUAAUGAACAAUUUCACGUCGGACACGUUUUGAUUGUCAAUUAAACGCUCACUCGAAUUUAUAACAAUGUUCGAAUAAUGCGUUUUGACGUUAGUAAAUAUAUUUACUAUUUCUACAGCGUUGAUGGUUAAUUGCCGGUAUAGAUUAUUAAUCGAACAUAAAAAUUGAAUAUUUUUUUUUUUUGGAAUAACUCGUAUAUUACGCAUCCAUUUUGAUUAAAAACCGAUAGUAAUUUUGCGUUUUAAACAUUUCAUUUAAGUUCACUGAUUUAAUAAAUAGAAAUAUUUUUAAAUAUCUACCAGAUUAUAGUACCUAUUAUCACCAUUAUGCGUUGCGGUUUCGGGUGUUGGGUACAGGUUUUAUUAGAUUUAUGUUCUUCUAGAAUAAAAUUAUGACUAAACGAUUGAAUAGGUAUUCAUAACAAUUGACGAAACAGGAUGUACAUUAUUUAAAUCAUACCAUUGCAUUAGUGAUUAAGUCUUAAAUAUAGGAAGAAGGGGCCAACGACACGAGCAAUUUUAUUGCUCUGAUUGUAAAUGACAUUUCCUUCCUUUAUCAUGAAAUAGAUAUGACAUUUGCUUUAGUACCUACAUGUAAAACUUAUGUAUUCAACGUGAAAUAAUGUACAUUUUAUAUUUCACGUGGGAUACUAAUAAGAAUGUUUCUUCUGCUUGCAUUCAUACUUUAUGUAAUGUCAUAGUAUACAGUUAAUCGGUCGAAAGCCGGUAUUAUUUCAUUAUAAUAUUAUAUUGAUUACGAUAUUGGUAAAUGUGAAAAAAAAUAUAAAUAUUUUGUUUAUGUAUCAAUUAUCUAUUCAAUUAAGAAUCGUUAAAGGACAUUGAAAUUAUUUAUACCUAAAUCGAAUAAAUAUAUAACAAUCAUUUAAUUUACGAGUAUUUUAUUAUGCGUCAUAAUAUAUAUGAUGGCUGUAUAAAUUAAAACUGGCCGAGUUGUAGUUAUAGUUUAAGUUUAAAAGAAUAUUAUUGAACUACAAUAUUGUUAUGAUACAUAUUCAAGUGUUCUAUACGGUUAAUGGAAACUUGGACGUAUAAAUUAAAAAUCCAUUAACAUUGGUUAAUGCGUAUAGGUACAGGAUCAUUACAUUUUUAUAAACCAACAUAAAUAUACAUUUGUUUUUAAAAAGAGCUGAUACUGGGGAUGGGUGUACCACUGUUGUAGGUGGGAAUAGUUGGUCAGGUAGGAUACAAAAAUUAAUUUAAUUUAUAUCCGUACACAUCGGUAAACCAUUGCUAACGAAAAACGAUUCAGAGUGAAGUUCGGUUGUACAUGUUUUGAAAUAUCAUCAUUUUUACAAUUUGCAUUAACCCUUUAAGUGCGCAGACACUUUUUUCAAUGACACACCCACAGAUCUAGUUUUUAUUUUGUUAUUCUACCUCCCUCAAUCGUCCUCCCAUAAUCUAUGCAUAGUAUCUUGAAAAUAGUUUAAAAAAAAAAAAAAAAAAUACAAAAAAUAAACAAUAAUAAAUAAAAAUUAUCUUAAGAAAAAAAAAUUUUCACAUACCGCUCAAAUUUCUUUUUAAAUCACUAAAGUUAAACUUAUAAUGAACCUUAUAUUGAAUUGUCAAACAUUUAUGUUUGGCUAAACAAUUUUAUUCAUAUUAAAACAAAUUAAAAGUAAAAAAAAAAAUUUAAAAAUGUCGAACACCUAUAAAUAACACCUAUAAAAGAACACCUAUAAAAAAAACCAGAUUAUUUUGACUAUUUCUAGAAUUGGGUAAUAAAAUUAUUCCGUAGAAAUUUCAGAUCACUACGAUUAUUUUUAACUAAAUUGCAUUAGAAACACAAAAUUGAAAAUAAUGAAACCGGUAAUAUCGUAAACUUUCCCGUGUUUCCUACGGGUUUUCCUGGAUUUUUCUAAUUAUUAAGAUAACCACACCGAAAAUCUAAAAAUUACUUCCUUUCAUACCAACUAGACAAAAUUUUUUUUUAGAAAAGAUGAUAUUCUUGAGCUUUAGAGCAAGAUUUCUGAUUUCUGAGAAUAAAAAUUGAAAAUAUUUCAAAUAAUAAAAUCGUUAACGCCGUGUUUUCCCGUUAUUAUCCGGUGUUUCUGAAUCAUUAUAAAAACCACUUAGGAAAUAAAAAAGUGACCUCUCAUAUGCAUUAAAUAGAUUAAAAAUAUAACAAAACGUUCUUUUGUCAUUCGCUGAGUCUAAAAUUAACGGAACUUUACUUAUUUGAGAAUAAUAUUUUAAAAAUAUAAAUAUUCUGAUGACGAUUACUAUUUAGAUGUGUUUGUAUUUUUUAAUAAUUAUUAUUGAGUAUACACAAUUCACACAACGAAACUAUUUAAAGUAUAUUUUAAUAACAAUUCAAUAACUAUAUGUGCCCUUUACAUAUUAUUUUAUUGGAUAAAAUUGGAAAUAUUUCUAUAGUUUGCAAUUUUGUGUAGGCAAAAUUUGUAUUUAGCAGUAUUGGAAAUCAGUAAUGACUAAUAUUGGUGUACAUUAUUCUAAUUAAACUUGUUUAAAGUAUAUUUUAAAACUGGUUAGCAAAACUUAAAAUGUUUAAAAUAAAUAUUAUAGUUAAUAUGCGUUCGUAAACCAAUAGGUAAAAUAAAAAAAAAUCAACCAUGUCAUAAUCUGACGAGUAUUUUUUGACAUUAUUCCGUAAGAAAAUUGGAACGGGACAAUUAGUUAUGGUUAGAAUGAAAGAUUCCAUUAAAAAUGAGAUGAUAAAAAAUCAAAAUCAAACAAAGUAUUUUUCCACAAUUAGAUACGGAUUUUUCCGAGUGAAAUUUUUCACCAUUCAAGAAACGCCGCCAAAGAAGCCACGGUAGAAGUAAAAUAUUAUACAGCAUCUGACGAGAGAAAGUAUGCUGAAUUGUGCACUUUUAAUCGUAAAAUGUGAGAUUUGCAAUAUUUAUAUUUAAAUAUUAAAAAGAAUGGGAAUCUCGGAAAAAAAAUAUUCAACAACACUGGUCGAUUAUUUAAACAACUGGUUUUGUUUUUCAAGGUGAAUCGUCUAUCCGUUUAGCAACUUUGCUCAUUAUUAUUCGUUUCGUAAACGUCAAAAAUUCUAUUCGAUCUCAUAUGAAUCAUACCUACAAUCGAUGAUGUCACAUAUUCACAUCAAUGAAUGCGUGUGACUGUAUAGUAUUAAUUAUAUGAAUUUGAAUAGAUUUAAGCGAUGAUACAUUAAUGUAGGGGACGGAAAUUUUGCAAUUUUAGUCAUUAUUACUCUUUUGAAUUUCACGUAAUUAUCAUGAUGCGAAUAAAGUCUCAAACAAAGUUCCUAUCGCCCACAGCAGUCCUAUCGCAUUUCUAAACCCGUAUUCAUGAGGUUUCACUUCGCAGGAAAAUACUAUUCGGUUUCCUUCCUGGUGAUAUAACAAAAAAUGUGCUUUCGUUUAUAAAAAUAAAAAAAAUGUCCUUGAUGUAUUUUAAUUAAUGGUCUGGUUUUUACAACCAGAAAAAAAAAUGCUAUCUCCCGGUAAAAUUAAAAAUGCACGAAAACAUUUAAAUAAGAUGACAUCGACAUCAACUUUCUUUUGCUAAUAUGACUUUUAAUUAUACAUCGUUAUUAUUAUCCGGAAAAUCGUUCCACUUAUAUCAAUCGAGUCUCGAAUGACGCACUCUGUCGUUAUACUUCAGAGUUUCGACACACGUGGACAAUUUAAUUGGAACCGGUGACUCAACCAUCGGUCUUAAAUGAAAAUCAAUUUUGUCGACUAAAGUGAUUGACCCGCUUCUAUAAACCUUGUAUGUAUCAAUAAUGACUCAACCCUGUUGUGUAUGUUUUGAACCACAAGUGUUGUUGUUUUUUUUUUUUUUUUUAUUGUUGUUAUUUUUUCGGGCAUGUGUGACUUCCGAUUUGUUUUUUCCUACCGCGUUUUUGCGAAAAUCGCCAACUAACCGUGGCCUCAAGUAUAAAGAUGCCGAUUUGAAAAGUACCGAUGCGAAUCAAGUUUGAAUUAUUGAACCCGGUGGAAAAAAAAAAUCGCCCGGUACGUUGAACUACACUAUAUAGCAUGAAUAAUGUACGAGUUUCUGAGACAAAGACAUUGAUUUUGAUGUAACCACGUGGUUGUUUCUCGAUUCAGGAUUACGAAAUGACCGGCCGGCUGGAAUGCUAUACCGUAUAUGUGAUUACUGAUUACCGAGUGUAUUUUUUCCCUCCUCUCCUCUUUACCGUAGUCUUUUAUUCUAGGUACAUCUCAGCGUACGUGACUGCCGUACGCACGCCAGAACGGGGUAGCUGAAGGUCAAUAACACGGGGCAACGAUUUCUCGUUAUUACCGAGUGCGGUACAUCAUAAUGUUAUUAUAUGUUCGAGUAACCCAGUACCUGCACAGUUAUGUAUUAUUAUAUUUAUUUAAUUUAAAUUCGAGAUAAUUCAAUUACAGCGGUCCUAAAUUGGAAAUUUCUGGAUCGUUUCAGUCGGAAAAUUCGGUAUAUAGGAAUAAGACUGGUCUGUUUCCCCUGCCUUACAUUUUUAUUUUUUUUUUUUUUUUAUGUCCGAUCGGUUGUUACGCUCUGCAGCUAAUAAGAAACCGUACAAUUAUUUCGUGAUUAGUUUCGGGAAAAAUCGAUUCAACGGGAAAUAACGAGUUAACGGUUGAAAUGCUUUCGGGAGCUUUAUGAGAACUUGAAAUAUUCGAGAAAAAAUAAAACAAUAUAGCGUAUAUAUUUUUUAAAUUUUACUAUGUAUACAUAUUAAAAAAAUAGCAAUAUUUUUUCGGUGUCAUAAAACACGUUGUACGAUUUUGUAUCUAUAACAGACAGUAUGGAUUAUAAACCGUGACGUAUAUAUCCGUGUAAUAUACUAUUUUGUGAUCACCAGGGGAGGAGGAGGGAAGAUUCACAACCAGAUAUUAUGCAUUUUUCACGAGUACUGCGCAUAAGGCUCGCGUACUAAAUGUAUAAGUAUUUAAUAACGUUUUGUUAAUUGAUAUAUUUACGAAGGAAAGGUGUAGAGGGAGCACGCAAUUGAACAGUGGAUUCUCGGGGACCAAAUCAAAGGUGCAUUCGAAAGGUAAAAUGCCGAUUAUCGGUAUUUGAGAGCCGAUUUAAACUCGUCCCGAAAAAAAAUGCCAAACAUAUUGACUUGAACGGUUUAACGGGUAGGCUCUUUUUCCGCGAGACCAAAGAUUUAUCCAUAUAAAAAAAUAAGACAAACUUGCACACACGAUUUGUGUUAUGAAGAUGGAAAUAAUUAUGUUAUUAUUUGUUUUUGUGCGCAUUGCUUACGCGAUACUUGUAAAUGUUAUUUUGCCGAAGACACGGCGUUACAUAGGUGCGUGUUACCGCCUAUGAAGUAAUCGUUUUUGCUCCGUCCGUGUUCUGUAAUCCGCUAUGUAAUGUUAUGUGUAACGAAAAAACAUUACGUUUUUUAACGGAAAAAUGUAUUAUUUUCUUUUUGUACCGUUGUCGUACCCGCAUCGUAAUAUACGUUUCGUUUCAACGUAACCAUUAUACCGUGUACCCAUUUUUAUCGUGCCGGUCGUAGUGAAAUUCGGUAACGCAUUAGAAACACGAACCACUUCUCCUCGGCGUCGUCGCGGGUAACAUAAUAAUAUUGUGCAUCGGACGUUCGGUGUACAAACGCCAUUACGGAUUGUUAAUAUUCCUGUACGUUACGUUAUAACGACGUGCAUAUACGUCGGAAUUCCGUCAGUUUUCAAGUGUACACCGUACGGGCGCACGCGUACGUAAAUACGACGCGAUCGGUUUCCGAUUCGAAUUUCCGGCCGUGUUUCGCACGCGUCGCAGGUGUAUAUUUAUGAAGUGCCGACGACGAUAAUCUGUGCCGGGGUAAUCGAAAUCGCGCGCGUCUCUGUUAUGACGGCGCGGUGCGCCGCCGGUGAGUCGGUCGGUCGGACGGACGCGGGCACACCGCACACACGGCGCGCACACGUGGAAUCGAAUGUUACGCCAUCGGCUCCCGGACGCCGCGGUGCAGGUACGCCCGCGAACGGAAUUAGUGGGUUUCGUUUGGGUUCCGAUGUCCGGUGCGCGACGCGUAAUCCGCGGCGUAAACUGGGAAAAAAACAAAAAAAAAAAAUAAAUGCCGUUUUCGCGGACAGGCGUAAUAUAAUCGGCGGACGAAACGAAUGGUCCGUGAUCUUUAUGAGUUUGUUUCGACGUUUGAACUCGAAACGCUCGCACGGAAAUAAAUCACGACAUUACUCUAAACAGUAUUUUUACCCCCCAUUAAGCGGUACGACUGGUUAGCAUUUUUACGUGGCUAAACAUAAUGGGUUUUGUUUUUUUCUAUUCAAUCCCGUAUUGGUAAAAACGGUGUAAGAGUAAACGUUUUUAUGCAUUUGUCCGGGAGGUCGAAAUCUCAACCUCUCCCCCCCCCCUCCUCGCCCUUAUUUACAACCGCGUCGCGAACGAACACGUAUUUACAGCCGCCUGACCGCGUCAUCACUGCCUUUAUAUGUAUCUCCCGUCCCGCGGAACGACGAUAAAAGUAGUUGGCCGCUCUCUGGUUGUAUGGGCUCUCUCUACUUUGGACAAAAUUCGAAUUUUCGCCUCAUACUUUACUCCCCUCAUCUCUCGAUUCAGAUACGAUUGAUAUACAAACCCGUAUUGCCGUCGAAAAAAAAAAUAAAUACGAUUGACGUUCGGACAAAUAAUAGCGUUUGUGAUUAUAUUAUAAAAUACAAAUAAAUUUGAAUAAAACAUGCAUGACGUGUAGUAUGCGUAGACAGACGCGUUAUUAGGCGUUGGGCAGGCACACGCGGCACGUGCAGAAGGCGAAAGCGUUACGGGCCGGGAAGAAAAUAUUCGCCGCGACGCGGGCUUUUCACCGUGAAAAUCGCGUCGUCGUCUCGUUUUGUACACCGCGUCCACGCCUGGACCCACCUCAGAAACAAUAUCGCAUUGUACUAGAAUAUCCGACUGUCGUGGUAGCUAGAGCGCAGGAACUUUCGGCGGGUAGGCGCCUAUUUGUAAAUAAUAAAAUCACCAAUAAACCGCGAAAUUUCCCCGUUUCGGGUAUACCCGUAACGGGACAUAAAAAUCCGGAUCGAAAAAAAAAAAAUUGUAUCCAAGUUUUUCCUCGCACCUCGGCUGCCGCUGCAGUACGCGGCGUACUUUUAAGAUAUCACCGAAUAAACAAGUUGUUGGGUGUUUAAGGCCGGGGACGCGAACGGCACCUCUCACCGCCUCCACACGCCCCGAUGCCACCUGACGGCCACCGACGCUUGCGGGUCGUUAAACGUGAAAUUCUCGCGGGGCGAAGCGCGCGUCCGUAAACAAUAAUUUAUGGGCAGUUUGUAUUUGAUAUUUGUAUUAUUAUUGUUUUUAUUUUUCUGCCCCUCGCGCAACGGCAACGGAUGCCCGCGCGUCCGGCGCGGGACGUCGCCAGCGCUCGAUCGGACCGACGACGACGGCGAUAAUAAUAAUAAUAAUAAUAAUAAUAACAAUUAUUAAAAAGUCAUUGUGGCGUCUCGUUCCCGGACGGCGCAGCAGCAGCGACAGCUGCAUGAAUGGGUUCGUUGUUGUUUUUUUUUUUUAUUUAAUAUAAUAAUAAUAAUAAAACACUCGUGUAUACGUACAGGUAGGUGGGUACCCACAUCGUGUAUACCGCCGCCGUCGUAAUCUCGUACCGUGCGGUACGUAAAAACGCGUUCGUUUCGUCGUGUAUCGAAAGCGGCGGAUGCUUCAAGGUCAUUCCGCAUUCCCCGGAGCUCUGGAUAUACGACGACCACGACCGCGACGUCGUGGGUAUAAGCGCGCGAGUAAAAACGCACUCACCGAGUUACUAUAAUAUAGCUAGGCAGCAUAGUAAGACGACGACGACGACCAGGCCUAGAGAGAGAGAAAGAAAGCGAGAGAUAUAGAGAGAUAAAGAGACCGAAAACACGUCUUCUUCGUCUUAUUUUUCGUGUGGCCGGGUUCUAAUAAAAUUAUUAUUAUAAUGAUAUACGUAUAUGUUAAAAAAACGUAUACACGCGGCGUUAUUAUGUAAAAAAAAAAAAUAAAAAAAAAAAAUAUAAAACAAGAAAGGUGCCUUCCCCGACUAGUCCGACUACACGUCCAUAUGCUCGGCGCGUUGGUGUAGGCAUGCUGCAGCUACCACGCUGCACCUGCUGCAAUCUGCAGGCUGCACUUAUGAGUUUAUCGUCGUAUCUAUCGCGUACAAUAACAAUAAUAAUAAUAAUGAGAAAUAUUACCUAACGAAUUAUUUUAUUUUUUUAUCGUCGAAAAUCUGGCACGUGACGGCGUCGGCUUUUUGGGAGGGGGACUUGAGACGACUGACCGAAUGCAACGCGUUAUAAUAGGUUUCAUUUUAUAUUCAGUAUGACGGUAAACUGUAACAAACGUAUGGCUUUUAUUUCGAGUCACGAGAAUCGUAUAAAAAUUUUACCAGUAUCAGUGGCGGCGUAACGAAUACUAGUUUUAAUAGGUUUUUAAAACACGUCAAGUGCCACGAGACCCGAAUGGCGGUCGUGCCCGUCAUUGACCAAAGAGCCACGGGGUUUUGCCAUGAGUUCCGUGUAAUAAUUUCGGAAAACAAUUGUCCAAACGAUUUUAAAUUUUAAAAAAUUUAAUAAAAAAUAUCAAACAACUUAUUCCGUUGCUACGAAUACCAAUAUUAAGUUAGUUCUCGAGACCACCCUACGGUUUUCGGUACGAAUAAUGCAGCCACCCUUCGAAAUUUUUCACAUUUCAACAACUGAGCAACAUAAAAUAAUAUUUUUAUCGCGGUUCUAUAAAGUUUCACGCUAGCUGUCGGCUGUCACACCUAUGAUGUACACGGAGAAAUAAUGUAUUGUUAUCGGUCAGUGGCGCACUCAAGGGAGGUGAUGUGGGUGAUAUUUUAAAGAUUACAUCACCUCCCUGCCAAACGGGGCCAAGAAACCUGACCUUUGUUUUAUUUUUCGCAAUAACUUGUUACACACAAUAUAAAAUGCAAAAUUAUCGAAUGGGCAACAUGGCACUUUAUUAAUAUUUGUUCGUUUAUUUUUUAUGGUAAAUGUCAAUACAAUUGUUCGAUAUAUAUUAUAUUACAUAAGUUAUAAUUUUUUCUCGAUAUUUUUAACAAAUUCUCCCCUCCCCAAACAAAGGUGGCGGCUAUCCUACGGUGCAAGUCUUGCUUUAGCAACACGCACGAACGACAUUAGGUGGUGGGGUUUCUUGAACGUAUUUUCAAAGAUUUUAUAUUUUUUAGUUUUCUAUUCAAUGCACGAACUUUUGUGCUCAUAAAUUAGUAUCCAAUACGGAGGGCGGGUUCAGGGAGUGCCCUUAGUAAAACAGUUUUUUUUUCUCGACAAUAGCCAUCACCGGCUCUUGCGGUAAUGGUCUCCGGUAACGUUGUCGCGGCCGCGCACCGGUGACGUUACCGGGUGUCGCGUCGUCGGCCGGUGGCGCGCCACUGUAACUCGCGCGUCUAGUGGCUACUACGCGACAACCACGCGACGGUGGCGCGGCGGCGUACUACUUCGCGCGCGCCGGUACUACUUCCCGAACGCGACGCGCGAUUAUUAUAUUUAUACAUUAUGCGUGCGCGCGUGAUAUCCGCGGCGGCGUCUGCGUCCGUUUAUAUAAUAAUAAUAAUAAUAAUAAUAUUAUUGUUCGCGUCGAAACUAAUCAACACGCGAUACGCGCGCGUACCGCACCCGCCUGUACCAUCGACGGCGAUGACGUUUCAAGGGGGAUUGGGCACCGAUACUUUUGCUCUUUGUCCGGCGUUACGCGCGCGCAGUGUGGAACAAGUUGGAAGAUUUUUUUUCAAUUAAACGCCAGCAAGCACUGGCGAUACGAUGCUAAUACGUGGGUUUCUGGCGUAUACAGACACGCACCCGUGACCGCGGCGUUAGACCAAAAUAUGUUCGGAAGUCAGUCCGCCGAUUGUUAUCGACGCGGUGAAGCGAUACGAAUCCGGAUUUUGAAUACAGCGUCAAUAGCGUUUAGGGCCACGAGACCGGUCGGGCCGCUUUUCCGAAUUGCUCGUCUUUCCAAACGUUUGAUUUGAAGAUUUUCAAAUUUACGUGCGGCGAACUGUUCACUACGCCGACCGGACUGACCGCCGGAAAAUUGAUCAAUACAUUUAAAAACGGCAUUUUUUGUUAUUAUCAUUGGUUUCAUUCCGGUCGGUUUAUUUGAAUUUUUCUCAUUUUCUCCGUACUCUGUUUUCCCCGGAAUUUUUAUCCGUUACCGUGUUUUUAAAAUUAUAUAAUCUUCCGUAUCGAACCGUAUUAUUGCUGUUCGUUUCUGGUAUUUUCCACGCGUCAUAUUCCCGAUCCGCCUACACAAGCAGCUGGUUGGUUUUACGAACUUAGUGAUUUUUCGACGUUUAUAACCUAACAAUACGUUUCGUUACUCGUUCGUACAAUACCGUCGAUCUUGUCGGAAUAUUCAGAAAUGUAUAAUUGUAUAUUAUAAUUUGACGUUAAACAAUAUACAGUGAUCCAAAACAGUAGCAAAUCGCUCUCCUCUAAUUAAUUAUCAAUUUAGACGUUGAUAUUAAUGACGAAUUAUUAUAUACAAACAGAAAUUAUCUUUAAUGCCAUCAUAUUGUUAUGAAUGCAUUGAUAUUGUUUUCCUUUAAUCGUGAGAUAUAUUUUAUUUCCUUCUUCUUUCAAUCUUAAUUUAAACAUAAAUUAUUAAUUUUCCCCCGACUCAAAUAUAAUAGUUAACAAGUUAUUAAACUAGAUUCAAGACUAGAGUAAUAAUCAGAAUCUAUGAAAUCUUGAAUUUUUAAUAACUUAAUAAAAAAAAAAAAAUAAUAAAAAACACAGUUAUUUGUUCUAAAUUAUAAGUUUCAGCUUAAGAAAAUUAUUUUCUUUGUAAAAAACUUAAAAACAGGAUUAUAUUCAUACACACACACACACACAAAAUAUAAAAAUUAAAACAUCUAAUAAAAAAAAAAAACUAAUAACUAAUAACGAUAUGGAGUUUGUAAAAACACUAGUAUAUUUUAAACGCGACAGGUAGAAGAAUUUUACAAAACAUUAUUUUACUAAACUUUAUUUGUUAGACAUUAUUAGGAGUUAGUGAAACCUGAAUACAUCUUUGUGUUCUUGAUUUCCAGUUAUAUUUUAGAAUUCUGAAUAGAUGAUAAUCGUACGUUAAGAAAUGUAAGACGUCAAAAAGGGAUUGGAUAGGUAAUACGAUCGUAUUAUAACAAUAAUAAUAAUAAUAAUAAAAUACUGCAGGAAGGCGAGUGUAUACAUUCAUCAUUUAAAGUUUUCCUUGGAAAAGUUGAGUGCCGCAGGGUGAACGUCGUAAAACUUUGUGGGUAAUCGUGGUAAGGUGGUAAUCGUGUUAUUGGAAAGUAUUUUACUCUUCUAUAAAAUUGGUUUUUGUAAUUGAAAAACACUUUGGCGAAUUCUAGGACUUUGACAAUACUUGGAUUUGACGAUUAACCUGUUCUAUAUUGUAUUAUUAUUUUGAGGUUUUUCGCCGUUAAAUAACGAAACGUCUGUCGUCUAUCAUAUUUUUAAAAAAUAACACUAUUAUUGUGUCAUAAAUGAUUUGCGAGUUUAGGACAGCCAAACUGCAGCCAAAGCGAUGGUGUUUCUAGGAAAAUUGCUUGCUACUCUAAAAACCUAAACGAUUGAAAAAAAAAAAGCAAAUAGGAAAAAUGUACACGCAUUAAUGCUGACACGAGUGAAGAAAUUGAAUUUCGUGGAAAAAAAAAUAUAUGUUUACAAGUUUCACGAGAGUUAAAAUAUGGUAUAUAAGCAUAAUAUUUUGCAUAGUGAUACAUCGUUGUAAAUACGCGUGUUAGUUUUGUAUUAACAAUUUUUAUUACACUCCACAUGCAUUUAUACUGGAUGUGAUUAAUUUGAAAAAGUUUACAUUUACAUUUACAUAAUACAUAAUACAUAUUAUACGAAAUGAUAGUUAUAGAGCUAUGCGUACUCCGGGCCCCAAUUAUUAUAACAUAAUGACGGGUGGCACUAUAAAGUCAAACGUGCCGACUUUUUCUCAUGAAAAAGUGUGUUAUUUUUAAUUUAUUAUUGCUAUAUUAAAAGUUCAACGCUUUGAACGUCAGUAUAUUUACUAACUAGAUAUAGACUAAUCGAUCAAGUGGCGGGUCGGUACGUCUUCUCGUGUAAAUUUGAAAUAGAUCGGGCACUCAUUUGUAUUUGCUCGCAGUUAUUGGGAUAUCAAUAUGACAGAUGUAUAAUGUAUAUUGAGUGAAUAAUUUAAAUGGCGUAUUUGGAUACCGGACAAGUAUAAAUUGUCAAUAGUUCUGAAUGGAAUAACUUUUGUGUUGAGUUUUAAUCACGUGCAUGUGUAUGCAUAUACCGUUUAGCCGUUAAUGUUUUGUUUAUUUGAAAAUCCGUUGUGCAGUUUUUAUUAUAUUAUUUAUGAAAAAUGUAUACAUUUUGAACUAAAUAUGUAUCUACUAUCGUUCGUUGUACGAUAAAAUGAAAAAUGUUCGGUUAAUAUUGAUUAUAAUAAUGUACAGUGUGAUUUUGUUGGAUUAUUCGAAAUGGCAAUUUCAACUAAUCCAAAUCAAUAUCAAGAUACAGACAAUUAGUUUUAUGUAACACAUAUUUUGAAGGGCAAACAAUUUUUUUGUCGGUUAUUGCCAUCGUGAAAGCUAUAAGUAGAAAAAACACUAUUCAUUAUGUGUUCGCAUAAAUUGUAUUAAUGUCUUAGAAAUGUGCAGUGCAAUUCAAUAUAAUAUUAUCUCUCGUAAUAUUAUUAUUAUGUAAAUUAUUUAGUCGGGUAUGUUAUAUUAAAUUAUACACUACGUUUCACGUGUACUACGUAAUAUGAUAUCGUGCAUUUUCCAUUGACAUUUUAACGGCAUUUCAAUAAACCGAUAUUGUGUAUACCCGUACUGCUUUCCUAACAAAACAAGGCGAUUCAGAAAAAGUAAUUUUUCUCAAAACUAUUACAUUGUUACUUACUACCUUUCGACUUAGGAGGACAGUAUCCUCGUGUAUAUGGUAUUAUUACCAGGGGUUAAGGCGGCGGGGCGUAGGCGUUCCGCGUCUGGGUCGAUUGGAUUAGAUUAGGUUGUUUAAAUUGUUUCGGGCCCAUGAAUAAUUAUUAUAUUUGAAUAAACGAAAAAGUUUUUAUAAUUGUUUAUAAGAAAUAUUACUUUUUGUUUAAAAUUACUAAUAAUUGCUUCUAUAAUAAUGGUUUUUUUCUUUCACGAUAUCCAACAUUUUGGGCCGAAUUUUUCUAUCACCGUAGAAUCGAUACUUAUUCCCAGUAUAUCUGUGGUUAUACGUAUAUAUGCAAUAUUUUCACAGGCACGAAACAUGAAAACAUUAUAAUUUUACGGAUAGAUAAAAAGUCAAGGAGGAAAUAUUGAGUAUAUUAUAAUAUGAAGCUUAUAACCUGUAGCAAUGAAAAAAUUACAUGCCUAGAUAAUGCUUGAAGUAAUAUAUUUAUAAAAUAUAUCUGCAUAGGUACACCGUGUGAAUGUAUUCCAAAGCUUUGAUUUUAUAUUAGUUUUAAAAUCGUAGAGUGAAAUCUUAACCUUAUUUUUUUCGAUUUUUGUCGUUUGUGAACAAUUUAAAAUUUGCAGGUUAUGAUAUUAGAGGUCUUGCAUAUCGAAUUGAACGAGAAUAUAAUAUUGUAUAUUUUAAUUUUAGUAGUUUGUUCCAGUGAUCCAAUCACCGCGAAUAAGGACAAAGUUAGUGCAAAAUAACGAUUAUAUUAUAAUUUAUAAUGGUGUAAUAAUAAACAGUAAACUUUCCUAUCUUCAGAACUAUUUAAUUCGAACUAAGUAUAUAGUUCGUGAUAAAUUAGUUUAAACUUUACGGUUGAAUAAAUCGAAUCGAAAUCACAAGAAGUUAACCGUUUUGAAUGCGUCAUUUAAGUUACUUAGCUAAAUAGCCGUAUCGAUAAAUCUUAUUUCCUCUAUUUCAUAAUUUAUGUUAACGUUUUUUUUUUUUUUUCGCUUAAAGCGAAUCGCGUUUAAUUUUAAAAUUGAUGUGAACCCGCGCUUGGAUAAAAAUAAUCGUUAUUUUUAAUAUUAUUCAGGAAACUAAAUAAUUAUAAAUAAAAUGCACUAUUAAGAAUAAGUAAUAAUAUAUACAGGUUUUUUUUUUUUUCAAAAGAGAUAAAUUGAAUUUAACGUUAAAUAUUUCAUUUUCACUUUUUGUAUAAUAUGUAUAACGUUUAAUAUUUUUGAAAGAUAUUUUUUUAAUGAAAAAAUUAAUUUGACAUUUUUGAGGAAUUUCAAUUAAAAUAACCACAACCACAAACUUAUUUUAUUUAAGCAAUAUACAGAUUUCAAAUGAAGGACCGCCGGGUUUUUUCAAACAUAUUAUAAGGUUAUUCCAAAUUAAUUUAUAAACUUGUUUAUAAAAGAGAUGUGCGGAUAAAUUUUAUAUUUUAAUAUUUCUGCUCGUGAUAAUGGUAUAAAUUGCGUGAUGUAUAUUUCUAGAUUGCCGCUUGACGUACUCUCAUAGGAUGAUAUUAUACCGGACAAAAGGGGUGAGAUGCGUAUGUAACCGUGGGCAUUUACGAUAUAUGCACCCUAAAGUACCUAUACUUUUUUUCCGUCAACGUCUACGUCAAAAACCGUACGUGAUGGUGAUAUUAUUUCCUACCUUUUUUUUUUCUGCUGAAAUUUCUACAUAAUAUUUUUCUACUCGAACUACGCGCCAAUAGCGUACCACGCGUACAAUUCUUUUUUUUUUUUUUUUUAUUGUUCACCUGCAAUGGCAGCGCGUAGUUUUUCAUGUACAACAGCCAGCACAAAACGGUUCACAUUGUAUGCAAUCGUUAUUCUCGGGAAAACGCGGGGUUAUGGCGAAGAACUAUAAAUAAUAAUAAUAGUAAAUCCAAAAAACGUAUUCCCCUUUCCAAACAACCGGGUAUUGUAAUCGAAAGAGAAUAAUAAAAAUCAUUACCAGCAGUACGUAUAAUAUUAUGUCAAUACUACACGAUUGGUGUAAUAAGUAUAUAUACAUAUAAUAAUAUUAUAUCAAGUCGCGUACACGUGCCGACCUUAGUGAAAUUCCUAGACUCGAUGAACAACAAAAAAACUAACUAGUUGACAAUAUUUAAUCGAAGAAACCACGACCAAGGAUUGCAAGGUCUUUAUUAUGUUAUAUUAUGUUGGGCUUCGACAUCGCAACGAAUCCUUACCGGGCCGCCGCGAGUCACCUGCGAGCGUGUAACACUAGAACACCGGUGGUGUUGGCGGUGUAGUAAUAGAAAAAAAAAAAUUACACUACGCAUUUAUUUGCGAAACAAUUCGACUUUACAUUUCCUGUUAGUAUUUCAAUACGAGUAGAACUGUAUAAGUAAGCAAAAAUCGUUAUUUAAACACAACAAAAUAUGCAUUUUUAUUGAUCGAAAUGUUGUCGCCGGGUUCAAUCAGGGCCUGAUUAAUGGAUUUGCCACUAGUAGGCUGGGGUUGAUUUUUAUUUUUUUUUGCUCAUCAUUAAAUUUGCCUUUAUAAAGUUCCUCUCCCUAUAAAUUCAUGUACACCCGUAACAUGUAUUCAUGUUUAGCUUUUAUGUAAAAAAGGUCUGGCUACCCCUGCCACUGAUAUACAGAGAUUCCAGUUACAAAAAAUCAAAUCAUUUUGUUGCGCCCCCCCCCUAUUUAACGGCGUUAAAUUGUUCAUGUUUAAUAUGAACAAUUUUAAUUUAUCUAGAUAAAAAAAGAUACAAUUUUUUUUAUGUUACAAUAUAGAGCUAAGGCUAACUGAACACAUAUGUAUAGAUUUUCCAAAUAAAAAUAAUAAUAAUAAAUUUAAAAUUAAAAGUUAGUUUAAUUUUCUUCUAUGUUACCAUGUUAAGUUAAAAUGUUUAAAUUUCUUUAACUUUAAUUUUAUCAAGUCCAAUAGUUUUUUUUAUAUUUAAUGUUUGUAAAUUUACCUUGAUUACUGAAUAGAAUUAUUGAAAUUAAUAAAAUUGAUAAGUUACUGAAGAAUAAAGAAGAAACAAGCAAAGUUAAAUGCUUAAAAUAAACAUAAUUUAACAACAUAACUUGUUUAUAAACUCGUUAACACUAAUUUGUUCCAUACAAUAGUUAAAAAUAGUACCUAUGUAUAAUCAAUGAUAUUAAUAAAAAUAUAAAUUAAAACAUUUUAGUGUGAACAAUAAUUUUGAUAAUUUAAUACUUAAAAAAAAAUAUAUUAAUUUUUAUAUCUAAAUAAAUAGUUCACUUAUUUUUAUCUAACGAUGGAUCUAGAUAAGAUAAAAGAAAAGUAAAUAACUAUCUAGAUAAAUCCGAAUACUGGUUAUUUUUUUUAAAGAGAGAUUUUAGAUUCUGAGUGGUUGGUUUUACAAUAAUGUUUAUUUUUUUUCUGCGAACAACUUUUCUACCAAAAAUUUUUCUCUGAUUUUGAAGUAUAGCAAUCUUGAAAGGAAAUUUAACUGGAGUGAUACAAUAGACCAUUUUUUGAUUUUCCCAGAAGUUUUUAUAAUAAAUGGGAAAAACGUAUAAGAAAAAUGGGAAAAUGUACAGAAUGAAUUAUUUUUAAAUCGCAAAUAUUAUGGUCUCUCAAAACAUGUAUAACCGAACUCCGCUCAGAAUCGCUUUUUGUUGCUAAUGAUUAGUUUUUGAGUACAGAUAUAUAUUAAAUUUCUCCUCUAUCUUCCUAACUUCUCACCUACAACAGUGGCUUAUCGUGCGAAAUAUGUCCUUUUGUUUUUGGUAAAAUAUUCUAUUAAAAUAAUAAUAAUAAAAAAAAAUGUUUAUUUAAAGUCUGAAGUUUAAGUAAAGUUUAUCCGAGAAAUAUCAAAGUUUCUCUAUAAAAACUUAGUAAAUGUUUUCGUGUUUAUAACUUGGUGAAAUAAUUUUUAGCUUCUGACCCUAGCGAGUAAUGUAGGUAUUGGUUUUUUUUUUACCAUUGCUAUGUUUUUCCCCUGUCUUUUGACAACUCUUCUACCAGCAAUCUUGUCUCGGUUUUUAAGUAUAGUAUCUUUUCUGAAAGUAAAUUUUGUACUGUUAGUUCAUUGGGAGUUUUUAGAUUUAUUCUAUGAUAUUGAGUAUACUAUUGGAAGUACGAUGAAAACACAUUUUUGAUAAUAUAUUGCCCGUUAAACAGACAGAGACGUAAAAUGUUACUGUGACGCCCUCUUAAUACCUGUAUACCUAUACGUACUUCUACGAUUUUUAAAACUCGUUUUGUUGCAUUAUGAUGGAGAUAUAAUAUUAUACUAAUGCGUAGUUUUCAUUCGUAAUAAAUCCAUUUAUACAUGAAAAAAAAAAUUCUCUUAUAAUAGUAUAAUACUCUAAUACCCAGCUAGAAUGCUAUAUUUUAAGAAUUCGAUUAAAUUAUGACGCGCACCUAUACCUAACCUAAAAAAAGAAUAAAAAGAAAUGCAUUUAAAUAAUUUUAAAUAAUAAUAUUAUUCGUGGCGUAUGUAUAUAAGUCGCUAGAUAAUCUUGACCGGAUUCGGGUGUUGCAUUAAAAAAAAAAAAAAAAUAAAAAAAAUAAAAAAUAAUGUUCCCCACUUUUAUUUUUCGUGUAAAAUAACCUACCUAUAACUAUACCGGGAUAGAUGACGACGUUUCUCGCGUACGUGAGUUUUAUUAUAGUCAGUUAUAUAUUUUAUUGUGUACAAGACGGGCAGAUACAGAAAAAAAAAAUGUCCGUUCAUUUCUCCGGAAUAAGUAAAAAAAAAAAAAAUAUAUAAAUUGUUGGUUCGUUAUAAUAAUAAUAAGUUAACAUUUUUAUUUCCGUUGUAUUAUUAUACGACGACGGCCGUACAAAUCCGAGUAAUAAAAAUUAACUACCUAAACAUUUGACGGGGGAUAUUAUUUUCGAAGUUGAUAUUUUAAGUGCAACGAUUUGAAUAAUUCAUUAGAAUACCGAAUCGUUCCUCUCCGCACGGUCCUUCUACUAUGUACUCGUAUGAAUUUAUUACUUUUCAAUGUUUUGUUGUAGAUUAUCGUUCGAUUUUUUUUUUCACCGACGAAUGUAUUUUCAUUUCAAAUCGAAAUACUAUUACAUUAUAUUUACUUAACACUCGUACUCGUGCACCAAUAAUACUUAUACUCGUAUGCAUAUAUUUUAAAAAAGUUUAAAUUGGAAUCGUUUGGAAUAUUUUUAUAGUAUAAUAUAAAAUAUCAGUGCAACAGCAAGGUAACAUAGACCACUUUUCAGAAUUGUUCAGCAGAGGGAUAAAAAUCAUAGAUAUAUAACAUCUAUGAGAUUGGUCUUUUUUUUUUACCAGAAAUUAUCUUUGAACUAGUCUUAACUAUAUCACUAUUUUCGAUCGACUUGCAUUAUUAUAUAAAUCAAAUUAAAUAUUGUUUUACCUACUUGAAAUUAUUAUAAAGUUAUUUGCGAAAAAAUCAGACUUGCCUUAUCAUCGUUGUACUGAGCGCUUUGGUAAUUUAAAAAAUGAAAGGAAAACGUCUAUUUUAUUCACUAUAGGUAUUAACUGAUUUCAAAAAACUGAUAACGUUCUUCAUUCACCGAAUAUGUUUUAUCAGUGGCGUAUUUAAGAGUGUGGCGACAAGGGAGUUUUAUCUUUAUUUUCGAUUAUCCUUUUUCCAACAUUUAUAAUAUUUAUUUAUGUGCUCGUGCCUCCCUCGGGAGUUAGGCCUCACAAUUUGGGAACUGUUUAUAUAGGUUCUGUGGAGAAUAAUAUAUUUAAUUAUUAUAUCUUAUAAUUAUUGUGUAUGUGUUGAAUAAUCAACGAGUUUAUUACUGCAGAUAGGUCAGGUCAAGUUAGGUUAAUAUAAGGUUAGGUUAGGUUAAUGGAACAUAAUUUCCUGUGAUUUACAUUAGUUAUUAAUGCGUUAUUACUUAUUAAUUAUCCGACAUAUAAAUAAUACCCAUGGUUAGGUUAGGUUAGAUUACACAUAAUGUUGCUAAGGACACUUAUUGAUUAAUCGCGAUUAGUUUGUUAAGGAUAAUAAUAUAAUAUGUAAAAUUUGUUUAUAAUGAUAUUCUUAGCUCGGGGAAAAUUAUUUAAGUAAUUUUGCGAUAUCUUGUUCACGGCGGCGGCGGUAAACGAUGAAAUUCAGCCAAAGUUUUGCCGUUUGAAAUUAUACGCACGCCCUGUGACGGUGACGGUGACGGUGUAGUGUUUGUCAUGUGAUGCACAAGAAAGUUCGACAAUGCUGUGGGGUUGACCUCAAUAAACAUCAACUUUCCUGCCGGUUUCCACGUGAACGGCCAUUAUAUUAUUACAAUCGCAGUUGUUAGAACCAUCACCCCUUUUUAUCUAUAAUAUGUACAGAUGGAGUAAAAUAUGUCUUUAUUAUACGUACGUACAAAAUACCUAUCGUGAAAAAAAAGAUUACCUAUCUAACUACCUACCUAUAUAGAUUAAUGUAUCCGAGUAUUAUGUAAAUAUUAAUAAAAAUAUUACUUUUUGUUUGUUUGCCCUUGAAAAUGUGUGGACGAUUCCGUUAGACGCGUACGGAGCAAUGACGCGUGCACGUAUAAUUUGCAUAGUAAAAACAAUAAAUUAUUAUAAAACGAUUUUGUAUUUUUAUAAUAUAUAUGUAUUUAUUUGUAUAGGUAGUUAUGUGUGAAUCACGUAGUUGCGUUAUAAAAACCGUUAACUUAUAAGAAACUUGCUCACUACUUAUAUAGUUUAGUAUAUUAUGCGUUAUACGAGUACAUGAGACAAAUAUAGUGUGCAAAUUUUUCAUACAAUAGUUGACAUAUUCUUUGAAUGUUAAUAAAAACAUGUAUUAUCUAUAUACUAUAUGGUAGUUUUAAAUUCAGAAAUAUGUAUAAAUCAUUUGCAACUGCACAUAGGUACACAGUAAAAGCCGCGUAAAAAGAACACUCGUUGACCGUGGUAAAAUGUGUCAGUUAACCAAUUUUUUUUCCAAUAUUUAUUAAAUUAUUCAUACUAUUAAAAAAAAAUUAAUGAAAAAACCUUAAAAUUGAAAAUUGUAAAACAUAUUCCCAUGUAUAUUAUUAUAUGUUAUGUUAAAAACGUAUCUAAUGGUGUCUGUUUUUUGCUUGAGCAACUUAUUAUGCCUUCAUAAGAGUAAUGCUGCUCAGAGCCUUUUCAUCUGCACUGAGGACUUAUAGCUUUUACAAUUUAUUUAUUUCAUGGGAGUCGUUCGCUGAGCAACCCUGUUCAAGUAUCUGAGGGUUCAAAACUACGUUAUAGAUAUCCUCUCGUUUGUUACAAAUAAUCAAAGUGUUGGUUUCAAUAACCCGAUUGAUUUUAAAUGUUUUAAUACACGGCCGGGUCGAAUCGAGACUUUUUGUUUCAAUAACGUGAUUGUAUCAAUUAUCCGUGUUCCUAAUAAGUGGCUUCUAGUGGACAUAGGUAUAUAAUAUAUUUGUAUAGAAUUUUGUAUUGUCACUUAUAGUGUACCUAACACUGCGUAUUUCAGUUUUUGUUGUUUUAAAAGCCGAUAAAAAAAAAAAAUAAUAAAAAAGAUUUAAUCUCCAAAAAUAAAUACUAAUAAUAAUUAACUACUUCAUAUAUUAUGUACUAAUAAUGUAUUUUUCUUCCGCACUGCAAUUAUUGUCAAUUUGUUAUGUGUUAUUGGUUCAUGACUAAGAUACGUUUGGUGAUAAGAUUGUUUGAUAAUUAUAAAUGGUGUUAUAAUUUUCGUGAUUUAUAGUGUAACCACGAGUCUAAAAACAAAAAAUUAUCAAAUAUGAAAAAAAAAAUGUAUAUCCAAUAUACAUAUCUAUCAAACCUAAUGCAUUUUCGGAAAAAUUUGUUUUAUUAAGAUCGGUAAUAAUAUCAUGUUAUCAAAUUUUGAGAUACGUGCUGUUCCAGUUUUUGUUUAUGUACUUAUUACAUUCUUGUAUGAAAUCCCAUUGUUGUAAAAUUAUAUUAUUUUGUAUAAAAAAAAUAAACGAUUAAAUUAAAUUUUAUUUUAUGAGAGCAGCUAGUUAGGAUUUAUAAUGUUACACCGUGAAUUUUUCGUCUCUUAGAAAACACUUUUUAUAGGGCAUAUAAUUAAGUUAUUCAACAAAUUUAAUCAGCUAGCAUUUUUUUAUUAUGGAUAAAUAAUAUUUAAUGUACUGCUUUAGUAGGUAAACUAAGUAUGGGUAAAAGUAUACUUCAAAAAUAUAGUUUUUUAGAAAUUUCUCUGAAGAAUUGAUGAGAAGGAUUUCCGGCAAUAAUCAACAUUUUAAACUCUAAGUACCGUUAAACUUAUUAUAGUUUUUUUCCAAUACAAUAUGAUUUAUCGUUUGUGAUGUAUUUAUUUAAUAAAAAAAAAAAAAAAUGAAUAAAUAAAUAAAUAAUGAAAAAAAAAAACGUUCCCUGCAUUUCUAUAUCUUUAAAUCGGAAACUUUAUAAAUAGGAACAUAUUAUUAAUAUAAGAAUUCAAAAAUGAUCCUGUAAUAUUAUUAUUAUCGAAAAAUAUUAUAGAUGAGCAUGUUACCCAAAACAAAUAAUUGAAUUUGUAUACAUCGUGUAUUCUAAACCGGACAUAAUAAUAGUUGAGUAGUAUUUUAUUUUAAAUUACAAUGUUAUAUAAUUUAUUAUUGUAUUCAUACACAAGUUUAAUAUUCAAAAAGGGUUUUUGCGAUUUCAACAAAUUAAAUGUUUAAUGUAACUCAAUUAUACAACUAUAAUAAAUUACUUUAUUCGAGAUGGCACAUCAUUAAUGUUUACAUAAUGGCACAUAAAUGUAUGAAAUUAAAAUGUUUACAAUUAUUUCAAAAAAAAAAAAAAUAAAAAAAAACAUCACAAAGGUCUCUAAUGCUUAUACAGCUACCGAAAAAUAUUAUUUUAGAACAAACCGUUUAUUUUUCUUUUAUUAUAAUAUUAUAUCAUACACGCUGAUGUAAGAUUAUUUACAUAACUGAAUAUUGAAUAUUAAUUACAUAUUAUUAUCACGAUUAUUUUAAAAUUAAUUUGUCGCAAAUUGAUAUAAAGUGUCAACAACCGUGAGACGUGGUAUAAUACGUUAUAAUAAUAUAUUAUAUUAUAAGCAUACUUUAGUUUUUGUUAUUAUUAUCAUUUUUUAUUAUAUUUAUUAAGAGUUAUAUAGAGUGAAAACUGCCUAAAAAAAAUUAUAAAUUAAUACAUUUUUAUCGGUAGGUAUACACACCACAUUAAUAAUAGAAAACGAUGCUCUUUUCUAAAACUUUUUAAACUACUGAAAUAUUAAUUAAUAAAAUAAUAAAUUAAAAACAAAAUUACUAAAAUGAUUAAUACUCGUUAUUUAAAAUUAUACAUAGCGCAUACAAUAUAAUAUUUUGUACAGUUAAACGAAUACCACUAAUAAAUAUAUUAUACAAGUGCAGUACGCAUACAAUAUGUGUCAAUAUUAAGCAUAAAUCCGGUCGGUAAUUAUAAUAAUUAUGUAUUUUAGUGUUUAAGUAUUUUAUAAUGCAAGUACAAUAUGUUAUAUGUUAAAAUUAUAAUAUAUUAAUCUCCGAAUCCGACCUAUGCCAUUUAAUACAAGGUCGGAAAAAGGGAAUGCGUACUUGAACCUUAGUGCAAUUGUAAGUAUAUGGGUAUAUUAUAUUAUAGGUAGAUACUUCUACGGCUCUACCUCUAUACCUAUAUCUUAUUAGGUGUAAAAUACUGUUAAUAAGAUAUUACGUAUUCGUAUUAAACACUUAUCUACCUACACACUUAGUAUUUACUGGAAAUAUUUCAAUUGAUUUAUGAUGAUAAUAAUAAUAAUAUCAAGUGACGAAAAAAAAAAAAAAAAAUAGCUAGACACUCUUUGGCAAUAAUUACAAACACAUAUUAUUGAUGCGAAAACUCUAAAAUUACCUACAUGUAGCAUUAUAGUAAUUUAUACAUACUGCAAACGGUUCGUAUCAAACAUUCAUAACAUUUACAAUGUUCGAAGUAUUCGUAUUAUGUACCUACUCAUCAGGACAUAAAUAAUACGUAACCGAAUUUAGUUGCAUUUUCGUCUAAAACUGCAGUAUCUAAUUAUUAUUAUUAUUUUUUAUUUUUUGUAAACUAAUUUUCUAUCAGAAAUCUUGUUUUAAUCAAAAAAGUUACAUAUACUUAUUGUAGAAUUUUUGAUCUUGUUGGUGUAUUGUGGAGAUCAUUUAUUAUUUUCCUUGUAAUUUUUCUACGUGGAACAGCUAACAAUUUGUUGUAUUAUUUUUGUUGAUUUCCGGGUUACCACGGUAACAAGGGAAAAUAUAUGAUUCUGCUCAGAAUUGUUUUUCAUUAAUAAUGGUUUAUCGUCGCGUAUAGAUAUAAAUUAAAUUACCUUAUACAUCCUCCUUUUCAAAUUUCUUCCUAAACAGUAUCAGGAAGCAUUAACAGCAUCAGCAAUUUUAUUUUUAAGUGGGUAUAUCAAACUCAGGAGAGUUCCUAGCUACUAUAUUAUAUAUUAUCAUUUUUAAAUAUUCGUCGUUAAGUAUACGUACCUAUAUACUAUAUAUGUAUAAUAAUACUAUAUGUUGUCGCAAACAAAAAAUUGUUUUCAAGAUAAUAUAUAUUUAAACAUCGUGUGCUGCAUUUAACCUGUGCUGCCCCCCGUCAAUGUUGCCAAUUUUUUUCACGCACGGAUUCAGUUAUACCUCGUUAAAAAAAAAAAAAAUCCAUUUUUUCACGACCAAUAUAUCCAUUAUGCACGGUACGACUCCACGGUCCGACCGUGUAAACAUGUAUAUUCCGUUCACGACACGGAUACGACCCUCCGAAGAUUAUUAUAAUAUAUAUAGGUAAGGUAGGCAGAAAACGGGGAGGGACUGUUGACCGGAAAUUCGUUUAGUGCAAUGUCCGGUUCCUCCCCUCACACGGUUUACAUACAGCAUAAUAAUAUUAUGAUGCCUUUCCCAUAUAAUAAUCAGUUAAUAACCAUAGCACGGCAAUGCCUAUAUAUAUAUAUAUAUAUAUAUAUAUAUAUAUAUAUAUAUAUAUAUAUAUAUAUAUAAAUCUAUAUAUUAUUAUUCAUGACCGUAAAAAUCGUUAUAUAUAUAUAUAUGUACGUAUCUGCGUACAUAUUAUAUACAUAUUGUUAUUAACCAUCGUUGAUGGCUUGCACACACCAUUGCUUUGUUGUCGUUGUUAGAACACAAUUUUGAAUUUAACAUCACGUGCACAAACGUGCUCGGUGUCGUUUAAGGGGAUUGGACACCGAUAUUUUCUUUCUUUGUCUAACACAUAAACUCAGCUACUCAGCAUAAUAAUUUAUACCAAUUAUCUGAAAACAGUUAAUUGUAAAUUGAACAAUUGUACACACUGCGGCUCAUUUCGGGGUCAGUUAGGACCCCGAAUUCAGGUUUGGCCUUUCCCAAAAUACAGUCAUGUCCCACAAAUCAAGUCUUUAUUAAAUAAAUACUAAAUAGUAAUAAAAUAGAUAAUAGUAUAUAAAUAGUUAAUAUUUCAAUAUACCAAUAUUAUAGGGCCUUAAGGGCAAACAAAAGCUAAAUGUGUUUAUGUAUUAUACAAUUUUAAUAUAAUUUAUAGUUUAGAAUGAAAAUUAUAGUUUUUUUUUUUUUUUUAUAUAUAUAUAUUCUUUUAUUAAUUUAUAAAUAUUUUCAUAAUAUUUAAUUUUUGUUACGGGUUUCACCGGAGCUUUACUGAAAAAUAAUAUCAUCGCAUAGGGAAAGUUCCAAAGAGUAAUAUAUUAUAAUAAGCAGAAGUUUAGUAAAUAAUUAGUCCAUACUUUACAGACAAACAUAUUAAAAGUCCUAAAGCCCACUCUUUUGAAUUAGCCCUUCACCCACCAAAAAGGUUUUUUUUUUUACUUUUUCAACUUGGUCACUUAUAACUCGUUAACCAUUAGUCUUUUAAUUAAAAUGUAAUUAAAAUUAAAGGCUUUCAAAAAAAUAAAAAUAUAUAGAAAUACGCAAUUUAGUAUCCUUAAAUUAUCACGAGAUAGCGGUAAAUACAACUUUUUAAAAAACUAUUUUCAGCCAAAAUUCCUUGUCAGACGCCACAACUACUUAUUAUACAAAUUUUAAAAAUACUAAACAAAAAACAAUAAACAUCAUCGAGUCACUAUUUAUUGAAUAAUUUGUACGUAUUAUACUUUUAAUUUGAAGACAUAUUUAAAUAAUUUAUGAAAACAAUUAGUAAUACUGUACUUAAUAAAAUAUAAAAUUUCUGAAAGUUAAAUAAAUUAAAAUUUUUCCAACUCAAAUACAUGACUUAGGCAACCGUUUUGAAUUGCAAUAAGGUUUUUGGUAAAAAAAGGUUGUUUAGACACACACAAAAAAAAAAAAAAUAUAGUAAAAUCAAUACAUUCCUUACUUCCUCCAGAAUCUAAAAAAUUACGUAAUUUAUUAAUUUUAAACAUUUCUUUCAAGUAUAGAAAAAAAUCAGAGCGUUUUUUACUGCUGUGGACACGAAUCGAGUGUGCGUUUUUUUUAUUAGGUCGAGUAUUUAUCUCCGAUGUGCUGACAGCUUCAAAGUGCCUUUGAUUAUCAAAUUGCGGAAUUAUAUUCACUUUUAACGAACAAUUUCCUUUGUUUAGACAAAAAAUAAACGUAUUGGUACAAUGUGCAUGCAUACAUACUAUCAAAAUAUAUAUUUUUUUUUUGCAAACGGUUCGAAAAAAAAAAAUCGAAAGUAAUAAACAAAACAUUUUGUUGUUCUAAUCGAUUUGCCGUUAUAAUAUUAUUAUUGUUAUGCGUUUACUGCUGCACAACAAACAUCGACCGACUACAUUUAGGAUGUUAUGAUUUUAGAUUGUUAUUAUUAUUUUUUUAAUAACCUGGGCGAUUUCAACAUAAAUAUAAAAUAAAAACAUAAUAUUACUAUAGUAACAUGAAAUUAAUGAUUAUAAAUAUCCGUUUUUUUUUUUUUAAUGUAGACAAUGUUCAACAAUUAAUCAAUACGGAAUUUAUGAAUAAAAAAAUGUUUUCAACUUUAUUAUUGAUGAAAACAACUCUUACAAAAUUUCUACUUUUUAUUGUGAACAUCUUUUCGUGUCAGCUAGAAUGUGAAUUCUGACAUAUUUUAUUACAAUAAUUUCGUAAAAUAGUGAAACAUGUAAAUAUAUUUCUAGCAAUUCUAUACUUUCAGCAAAACUUUAAAAUCUAUGUUAGGCAUUAUCUUUAUUUUUAUAAUUAUUACAAAUUAUAAUAUAUAUAUUUUUUUGUAAUUAAUAUUAUUGUAACAAUGAAAAAAUAUUAGAUAGUUUGUUUUUUAAUUGAAAAGUCCAUUUAUUUAGUGUAUUUUACUUUUAGUCAAACAAAAUUGCACAUACCUUGCCGUGUAUGAAGUAAAAAAAGUUUUUUUAAGUUGUAUAGUAUUUUGUAUAUAUAUGUUUAAAUUUAUAAUUAAACUUCACACAAUAUAUUUGAAAAAGUCUUCGUUUCUUGCGGUAGUAAACUAUAUUUUCUGUAUGUAUCGUUUUUAAAAAUAUUUCUCGACAUAUUGAUGUUUAAACAUUUUUUCCGUAUACAGUUCAUUGAAUUUCAUAAAUAGCGUAAAAAGACCUCUAUGUUUGUAUGAAGAAUUGUAUAUGAUAAAGUGAAUUGAUGAUGAUGCGUUCGAUCAUUUAGGUCAUCAGAAGAAAAAUCAUAUUUGUUCGAUUAAAAUAUUAUAUGUCAGUGCACAAUAUUUGUAUCGAUCAAAUUAAACACAAGACGUCAUAUCAUUUAUUAUAAUAUUGGCCUGCAAGUUUAACGCAACAAAAUUUUUCAAUUAAUAAUAUAUCUAUAUUUUAAAUUGUGAUCUUCAUUAAGGGAUUAAAACAAAUUAUACUUAUAGUAAAUAAUUGAAAAAAAGCUGAUACAAGUGAUGGGAUGUACCAUUUUUUUAGGAGGGAGGUUUAAUGAGAGGUUAUAAAGAUUAUUUAAUUUAUAUCUGGAAUGAUAAAUCUUUAUUAAUGAAAACAAUUUUUAAAUAGAAUCAUUUUUGUUCCCUUGUUGGUAGUUGGUGCAAGGUAACUCAGGAAUAACAAAUUUUUACAAAAAAUUGCCGGAUUUUUCCAUUUGUAAAGAAAAUUACAAGGAAAAUUAAAAAAUAAUUGCCUAAAUGCAACAACUAGAUUAAAAAUGCUACAAGGAAAUUACAAAGCAUAAUAUUUUGAUUAAGGCAAGAUUUCUGGUUGUAUUUAUUACUGGAUUAUACAUUUUCAAGUUUUAUUGCAUAUUUUUUCAUUUUCAUAUUUUCGUUAAAAUUUGUUCGAUUUAUAUACUAAUUAAAUCAUUAAUAUUAAUCUGAUUAAAAUGUACUAGUCAUUUACGAAGUUUCAAUGUAAAUGUUGCACCAGCUUAAUUUCAGACGAGAUUGCUCAGGAAAUAACAAAGUGCUAUUUUACGAUGAUAAUACAAUUAGUAAAAAUUAAUUUAUUGUAUAUUACAUAAUUUUAAUUUUUUUGUGCAAGUAUCUACAUCAAUUUUUAUAUUUUAAAUACAACUUUUUGUGUUUUCUGCUUAUGUAUUGUUUAUUUUUAUUAUGUUAUUGCAUACUCAUAUAUUAUAUGACAUAUGUUUUAAUACUUUUUAGUGUAUAUAUUAAUUUGUGUUAUAUUAAUUUAUUAACCAUUUACAUUUUAUUAGACUGUCUAAAAAUUGACAGUUAUUACCACGUGUGAAACUGUUAUUAAUUUUGGUUUUUUUUUUUUUUUUUUUUUUAAAGCAUAUAAUAAGUAAAAAUUAGUUUUUAAAUAUUUACCUGUAGCAGAGGCGAUAAUUUUGUGAAUAUUUUAAAUCGGCCGAAAUUCGAUUGGUAGGUAUUCCGAUCGUUUUUCAAACGAUCUUAUAGAAUUUUUAUGUUUUAGAAGUACUCGUAUUUUUUUUUAUCGUUUGCGUCUCUGUCACAAAACAAUAAUAGUAAUGAUAUGGUUGCGUAUAUUAUAAUAUUAUUGCAUGAAGGAUUCACCUGCAUAGUUUCUAUAAGCCAUAUACCAACUUUUGAAGUAUAUUGAGAUUUUUAAACUGUACUAAACAGCGAAGAAGAAAAAGUGGAAGAUAAAAUUUCGUGUUUCGAAAAAUAUUUACACGAUUGAACACUUUUUUUUUAAUAAAACCUCAUAAUAUAAUUAGGUGUGUACUAUUUCAUUUUUGUAACGCAUCAGUUUCAUAAAGUUUUAUUAAAUAUUUUUGACGAUAAAUAUUACUAUUUAUAACUAUUUUAUUCAAAAUACCUCCGUUACAUUAUAAUAUAUAUUAUGUAUUAUUUAUGUACAAUGACCAUCCCUGGCGUGUAGUCUCGGAUAAUAAAAAUAAUAAUGUACACAAUGUACACCUGUACCUACUCUGUAGUAAGUCAGCUCCGUUACACAAUAAUGUUACCUGUAUUGUUUGAUUUAUUUUCUAACAAUUGGUAUUAUAUUCGACAAGAGUUAUUGUAACCAAUUUAUCCGUAAGAUAUUUUAGUUUUUUAAUAAUAUAUUUGAAGUUUGAACCAUAUAAGUUUUUGUAAUACCUAUUACCUACUACUUAAUAGAUUCAAUGUAAAACGAAUAUUCAAAUUUCGGAAUUCAAGUUUUUAUAGUUUUUAUUUUUAAACAAAAUGUAGGAAUUGACAUUUUGUGUUUGUCUUUCAUUCAGACCUUGAGUGCAUUGAGUAAAGUUUUAACAUACAUAAGUAUCAAAAAUAAACAAAACAACAGAGUUGCGUAGCAUUUUAAAAUCCAAAAUCCUUUCUAGAAGUCCGUUGAAAAUAUUUUUUUAAAACAGUUUUGUGUUGAGAUCACGUUCGUAGGUAUAUAAUCAACCGUGAUUAGGAAUAUUUCAUAUCUUUUGUGGUUUUAUUGUCUACACAUUGGUAGUAUAGUCGUUAGGUUUUACCACCAUGGAUAAGCGAAUCCUAUACUUAAUACAUUAUAAGCCACUGUCCAAGUAGAACGGGUAUUAAGAAAUUAAGCUAUUAUAUGAUAUAGGAAGUCUUUUUAUCAUUGGUUUUAUUAAAGCGUAGGCCAAUAUUGACGAGCCCAAAAAUACUACUUAUGGCCGAUCGAUACCUCUUAAAUAUCUGUGUUAGCCAUUGAUUUCUACAUGAUGGUACGUCAGAUUGGUACACGAUCUUGUAGCUGCUUUAGCCCCACUGUUAUUAUUAAUUGCUACUCGACUCGUGUUAUUAUAGUUUAUUCUUUACUAAAUGUUUAUAAAUUAUAACCUAUUGAUACUACUUAUUGUGUUCUAUACGCAGUUUCCAACUAUAAAUAAACAUUACCGUAUCACUUAAUUUGUUUAUAAAUACUAAAGAUUUGACUUUGAAUUUGGAUUUGGAUUUUUAAGUUCAAUUUCUAAGGGGUUUCGCCCAACUUUAGUAAGCAGUAUAUAAAUAAAUCUAUUUUAUAUGUAUAAUAUUACAAUACAUUACAUAUUCAUUUUCAUAUACCUAUGUCUUAUAUUUAUUUUAGGUAUAAAUAGGUUGCACUAUAGGUUCGUGGUUUUCGUGCCUUUCAUCGUGCCCUUAUUGUACAAAUAACAUGAAAUAUAUCCGAGAACUGAGAAGGGCCAUAUUCAAAUUUAUCUAAGUAUUAUUAAUGUCCAUAAUAAUACAUCAUAACGUGACGAGAUUGCGUGAAUAUAAUAUUAAUAUUAUAAAUUCAUAUCAAUGAAUCGUCUUGUUUCUCGUUUAGACUAAAUUUGACUAGACUAGCUUUGGGUCGUAUUACCGUAUUAUUUUGUUCUAAUUUCCUUACUCGAUAUUAUACUAAAACACGUGUUCAACUGUCAGAUAAUGGCAUUAUAUUAUUAUAAUAUUAUUUAAUGUGCUUAAACGGGUUUGUGUAUCUUGUAGUGUAUUGUUCGGAACAGUAACUAGUCAGUUUCCGUAUAAUGUAAAUCCCGGAAAAUUCGUCCCAUCGUCGUAUUAUAUAAUUGCAGAACUUUAAUAUUAUACUUAAACAAAAGUUUUGAGCUUAGAUACAAUACAUAUAUAUAUAUAUAUAUAUAUAGGUAUGAAUUAAAAUUUCACGUGAAAUGUUAACUUUUCAUAAAACUACAUACUCGUACUUUGUUUAUAUUUAUACAUAUGUCCUAUAUAAUAAAGAAAUAAAAGUCGUCAUUUGAAAGUGAUGGAUACCUAUUCAAAAAGGGGAUUACGGAUAAAAAAGAAACUGAUACUGGUGUUGGGUGUGGGAAGUCGGGAAGGUAGACUAAAUAAAGUUAUUUAAUUUAUAUUUGUAGUAUGUAACGAUAAACCAUUAUUAACAGAAUACUAUUCUGAGAAAAGUUCGGUUAUAUGUUUAGUAAAAUACCGUGAUUUUUACGAUUUUUAUUAGAAUUAAAACUGAAUUGAAAUGAUUACAAAAAAAUUACUGAAUUACGGUCAAUUUUUUUUUUAAAUCACAAAUUAAAACUUAUGAUAAACUUUUUGUUCAAUUUUUAAGUAUUUCUGCUAAACCAAAAUGUUUUAUCUACGUAUAAAACUAAUGCUUAUAAAUGCUUAUAAAUAGCUCAAAAGUCAUCAGAAUGGUUUGGAAAUUUUAACAGGCUUAGGUAAAACUAAUGAAAGUAUUAUUUAAAAACAGCAUGCUUCUACGAUUAUUUUAAACACAAUAACAAAUAAAAGAAAACAAAAAAAAAAACCAAAUUCGAAAAUAAUGAAAUUGCUAUUUCUGUAAACUUUCCUGGUUAUUCCUAAUUAUUAUGAAAACUGUUUGGAGAAUCGACAAAUGGCCUUAUCCCCAAUAUACUAUCUAGAUUCUAAGUUCUACAAGAACCUGUUUUGUUAAUUUUUGAUUGGAAUAAGAUUUCUAGUAGAACCAAUUUAUUUACCGUGGAACUCAGAAUCGAAAAAUUGAAAGUAAUGAUAAGCUAUAAAUUACAUUGUUUUCGAAAAAAAAAAAUCCCUGGUAGAGGUUAAAAUUAAAACUAAAAUGAUUAUGGCUUAAACUUCUCCCUGAUAUUACUAUCGUCGAAUUUUUUUUGACGAUGUUUAUUGUUUAUAUAUGAUUAUAUGUAAACAAUAAACAUCGAGAGCAUCGAACCGAGAAUUUCGAAAAAACAAUAUAAAAUAUCUUUCAUAUCUUCCUAAAAAUUAGUUGAAUGAAACAUUUUUAGCAUGUCUACUAUCUUCAAAAAGUCAAAAGUUUUAUGUUAUAAUAUAUUCCGUUAUAUACUUUAGCAACGGCACCCGCAGAAAUAUAUACUAAGGAGGCCCAAAGUCAAAAGUAUAAGACUUUUUUUACAACUUAUAACAUAAAAGUAAUCAUGGCCUAAAUAUGUUAGCCACGCAAGUAAUAAAACAAUUAAUAUUUUAUAUUAAUUAAAAUAGCGGGGGGCUAUGGCCCCCAUCUGCACCCCCCUGUGGGUGCCCUUGUACUUAAGCUUUUUCAUUUUUAUCAUAACUUUCUAUAUAUUAGUUAAUUGAUAUACUAUUUUUUUUUUGUUUUUUUAAUUGUAUAUAAUAUUAUGUACUUAAGAGUACAUAAUAAGGGUUUCAAACCAGUACUUACUUUAAUAAUAUUUCAAGUGUAAAUUAAUUUUCAAAAUAAUUUUUAUAAUCAUGCAGGAGGAAAGAAAAGAAGGUGAAGACUGAAAACAGAGGUAGUUGUAUGUGAUUAAGAAUGAUAUGAGGACAGGGGGUGUAUGUAAAGUGGGAAAUUGGGUCAAAUGGAAGUUAAGGACGAGGGUGUCUGACCUCAAAUAGUUGGGAUGAAGGCGAAGAAGAAGAAGAUGAAUGAAUUGGAACUAGAAAAAAACCACCCGUAUUAAAUUAAACUGGAAACAUAAAUAUCAUUAUUGUUACUAUUAUAAUUAUUUUUACGAGUUAGAAUUAUAAGUAAUUCUAUGAGAUGAAUAACAUAAAUUUAACUUAUAUACGAAUAAAAUAUAUUUUUUAACAAAUAAAAUGAAAAGUACAAAAGCGCUUGUACUAUAAUUUAUGAUACACAUUUCCUUUUUCCUUUCUUUCUUUUUUUAUUAAACAAAACUACGUUUUUCAUAUAAAUGAAAACAGUCGUACUUUUCAACAAGUUUUGAAAUAAGUAAUUAUUUUUUGUAAUUUCAUUAUUCGGUAUACGGUUAGGUUAUUACGGUUAUUAUAUUCUCUUGAGAAACUUUAAGCAAAAAAUUUCCAAAUUUUUAACAUUCUUUUAUGCAUUUUGUAUUGGUAUCCGUGACUCAUGAGUGAUAUUCAAAAUAUUUUUUGUUUUAAAUAAUUAUAAAAUAUAUUACACUGCAUUUUAGAUACUGUGUGAAGCAAGGAAUGUAUUGGAUAUACAGUGAUUUUUAUUUUUUUUAUCUGUAAACAAUUUUUCUACUAGAAUUAUUGAGUAUUAUAGCCAAUUUUCAAGUAUAGUAACUUUUUUGAAAGAAAAUUGUAUUUGUGUGGUACAUACAAAGGAGAUAAUUUUUUGAUUUUUCAAUCGAUUUUUAUAAUAGAUGGGAAAAAUUGGAAGAAAACGUAAAAAAAACGGGAAAAUUUACAAAUUUAUAAUUUUCAAUUUUGUUUAUUGUUGUGAUUCAGUUAAAAAUAGUCUCAGAGAUUUUAAAUUUGAGAGGAAAGCUAUAUUUUUCUUUACGAUGUGUGGUAAGAUUUUCAAAACACUUUAGCGAUUUUUUAGCUAUUUAUAGACAUUUUAAUUUUGCGAAUAAAUACGUAAUUUUUAUUCGGUAGGUACUUUAUCGAUAAAAUUAUUAGACUAAAUAGAAACAAUAACAGGAGAUAUAAUAUAAGUCGGUAAAAAAAAAAAUUGAGCGUAAUGUAAAUUUUUUUUUUAUAAAAAUUUUAAUAUCAAAUUUUGAUGAAAAUCGUAAAUAUUACGGUCUUUCAAAACAUGUAUAAUCGAACUCCGGUCAGAAUCGUUUUUCGUUAGCAAUGAUUAAUCAUUGCAUACAUAUGUGGAUUACAUUUUUCUCUAUAUCCUACCCUCCCAGCUUUUCCCCUACAACAGUGACCCACCCAUCUUGUAAAGCAUGUGCGUAUUUUUUAUUAUCUAUUUACUCUUUAUAUUAAAAUAAUAAAUGUAAUCGUGAUCUGCGCCUCCUCGGGCUUUGCUUUAGAUACAAAAAUUAAUAUAUAGAAGUGUUAUUUAAUCUAGUAUUUAACUUAAAACGCUAAUUUAAUAAUUGUUGAUAAUACAUAAAUCUUUGGAUCCCUGCCUUGAACAAAUUCUUGCUACGUCUCUGAACUAAACGUAUAUUUUUAUUUGUUAUUCAUUCAUUUUUCUUACUUUUAUAACAAUACUAUUCUUAGAAUUUAGCUUUUUGUUCAACAUCUGUACAGAUUACGAAGAGAUAACAGAGCUAUUUGAAUAAAUUCUAUUCUUGCGUGUGGGUUUACAUCAGGAACUUUGAGGGAAGUCGAUGUAUCAUAAGAUAUACAUUAUAUUGUACGUUAUAUUUUUAUAUACAACUUCAAAUUUAAAAAUACUCGUGACUAAAACAAUGAAUGUAUUGUUUACAUAAAGUUUAAUAAUAAUUUUAGGAAGGUAUUUUAAUGUUAGAGGACAAAGAUAACAAUACCGAGAGCAACGGCGCGCGGCGGUUGAAAAUGCAUUCAUUGACAUUUUAGACUAAUAGCAAACUAUUUUUAAAAAUUGUCUUAGACAAAGUAGAAAAAAAAAAUAAACAUCAUUGGCUACAUAAUUUGCAGUGCCAAGUAUUUUUGGAAUGUAUGAAUCAGUCCCAUAUUUGGCACUAUACAAUAUGCAUACAGAUUUGCGCACAAUCGGUCAUUAUCUUUUUAGUAUCUCUUUUAUUAUUUAUAUGGUAAUUAAAUUGUGUUAGUUAUAUUAUGUUAUUACAUGGAUAAUUAUAUCACACUUUAGAAAAUAAAAUAUUUUUUACGGUAAUAAUAUUUAUUUGCAUUAUACAUAUUGGACCUUUAAACGUAUACAAAUUAAUUAAUAGCCUUUAAUUGUUAAUAAUAUUUUUAAUAAAAUUCGUUAUUGAUUCUAAAAAUUGUGAGUUGUAUGAAAUUAUACUUAUAAUUUUAUCAGACUACUAAUCCUGUGUUAAUUUCAAGGGCUUAAAAACAAAUUGCAUUGAUUUUUUUGUUUACUAUUUUUUUUAAAUAUUUUAAAACCUAUAUUAUUAUUUAUUCAAUUUAAAUACCUAUCAACCUUGAAGUUUUAUGCUAAUUUGUGGAGUGCAUUUUUAAUAAUAUUUUUAAAUUCUGAACGAAGCGAAAAAUGUAUUGGUUUUACAAUGAUAUUUAUUUUUUUACUAUUAUUUUUUUUACCUGUAAACAACAUUUUUCUCCGUUUUCAUAUGUAGCAUUUUUUCUGAUAGUAAAUUUUAUAUAGGUGGUACUUUAAGAAAGUAAUUUUUAAUUUUCCCAGGAAUUUUCAUAAUAAAUGGAGAAAACAGAGAAAAUGAAUGAUAUGUAUUAUUUUAAAAUCGAAAAUAUUACGGCCUUUUAAACAUUUUUAACCGAAUUUCAGAUAUAUAUUCAAUUUUCCGUGUACCUUCCCAAUUUCUUAUCUACAAAGUGGUCCACUCAUCAUGAGAAGUAUAUCCGUUUGUUUUUAUACAUACGGGGUAUUAUAUAAUAUAAUAAUGUGUAUAUGCUGUAUGCACUAUUGUUAUCUCUAAACUUAGCUACUUGAUGCCGAAUGUUGGUAAUUCAGCGUUUUUAGACAUAAGGGAUCCAUUGCUCUUUUUUUGGGAAAAUUUUGUUAAGGGCUUAAACAGUAUCAAAACCAUGCAUCUUCGUAUACUGUCGACAACUUUCGAAUGAUCACUAUGAAGCAAUAUUAAUAAUAUCUAUGGCGAUGAUACCGUUGUCAACGGGUUGUUCUUUUAUUAUAGUACCUAUAUACAAAUAUAUUAAAUAAAUUGUUUUCUCGGCGCGUUCACAUUAUAAUUUUAUUUUAUUUUUUAUUCGAAGAAAACAUUUUUACCGUAAGUUUGAAUUAUUUUUAUGACUUCUUUAAUUAAAAUUGAAUUCUCGUUGCUUUUAAUAAAUUUGAAUUAUCUAUCGGUUAGGUAUUGUUUUAUUUUUGGAUAAUAUUUAUGAAUCAAGUUUUGGACAAGUUUUUAAUAAAUGCUAAUAAAUAUGUGUGUAUCGUCUACUAAUUCAUAAAACUGCACCUGAGAAACUUAAUCUGAGUAAUUACCUAUGUGAAUGUAUAUUAUUUUACCUAUUUUUGAUUUAAUUAACAUGCAACAAAAACUGUCAAAAAUGAAACUCUAAGGGACUGAACUAAUUUUUGUUCAUCACUGAUUGCCGUUAGUAUUUAAAAUUUAAGUGUUGAUAUAUGUGGAAUUCACUUUUGAAACCGUUCAAAAUUGUGUUUCAUAUACAGAGUGACCAAUUUAUCAAGGAUCUGUUUUAGACUCGUUUUACUGCAAGCGUACCACAUACACAUGGUGCUUAAAUACGUAAUGUAUUUACAUGCAAGAGUAUAAUAUAAUAGUUAUUAUGCUAAAAUAAUUAUGAAAUAGCUGGAUUUAUGCAAAAGUAGAGAAACACUUUUUACAAUUUCAUGAUAUAAGUCUUAAAAUGGUUUUUUCGUGGUUUAUGUCUAUUGUAUAGUAUACGUGUAUACCUAUUAUGUACUUAUGUAUAAUAUUAUAAUUUGUUCAUAUUAUAUAAACAAAUUUCAAUUCAAAUUGAUAUAAUAUCAACUUUUUUUACCAUAUUAUAAUAGUAUGGUAAAAAAAUUCUUCUAUAAAUAAAUUUUAAUAAUUUCUUGUUUAUAAAAGAUGAGCCAUGAAUACAGGUAAAAAACGAGUAUUAUAAUAUAUUAUGUAUAGGUACCUAUACACUACUAAUAUUUAUUAUAGUUAAAAUGUAUGUAAAAAAAAAAAAAAAAAAAAAUGUUAACGUUAAUGUAAUAUUACAUAGUACCUAAAACCAAAAUAUAACUACCUUUAUGAAUACACUUUAAGAGAGAUUUCAUUUUAUUAGUGAUUUAUUAUGUGAGACUAGAAUAGGUAAUCAGAUUACGAGAUAUCCAAAUCCAUCUUCUAAGAAGUGAACGUUUUUGGAAGAUUUACUUCUUUUGUUUAAAUAUUACAGUGAUGGAUGCCACCAGUGCACCACUGCUAUACAAUUGAUGAAAUAAUAAGAAUACACGACAAUAAGUGUUUCUAUGAAAAUUAAAUUGGUAAAGUAUCUACUAUUACCACUUAUAUUACAUAUUAUAUUAUAAUUCCCGGUUCUGAUAUCAAAGAAUAUGUCUGAACGGUUGCAGUAGGUACAUUGCAUAUUCGUACAUAUUAUUAUAAUUCCAGAUUUUCUCCUCGUUUUUCAUUGUUGUCGUUAUAGUGGUUACCACUAUGGCCUUUCCCUCCUCCCUCGACUUAUUGGUCUUAACAAAGCCACGUACGAUUUAUAAUAAUAAUAUCGUUUUUAUCUAAUAUGGUAACUAUUAUAUGUGCACACAAGUUUAAAGUGGCAUUAAAUUACUACAAAGGUUAUACUGUGAUCUCCGUAUACAAUAUUAUCCGCAUCGUACUUACGAUUUAAGGACGGGAAAUUAUUUUGCGUUUUGUUUACCAUACAGAAUCGUCCAAUUUUAACGGUAAUGUUUUCGUUGGAAGUAGGAAAACUUCUAGGCACUCCAUUUUCCAAUAUUUUAAUGCCAAAUUUUAUAUGAUAGGUAUAUAUUUAAAAAAGUAAUUUUAAGUGGUUUUUUCACCUACUUUUUUAUAACAUUAUUUGAAAUCAAAUAUAAAAUCGGGGUUCAAUGUGGGCUGUAGAGUGUUGUUGUUUAUUAAAAGAUAAAUGGUAUAGAGAGAGAGCGAGACAAAGAGUUACUAAAAGCAACGGGCCAUCUUAUUGUAGAUAUAAUAAUAAUAAUAUUGUUAUCAAUUACAUUGUUAUGACGUCAUUGUGCUGCAAUUGGUCGUCGUGAGUAAACAGAAAGAUAUAGGCUAUAUGCAUAAUAAUAAUAACAUUACUAUCAUCAUUGUAUGUAUAGGAACUAUAACAGAUAUUAACAACAUUAAGUAUUGUAAUCGUGUACCAGUAUGAAGAAAGCAACGACGACGGUUCACUACUUAUAUAAUAUUAUAAAAUAUAUAAGUAUUUUAAUGGAUUUAACGUGUAUUCCGGUGUAGGUACUUACGCGAUAAUCAUGCUUUCUACGACCAGUGGACGAAGGGGAGGACAUAACUCCGCGUCCAAAUAAAUGAAUAUCGAGAAAUUGUUGUAAAACUCGGUCUGGUAUUAUAACAGGACAUAAAAAAAGGUCAGAUUUUAUGGGUAUUAUUACAAAUUUAACGUGGUAUAAAACACAGUGAAUAACUUACAGUGUUUACACAUUGUAAGUUCUCCGAUCUUUCAAAUAUUAAAAACAUUAAGUAGGUGUAAUAUUUAGUAGGUACCUACUAAGUUACAAAUAAUAACAGCUGAUGUAGUCAGGGAACAUGGGAGACAUAUGCUCCUUGGUAUGACAAAUAGCCGGUGGCUUCUAGCGUUGAAUGACGAAACGUAGAAGCCAAUCAAAGAAAGGAGGUCUGGAGCAUCUAUGGAUCCAUUAAGAAAGGAAGAAAUAAAGAUGAAAUCGAUUUCGAGGUGUCUGGUAUAAGAAUAAGGGAGUAGUCAUGCGGAGGUUGCUGAAGCUUAAGAACGAAUGAGGCAUACGAAAAAAAAUGUAUUCUGAAUACUUCUAACCUUAGUUGGUCUAUCGCAAGAUACGGAUGCCACACUACUUCACCGUACUCUAAAAUUGAACGGACCAAGGCUAAAUAGAGAGCACGGAGGCAGUUAGUAGAAUUACAAUUUUUUGUAUUGCGCUUUAUGAAACUCAAUACCGUUAAAGAUUUACAAACGGUAACAUCAAUGUGCUGCCCAUAAUUUAAGGAGAGGAUGAAGAGGAUUUCUAGAUCUUUGAUGUGGGUUACUCUAUGGAGUGACUGCAGAGAGUAACUAUAUUGCAAUGGAUAUCUAUUCCUGCUGAAGGACAUAACGUUGAAUUUAUCUACAUCAGUCCGAGAUAAGUAACCCAGUUAUAAAAAAAUAUUAAGCUCAGAUUAAAGUAUUAGACAAUCUGUAAGGAGAGACAUUUUCGAAGACCCUGUCGUGUAAUAUAUUAUAUUACAUAGCGCCGUAUACAAAUACAACGUCCGAACUUAUUGUUAUGGUUCUUAUGAUUGGUGAUGCCUAGCAAAUGACCCAUUACCAUUAUUAUUAUUUUCGGUGUCCAAACGUGUUACAUAAAAUUGCCCGAACGUGCUAUGAUCGGAGUCAUUGUGUUAUUAUAGUGACCACACGUUUUUCGUACGAGUUUACAACGAAAAAUGUAAUCGCGCGGGCCGAGAGCAUUCACCUCGUAAAUCGGGUAAAAUGACACCAACUCGGUAAAAUGGAAAAAAAAAAAAAAAUUCCUCGAAAUCCAAUGGAAUACAGGAAGUUUAUUCACGGCGUUAUUCCUUUUUUCGGCGGUGCCACGCACCGGGGAAAAGUCGUACCGUUCUCUCGGUCCGAUGGUCGUGCCGGCGAGAGUGCGAGACAGGUGUCGGCGCGAUGGCGGCGGUGGUCGCGCGACAGAGACGUAGACGGAACCCGUCGUUAUACGCGGGAAACGGAUUAUUAUUACGCCUAGGUACACCGGUUAUUAUUUUUUUUCGUUUAUUUCGUGUUACCCACGGUUUUUUGUCGUGGGUUUUAUUUUUCACAUUUUUCAUUCGGUUUUCGCGCGUAUAUUAUAAUAUUUUAACCGUAUACGGAACGGGCUACAAGGACCCGUCUACCGUAAGGCCGGGUGCGAAGGGUUUUAUUUGUAUUUGUAUUUAUUUUUUUUUUUCAAAAAAUCUGCUCCCUACCACCAGAGGUAACCGGCUCUCUAACCCGACCGGCCGGCGUCGUGGGACCGCGGAGAGGGUCAUCGCUAGACGGCCGCUACACGCACCAGGAGCAGCUGUGCACCGACCCAUAAAUAGCCUAUCGGGUCUCAUCAACGCUAGAUUAAUUAUAGCGGCGGCGUCGUGUAUAGAGUACGGCGGCGGCGGCGGCGGCGGUUACUUCAGUCGCGCGUGUCCGCCGGUCGCGGGCGUCGGUGGCCGGCCGCCGGAGGGGGGGGGAACACAAACGGCCACAGAAGCGUCGCCCCUCCCGCCGCCCGCGCAUUCGCACACCACACACGUACACACAGACACACCACACACCACACACCGCACACCGCACACCGCACACCAUACACACACACGCGCGCGGACGCCGUUUUACGAUAUUAUGGCCUCGUCGUCCCUGCCGGGUCGCCGCCUUGUCGCUGCACGUGGGUUCUGGCCGCGACAAAACGCGCGCGUUAUAUCGUAAUAUUAUCGUAACGCGUGUGAUAUCACACGCGUUUUUUUGUUUUUUUUUUUUUUUGAAUUUGAAUUCGAGGUCGUAUACUUUUUAAUUGUUUAUGUUUCUAAUCCGUUCAGAGGUGAUAUUUUCGAAACCGUUAGAAAAAGACUUCGGCGGACUACAGGAUGUCGGAACCACCCGUUGCUUGUGUACACAUACGAAAAGUGCUGGAGCGGAACCCGACCGCGAGCGGGAAGGGACCGAGAAUGAUGUGGGAAUAAGUGGUCAGGAAUCGUUGGGAUUGUCCGUUAUGAUUGGUUGUGAGACGGAAUCAUUCCUAGACCGUCGCAUUUACGUUAAAAUAAAUCCUAAUAUUAAUAUCGUUUUAGUAUAGCGUGCCGUAGUAUUUUAGUUUAUACAGUGCUGCUGUAUAAAAAAAGUUAAUAAACACCGGUAUACACAGAACGUGUCGAAAAAUCGUGAGUCGUUUUUUACCCGUUUUAUACUCGGGAACGGCUUAAUCGGAAUCGACGGACGCGAGACCGUGCACUGUCCGGGCGACAGGAAACGGCUGUCAUCAUGUACAUUAUGGGGCUAAACAGAAAUUCGAGUUGUCAAAGGUUAGACUUAUCGAGACUUUUUUUUCAAAACAAAUUAUUUAAUAAUAUUUAUCUUAAUUUUUUGCACAAAUUUAUAACAUAUAACAAGGCCGGGUAUACUUCGCACCACGCGUGAGACACUUUUGUAGGUAUGAAUUUUAAAGGUUUAAUGCAAUUUAGCUGAGAAAUAAUAGUUAAUGGUUUAUACGAUAAAUCAUUGCAAUUAAAAAGCAAUACUGAGCGGAGUGUAACUAAGUUGUGUAAUCAAGAAAUCAACAAAAAUAUAAUUACCAAUGCCAUUUGUAUCGUCAUUUGUUGCGAGUUUUUCUAAUUUUAAUGAGAAAUGGUUGGCAAUCUAGAAAUUUGUUUCAAAUAAUGUAUCGCAUCUCUUAAUAAAGUACGAUGUAAAUUAUUUGGAGGAAUUAUACUUACCGAAAAUUGUUUCUCGAGAAAAACAAGUAGAUAUCUUACAGUAAAACCAAUAGCUUCUUCGUUAUUAUAAUCUGAAUUUAAAAAUUACGCAUUAAAUUGCACAAUAAAACGAUAUAGAUAAAUUAAAAUAUUAAUUCAAUUUUAAUUUUGUAUAAUACGCAGUACGAAACGACGACGUUUGCAAACAAAAAACGAUUCUGUUUGAAGCUUGCUUGUUUAACAUAAUAUGUGUAUGCCGUAUGUUUGUCAUGUUUUCAUUGCAGUUAAAGUUGUUUAAUUUGGUUUAACAAAGGGAAAUUGAGAACGUGGGGGGGGGGGAAUACGAAAUUUAAGUGUAAACUCCAAAACAGAAAUUAAAUUUACAAAUCCGGAUUUGCAAUACGCAUGUUCUGCAAUCUGUCCACCAAUAAAUAUUCAAAAUUUCAAACCUUUGCGCACAGGUGCGUGCUAUAAUAUACAGAUUUCGUCCAAAACUGUAUUUAAUUAAAAGGUUUUUUUAAAAAUUGGGAAAAAGGAGAAAGUUUUGUAACCUACAGUGCCGUAAAGGUUUUUUUUUUUUAAAUAUUAUUUUUGUUGGUGUAUUCAGUUAAAAAAAAUACUACGAAUGUUCACAGAAUACUUAUGUCAACCUUGUCUAGAAAUGGUAAAAUGUUCAAAACAUUUAGUUUAUUAUUCGAUUAUCCAUAGGAAUUUGACAUUUUUCAGUUGUUAUUUGGUUUUACAUGGAUAAAAUCGUUUUGGCCCGUCAGAAAUGUUUACAAGUUUAUUACGAGGUUUAUCAUAAGUUGUUUUCAAUGGUAAAAAGUUGAGUUGCCGUAAAAAUUUUUUUAUAAAUUCAAAUGUUGACAAAAAUCUUAUAAAUUGUGACAUUUCAGAAUCGUAUUACGUACUUACGUUGGGGAUGAUUUUUCGUUUCGUACCGAUAUAAAUUAAAAUAACUCUAUAUAUCCUUCUUUCCCAACUUCGCGUCUACUUUUUUUUUUUUUGCAGGUCGAUGAUUAUAUUAUAUUUAUUUUUCAAGACGUUGAAACUUUCGAGCUUUCGUUUAAAUCAUUGUAUCCUUAUUAUUCCGAACCUCGUCAAUCGAUUCGUAUUAUUUAUUAAUAAUAAUAAUAAUAAUUUUUUUACGCAUCAUAUUGCCGGUCGACCUCGAAAUAGUGAUUCGCAGCCGAGGAAAGGAUAAGAUUAUUUUCUAUAUUUUACACUAGGUACAUGAACAAUGUGCGCCGGAACGUGCGGUAAAUUGAGCCACUUACGUUUAGCCGCGUGGUUAGGUAAAUAUAUCUAAUAAUAGUUAUACGAGGUGUGUGUAGGUACGUGUAAUUUUUGCCACAUCUGACCCCUAUUGAAAUAUUGUAAUUUGCGUUCGAUCCCAUUGAGAUAUUGUAAUUUGCACGGAGAAUAAUAAAUACACGCACAAUAAUGCUAGGCGAGCGUGUUGGCCAGUCACCUAUUUUUUUAGAUUCUGAGCACGGUGAGGAAUGUAUUAGUUUUAUUAUUAUGUGUUUUUUUUUGUGUGUCUAUAAACAAUUUUUCCACCAUCAAUAUUACAUAAUAAACAUUAUGUAUAGGAAUUUUAUUGUAAAAUGUUUGAUUUAGUUGAUUUAUUGGGGAGACCAUUUUUUGAUUUUCCUUGUAAUUUUCCAUAUUAAUGGAAAAGACUGACAAUUGUUUGUAUAAUUAUUGUUAAGUUCUGGAUUACAUUGGCAACAAGUAAAAAAAUACGAUUAACAACAUUAUGUUUAGAAUUGGUUUUUGUUAACAACGGUAAAUUAUUAAAGAAAAUAUAACAAUUAUAUAUUAUAAUGCCGAUUUAAUUAUUUUAUCAUAAUAUGACAUAAUUGUAUAUAUUAUUGGCAAAGCAUCACUAUCAACUGAACUCCACUCUGAAUUAUUUUUCGUUAUUAAUGGUUUAAUCUUAGUUACAUGUAUAAAUUAAAUAAUUGUAUGUAUCCCUACCCUUCCCAAUUACCUACCUACAGCAAUGGGUGCAUACCCAUCCCUAAUAUUAGUUGUUUUUGUUGUUUUUUUUUUGUUAUAAUUUGGUAAAAAUAAUCGGCAUUUAAAAUUUUCACAGAAUACAUAUAUUAUAUUAUCUUUUUAUAAGCGUGGUAAUUUUUUUAUAAUAUUCUAGCUAUUUUUGAGCUUAAUAUAAGCAUUUGACAUUUUUUAGUUUUUUUAAGUUUAUAAUAUUAUAUACCCAUUGCCGCCAGUUAUUACUACGAGAAUACUAGUAUACGGCAUAUACAGAGCUAUAAAUGAUGUUAUUAUACACACUCGAAUUAUUACUCGCCGACCCGAAAUUCAAUUUUUUUUUUUUUUUAUUUAGCGACGGCGGAGAUUGCGUCCUAUUUUACGGAAUUUUUAUUAUGGAAUAUUUCGACCGUUCGACCGAAGACAAAGCUUGAAUUAUACGCACUUAACCGAUUCACGUAUAUACCUACCUAUAAUACGGAUUGCUGAGCAGGGCACUCAUUGACGUGCAGUUAACCAUAAGUCGUAUCCCGACUGAAUUACCUACAAAUGAAUUGUGUCUAGUCGACGAAAAAAAAAAAGACAUGUACGAGUAUUUAAUCAUUAUUGCGUCACAAAACGGUUAAAUGAGGUACCUUACUAGGUACAUUAGAUUAGUUCGAAUAUAAAAUUCAAACGAAAAAAGUUUAGGCGUUUUGGAUAGGAAAAAUAAUGUCAAACAAACCGAAGAAAAAUGAUAACGCGGGUCGAAAGACAAAAACGAAUGAGGAUUGAGGAAACGGAGAAACAAUAUUGGGGAAGCGAAAUUAAUAGUUGUCUUAAUUAGCGUUAUACUGCGAUGGUGCGCCGGACGUAUAUUACCAAAUCGACUAGAGCCCCAAUACCGUGCCCGAAUAUGCUGCACUUAUUGAUUGAUUUGAAUUGUGCAGUCAAAAUAUGGUAUCUGAUUGGCCGGUAUAAAAUAUUAUGUCAUUAAAAUAGCACGUUUAAAUAUCGUGUUAUAUAAUUACACAGUAGUAACUGGUAGUACAUAAAUGAUAAAAUUGUGUGGGUUCAGAUAACAAACGGCCAAGAGAAUAUCUUAUGUAAACAAAGUUGAUCAGACGAAUUUAAGAUUGUUGGGCUUGGUAGACGAUGCAGAGGCAAUCGAGGACAGGGAGAGAUGGAGUCAGCAAAAAUAUUGCGGAAAUGUAUCUGGCGAGUCUCUAAAAAACUUUACAUAAAUGCAUAUUUUGAAAAAUGAGUGAAGAGAACGACCAUGAAAUUUGUUUCCAACCGGAAUCAUGUGCCCAAAACCUAUCUGAGUUUUUUUUUUUAUAUUUUCUGAGUACAGCAAUCAAUGUAAUCGUUUUUCCGACUUCCCAAAUAUAACAGUGGCAAACACAUGAUGGUGCGAAUUAUGAAUGUUUUUUUCGUAGUUUUAAAUAUUCGUCGUCACUGGUGCAAAUUAUAAUAUAUACCUAAUACCUACAUACGAUAUUGUGCACGUAUACAAAAACUAGUUUCGUACAUUGCAAAUUAUUAUAAUACAAGUAGGUAUAUGCACUCUUAUUUUUAGGUCAUUAUAUUUUUUAUGAAGGCAAAUUACACGUGCGAUUCAGGCUCACCGCCGCAAAUAUCGACGGUUCAUUCAGUGCAAACAUCGUCCUAAAUUUUCUGUGAAUAUAUCGUAAAAUUCACACGGUACUAAGUUACACGAGUUUUUUCAACUAUCUAAAUUCUAAAACGAUAUCAAAACGUUAUAUUUCUUUCGUUGUAUAGUCAUCAUUCGUGUUUGAGGAUGGGGAGGAGCGCCCUACCACAAAUUGUAUAGCUAAAUCCAUCUAUAAAUUAUAUUAUUCUUCCCCCUAAUACUUAUUUUUCUAAUUAUUUUCACUAUACAAUAAAUUAAAGAUGUGCUUACCCAGUAAUUCAUUAAAUAUAAGUAUGAGCUACUCUAGUGAUUAGUUUUGUCCGGUUUGUCUGUCUGUAUGUGUGUGCGCUCUAGAGCGUUUUAUUAGGUUUUAACUUUCGUUAAAACGAAAAUGAAUUUUUAAGCUGGAUUUUCUAGAUGGGCUCAUUAUAGCUAAUAUUAUAGAAGUUUGUCGUUGCGGGGCUAAACGAAACUCAAAUUGUCGGUCCAAAUAAAUUCCAGUAAUGGAAAAUUAAAUGUUAAAUACCGGAAAAUCAUGGUUGUUACAUAGAAUUUAUUCGAUGUUUGUAAUAUGAAUUUGUAAUAUUAUGAUCAUAGAUAAAAAUAUUAUCAAUGUGAUAAAAAAAAACAAAACAAAUCAUUUCUCAGAUUAUCCCCGAAAUGACACAUCUACAAUUUUUAGUAAAUAAUUUCGAAACACAUAUAGGCGCGAGUUGCAAAACAAAAAAUUAAAAAUAAUAAAAUAAAUUUCUAUACUAAACGGAAAUGUAUGAUGGGAAUUUAUGCGGAUUGGUAUUUAAAAAAAAAAAAAAAAAUUAUAGCUAGUUAUAAUGCAAGUAGUACGCAUACAUAUUAUAUAUAUAUUUAUAUACUAAUAAAAUUCUAUAAUAAUAUGAUAGCCAUUAAAUGAUCGGAAGUCAAUAAACAAUUCGUGUGUACCCGUUCGCACGCGUUAAUAAAUAUUACUAUCGAUACGCCACUGCAGUUUUAUUGUAUAUAUGUAUUUUUUUUUUUUUUUUUUUUUGUUACUCUCGUGUGUAAUUAAAUAUAUAUAUUUGCAUAGUUAACGAACCGCCCUCGAAAAAUUUACGAACGUCCUCGGAUAAUAAUUUUUAAUAAAUAUUCGAACACCAAUACUUAUUAGUAUUUAUAGUACUAGUGAUAUCCAAUAUGUGUAUUUAAUAAUGUGAUAAUUUUUUUUUUUUUUUUUUACAUCGCCGCGGCGCGGAUAAUAAUAUUCAAAAUGUGCGCUUUAUAUUGAAAUUGAUUGAUAAAACCGACGCCGCCGCCACCGUAAAUCUAACAAUUAUUUAAUGAACGAAAAAAAAAGAAAUAAUAAUAAUAAUAAUAAAUAAAUAAUUGAAAAUAAUCAGCAGAUCGAAAUAAUAUUUUAUACUCGUAAUGCUCGUGUAGAAUUUCGAUAAAAAACAAAUAAAAAUUAAAUAUUUUAUUAUACUGUAGAUAUGUGUGCAUACUUUACAUUUCGGGCAAGUAUUUACAAUCGAUAUUAUUUUGUGCUGUGGGUCAAUAUGCGGGCUGACGAAAUUUUAUUUAUAUUUAGUUUUAUUAGUAUUGGUUUUACUAUGAUGCGAUUUUUUUCUCUCGGAAAAAUCUUUUUCAGUUGCGUUACACUAGAACUACCACUAUCAAAUUUCGAUACAGAACCUUCACAAAAUUGUAUACUUAAAAAAAAAAAAAAUUGUACACCUCGAAUUUUCUCGGGUUUUCUAUUUCUACUUCAGAUUAUUUACAUCGUACAUUAAAAAUCAUGCGAAUUUUUUUUCCGUUGGUAAAUUAGACAAAAAAUAAUAAAACUGUAAUAAAGAAAGUGUGCAAUUAUUGUAACUGGAAUAGAGUAAAAAAUACCACUCGUUAAAAAAUCACAAGCAAUAAAAUUACGAUCUGAGUAUUCAAAUAUUUGUUUAAAUAUAGGUAGUUUUACAUUUUAAUAAUGUAGCUAAAUUCAGAGUUAUUAUAAAUAUACAAGCCGUUUUUUUUUUUUACUUUACGGGAGGUUUUUAGUUGUAGAAGAUUGUAGUAGAUUGAAUUUUCUAUUUGGAUAAACGGUAAGGCACGAAGAAUAUUGAAAUAUUCGUUCUACCGAAAAAAUGUACAUAGAAUACUAAAAGAAAAAAAAACAAAACAAAACAAAAAACACUUUAUUGUAAAAGCAAUAUAUUACUCACGACUCAUUCCCUUAAAAGACUACGAAAAUAUAUUAGAUCGACAUAAAAAUGCUUUUUUCUAUUAUGCGAAAUGUUUUUUCCCCCCGUUAAAUACCAUUAUAUAGUCAAGUUAUAGUAAAAUUUUAAAAUGUUGAAACGAUAUUUGGGUUUACGUUUUAGGAUACUGUUUGAAUAACAAUUUUUUUUUUUUUUGUGUACAGUAUUUUGCAAUAAAAUAUGAGUGAGGAAAUAGUAUUUUCUAUUGUCUUGCGGAAAACGCUUUUCGGGACAGUAAAAUUGAGUUGAAAGUUUCGUUCUACUGUUUCUUUUAUUUCACUUUUCGAUAUCCGCGAUAAUAAAAUCAAGAAAAAGUAUUAUAAAAUAACCGUCGAGAAUGAAUUCGAACAGCCGUCAAAAUGUUUAUUCCGAGUUCUUUUGGUAUUGUUUUUCGAUUGCAAAUGGAUGUUAAUUAUUAUUUAUUCUUGAUUUAAAUAAUAUGACGAAAAUAUUACUUUCUGUACCUUACCGUAAGUACCGAAUUUUCGUUCGUAACCAUUACGUUCAAAUCAUUAUUCGAAAUCGUCGUAGAUUUUUGUAAAAAUGUAAUAAUACUUAAAUACGUCUAAAUACUUUUUAAUGGUAUCGAUUUUGACGUAUUACCUACUACAGUUGUAUGCGUUUUCAUUUCUAUGUUUUAUUUAUUUUUUUUAUCUUUUUCCUUCUUAGUAGAAUCACACUUAUCUUUUGUUGGUUUGUUUGUUUGUUCGGUUCUUUUUUUUUACUUUGAAGAAGUAUUUACGACCGUGCGGCUUACGAUGAUAAAACAUGUAUUUCAGUCAUAUAAAAAAAGAAAAAUAAAAAAAAAUAAGAGAAAUAUGAUGCCGUUAAUAUCAUAUAUUAUAAUAAGAAAGAGAAACGCUCAUUUCUUCUAAACUAAUAAUUUGUUCUUGUGCCUUGUGCGUAUUAUACACUGUAAACGUAUCGUAAUAUAUAUAUUUAUAAGAGUAUAAAAAAAUAAUGUUUUCGUGGUGAUAUUUAUUAGGCCUAAGGCCUUUUUUUUUUUUAAGUUUAUUAAUAGUUAAAGUAAUUAAUUAUUCAGUAGGUAUACUUAUGUCAUUUAAUACAGUCAAAAUCAUAAUAUAUAUAAUAUAUAAUAUGCAUUACAAUUUACAACUCCAAUGAAAAUUAAAAAUACAUGUUAUAAUAUCAUAUUAUAUUCUACAUUAUUUUUUUACAAUAAGUUAUUCAUUUUUAAAUACAGAUCGUGUUGUUUUCAGCUAUAAAGGAGACGCAGACAAUUAUACACUGCGAUAAAACAAAAUCUAUAAAAAUUUAAAUUUAAAUUAUUCGCGUUUUGUAAUUAUAUUUAUCAUUUUAGAUUCCGGGCAAAGCAAAUAUUAUUAUUAUAUUGUGUAAGCGAUGUGAUUUUUUUUCCCUUUUUCUUAUCUGCAGGUAGUGCACUCGUUUUCGAGACAAGAAUAAAAAUUCUUCGACAGUCGCGUUUAAAGAUUAAAAAAAUAAUAUUAUUAUAGGCAGUUUGUACUUCAAAAAGGUGAUUUUAAUGGAAUUUCUUAAGAAUCGUGGGAAAAUAAUAACAUUAAGUAUUUUGAAAUAUAAUCGAAAAAUUGAGAUAUUUCAUUAAAUUUGAUAACAUUUUUAUAAUUUUCAAAGGAGGUUCGAUUAGUUCAAUAAUUAAGUACAAAAUAAAUUAUUUACAUUGGUUGAUAUUUUUAAAUUUCAGUAAACUACAGUAUUUGUAUUUUGUAUACACAUACCUACUCACGAGUUUAUUUGUAAUCUAUUUUUUACUAAAUUUUAGUAUUCGUAAUUUAUGUUGUAUCAUUAUUAUUUUAUAUUUAUAUAUAUAUAUUAAUUUUUAAUAAUUUAUUGGACCAAAAUAAUCAAUUUUUAAAUUAUUGAAUUAAAUGUUUUAUUUGUUUUGCAAAGGAGAUUUUUUUCUCGGAACUUUUUCUGUUAGUAAAAAUAUUUCGAUUUUUUCACGUCAGAUUUCAAAAGAAGCGGAAUUAACGAUAGCGCAGCGGCACUCUAUUUAAAUAAUUUAUCGACAUUUUCAUCAGUAUAACAAUAGGUCCUUUUUUCGGUUAUUUUAAUUUUAUUGAUGGGUUACCUUUUCUUUGGCUAUUUAAGCGAAAAAAUACGACCUCUCUGAAUCAUUUUUUUCUGGUUGAUCGUUGCAUACAAUUAUUUAUCAAUUAAAUACUAAAUUACUUCCAAAUUUCAACCUAAAAUAGUGGCCUAAAUAUGAUGCGAAAUAUGUCUGGUGUUUCGCAUUUAAUUAUUUUUAGUUCAUUCCUAAAUUAUAUACUUAUAUUUCAAAAUUUAGUAUUUAUAAAAAAAAAUUCUUAUUGUUAUUUCAGUUAAUAUUUUAUUUAUAGCAUAGAUUUUUCGGAGGAAAAUUUACACAGUAAAAAUAGUGACAGGUACGUCAAAUUAAUUAAAAUUAAAUAAAUCAUCAUAAAAUACUGAUAAAGUCAGACGGGAGACGACCCUUGUACGAUUCCCCGUACUCUUUUUUUAUAAAUACAACUUACAGUACUUGAUAUAUUGAACCGUUUUUUAAUGUGCUCGAUUUGUUUUGCAGCUUACUUGAGUACCUAUGCCAUUCUAUUUUUGUUUUGUUUACGCAGAUUAUAUUGUUAAAAUAUGGAUCUGUUGCAGGUCGUUUUUUCAAAAAAAAAAAAAUAAUAAAAACUUAGCGCACCCGUCAUAAUAACGUUGCAGUCACGUUUUGAACGAAAUUUACAAUUCGGUUUAUUAUAAUAUAUGUAUACGAAUAAAAUCCGUAUAGAGAAUAUUAUUUGUCCGUGAAACUGUCACUGGAAUAAUUCUUGGGGGACAUUGGUGCGGGCGUACUUAUAAAUCAAAAAAUCUUCGUACAACGAUUGUACAAAAAUAAAAUAUAAAUGUAAAACGAGCUAAAAAAAAAAAAAAAAAAAAAUAAACUAAGGUUAUGUGUUAUACACCCGUUGUCAAAUUCACAACUUUUUUUUAUGUGAACACAAUAAUGUAUAUACUAUAAAUUUAUUGAUGGAAUAUAACUGCUAAACCUAUUAUAUUAUAUAGGAACGAGUGCAAUAAAUAUUACUUUACGCGUUAAUAUAUUAUAAGGAAAAAAGGGCACUGGCUUUUUUUAAUUUCAGCAUAACAUAAUAAUUUAGAUAUACCUAUUAUAGAUACGUUCCGUGAAAUGUGUUAUCGACUUCGUUUGGGUGUUUUUUUUUUAUUUAAAUUAUCCGAACAAUUAUGGGUUACACUUUUAUACAGAGGGAGGGAAGUAAACGUAAUUUAAAAAAAAUUAAUGACGAUUUUUUUAUAAUAAACUAAAUUCUUAACUUUAAUGUUUCAUUAAUAAAUCAAUUGUAUUAUGUUUGUUGGUACCUAAACAGAAAUAUUAUUAUUUUAAAUCUUUAAACUUUAAUUACUACAUUAUUCUUCGUUAAAUACUAAUUGCAAUCUACGUGGAUAUUCGCUACCAAAUUGUGUUAGUACUUUUUCAAUUAAUAUUGAUCUUUCCCUAAAUUUACUUGUUCAUAAUGAACAUAUAACAUGUUUAUUGUAUACUUAACAUGCUUUAAAGGUUGAAGUACUAAGAGAACUUUCUGUUGUAAAAAUCGUAGCUGUAACAAGGUCGUAAAUAUUUCCAAAGUAAUUGCUAUACUAGAGAAAAAUGUACAGUUACUAUUUAAGAAAUCAAUAAAAUUAUGUUUUGGUGGUUUCAAUUUUUUGAAAAUAUUACCAAUUUUUUGCUUCAACUUUUAAACUAUAUAUUUUAUAAAAUUCGUAAAUUCUUACGAAGAAUAUUUUUGUCUCGAAUUAUUUAAUUCUUGUGGGAUGAUGACAGUGUAAUAAGAAGCAUUAUUAUAUAUUUUUUAAAAAUGUUCUUUUAUGGACUAAAUAAUUCACAACUUUUAGUUUAAUAAUUUACCAUUAAUGAAUAUUUUUUUGUUAUUUUUUUUUUGUUUGCAAUGCAAAUAUCUAAAACAGUGGCGAUAAAUUUAGCUGUAAAUAACGUUUGAAAAAUGUCAUUAGUGCCCUUUCGAUGAUUAUCGAAUAUGUUUAGUAAUAAAUUAUUAAUAAUAGUUCAAUGGCUUUAUAGAAAUCUACUGAUAUGCCUUACUAUAAUAUAUUUGUCACAGGUUCUAAAAUGGUACGGCGUUUCGCCAUAACAAUCAUAGAAAUCAAGAAAUUUGAACUCGAGUAUGUAGAAUAUAAGUAAUGAGCUCAUUGUUUUUAUAUUUUAAUUUGAAUAUUCGCCAUUGUUUAAUUAUGAUUUUAAAUUUUUUUCGAAGUAAAAUGUUUUAAAAAUUUUCUUUAAAGUCUUUAAAAAUGUAUACUUUUAUACUUUGGUAAUCAGCUUGUUUCCCAAAAAAGGUAAAUCUUCUUCUAAGGGUACUUUCGUGGAUUUUAUAAUUAUACCUUCUUGCCUCCCUUCGAGACGCUUAUGUGAACAAUAAUCCCGGGAGAUGAAAAUUUCGCUUUAUCCUAUGGAUAAUCAUCGUCGUGAAUAGUCUUUUGGCCCGAAUGAAAAGAUGUACAGAAUACAAAUAUUAUACCUAUACGAAACCAAGUCUUUCUGCUAUUUUAAUGUAUAGAAUCAUUUAUUCGGACGCAAUGAUUUAUCGUUGUUAUAAAAGCUUUAGAUAUAAUAUUUGUAUGUAUACAAAUAUAUAAAAUCAUGCCCACGCUACUGACAGUAGUUGUUAGCCAUGAUUUUGAAUUAGGGGCUAAAUAUGUUUUUAUUCGUUGGUAAGAGGAGGUUUGGGUGUUCAGUCCUCUAAAAAAAGUUUUAGAAAAAGUCUUUUCAUUAAUGCAACUCUAAGUUCAUUGAAUAAAAUUAAUAACCAAAACUUAGUAACGAAAUGAGAAUAUUAUGUAUAGUGUAUUGAUAUAACUUAUAUACGACUUGGUUACAUAUAUUUACUACAUCCUUCUGACAGCUACAUACUCCAAGGAGGAUUUUGAGCACAUUCAAUAAUUACCUAUAUAUGUAUACAAUUUUUAUUAAUGUCUUUUUUAUUUAUAUUAUCUAUGAUUAUUCCAUUGAAUCUAUUCCUGACAUAUCGUAGCGUUCCUCCUUAAAUACAUUUGCAUACUGUUCAAUGAAGAAAUAAUUUUCUUUCAGGUGUGGAAGAAAUAAAUUGAAACAUAGUUAUCAAUCAAAUCGUAAAAUAAUAUGCAUAUAUAAACACAGCCUACGGGAGAGAGGUGUUAUAGAUCCCUUAUCACCCUCAACUCUUGGCUAUAACAUUAUGAUAUAAAGUAGGUUUGCGCCAUACGUCAUAGCCCAUAGGACAUAGAUUAUCGCCAUAAAAAUAAAUACGAUGAAUACAGUUCGAUAAUAGUAAUAAUAAUAAUUAAGAACAAUUAAAGGACCGAGAAAAGUAGGUUUAAUAGUUGUAAGACUUGACCGAUACGGUUUUAAAAAGAAUCAAAUGGACAAAAUAAUGUCUGACUUGCGAUCGCGAUAACGCGCGAUGACCGACAUCACGAAAGAUUUUUUUUCACACGAGUUUUUUCUUUCGUAUUCCAGUUGUCUACUUGUGUACAUAGUUUUUUUUUAUUUUUCAUGUGUGACAGUAGCCAAAGUAUGCAGAUAAUAAAUAUUUUGAUAGUCUAUUCAGAAGUGCAAUGGAGGUUUCAUGAAAUAUAAAUGUUUUACGAAGUCUGGGUAAUAUAUAAUAGAGUAUAUAGAGACGAAAGAGUAAAAAACACCAAAACCGAUUAAUAAGUGUAUUUGAAACUUUACACUAUUAUACACUUUAAACGUAAUAUAUUGUUUUAGUAAAAUAGUAUAAUAAAAAUGUGAUUAAAAUAAAUAAUGGAACUUGGUACUGUACAUAAUUAUUAUAAAUUGCAAAUUAUAACCCUGCAAUGUAACUAUAUUAUGUUGUUGCAAUUGCUAUCUGGGUAUGAUUUUAGUUUUAGAUUCUGAGUGAAUACCGAAGAAGUUUUAUUAAAAUAUAUUAUUUUUCUUCUCGGAAAACACUUGUUCACAGUAAGCAAAAAUUAUGUGAAUUGUUUGCACCGUACUUUAAAAAAUUUGGAAUUUCCACCGAUGGAAUUUUUUUGUGAAAUAUUUUUUAUAGAUUUUCGGCCAUUUUUUUUUGAAAAGGCUAACGAUGGUAUAUUUCGGUGUUAUUUUCCCUUGAUUUUCGUGUUAAAAGAGGACAAAAAAAAUACUACUAUAAUUCCAUAUACCCUUACCAGUUUACCACUUCGAAAUCGUUUUUUAGUUGCAAUGGUUUCUUGUCGUUUUCAGUAAAUAUUUGAACACACGGUCUUUAUGAAAUGGAUAUGUUUAUCAAGUCAGGUUAAUUUUUAAUAAUUUAAGAAUUUAGUGUUAUGAUAGCUGAUAGAUAAUAAAAAAAUUUAUCUUUUUUUCAUCUAGAUAGUUAUUCUAGCAAUUAUUUCUGAUGUUUAUCUAGAUAUUUUCAAAUGUAUCUUUAUAAAACAAUAACUAUUUUUAACCAGUUGCAUUUUUAUUAUAUAACUUACAUAUCCCAUAGUACAUAUUAUUAUAAUAUAUUUUACUCGUAACAGACUUUUAUCCGUACCGAUACUAUUAUGGUCCCUACUUUAAUUUUAUUGGUCAUACAUUGUAUAUUAUAUUAUAUUGUAUACUAUUGUCGGUAUGGAAAGUAAUUGUUCACAAUUUUAGACAUUAAAAAAAAAAAAACGUGACAAUAAGUUAUACUAUUGCAUUUUGUAUUAUUCGAAUUUAAUAUUAUAUUAUACGAAAUAAAACUACAAUAUGAUAUAUAGUAAAAAACGAAUUAAAUCUUGGAACAUUAUUCUAUAAAGGUUAACACCUAACCUACCUAUAAAACGAUUUUUUUUUCUUUUUAAAUUAAAUAAAAAGCUAAAGUGCAUAUGGUAUUAUAAAUAAACAAUAAUGGUGUUAUUCCUACAUCCUAUUAUUAUUACCUACGGUUUUUCUAUUACUUGAACUAUGACAGAGUAUUAAAAUGGAAAUUUAUAUUAUGAAACAAUAAUAUACUAUAUACAAUAUUACUGCAUUAGGCUUUAUUGUGUCGGUGUAAUAUGUCACAUUCUGUUUUUUCACACAUUUUUUUUGAAAAAUAAUUUUACAACUAUCAAAUUGAAUAGAUAUACUCGUAAUAUGGUAUAUAUUAUAUAAGAAAAUCAAGAUAAUAAUACAAAUGUGUUUUUACCGCAUUUAAAAACGUGAAAAUACGAGCAUAAUCCGAGUAGGUAUCUAUAUAUAGUGUCGAAUUGCUAAAAGGUUUUUCUAUUAUCGUAUUGUCUUUUUUUUAUUUCAGUUCGUGUUUUUCGCUGUUAUAGAUGAUUACCUAUAUUACAUUAUAUUCUCAUUCCAAUUUUAUAUACGUUUAUCGAGUUAUUAAGUAAUGCCAAAGUACCUGUAGGUACCUAUACAGUAAACAUAUUAUAGCUACUAUAGCUUAAACAACGAUGUAAAGCAAUUUGUAAGAUUAAAACAAAGAAUCAAGAAUCAUAUAUGUAACACAUUUUUUUUAGUACAAUAUGAUUUUUUAUUGUUAUAUGGUUUUGUAUCCUAAUAUUGCAUAAUUUAUUACUGUGUUAAUUAUUUCCAUAUACUUAUGAAUAAAUAAUAAUAUAUAUUUGUAUUAUUAUUUAUUAGUAUUGUAAGUGGGUUAAUCAUUUCUUUUUUAGUUUCUAGGUCAUAUUAUUCAUGAAUAUAAUAUUAUCAACUAAGUAUGAAAAUAAUACUGGAAAGAAUAAAAAUUAUUACCGUGAGAAAUAUUAUUAUAAAAUAGAAAUCUUGGAAUCUAGAGUCCCAUUAUAAUAUAGUUAAUUUAAGUAUUACCUUUAAUUAUAAAGGUAGUGAAAUAUGAUGAGAGUUCAAAAUAGUUUGGUUUCAAUAAUAAUAUUGUCUAUAUUUACAAUAUUAUAAUUGCGCCACUUUUGUUUGUUUUUAUUAAAUUAUUACUAUUUAAGGAAGAUUAUUGUAAUAUAGGUAGUAUCUACCUAUUUAUCUAUAAAUAUAAAAUAACAUAUCCUGACUGACUGAUUCAUCAUGGUCUACCUGGAACCACUAAAACUAUGAGUAGAAAUUUGGUCAGUCAAUUUUUUUAUCGCGUACAGGACCACUAAAAAAGAAUUUUAAAUUUGAUAAAAAUGGAAAACGUUAUUUCUUGGUCGGGUUUUUAUGAAACUUAAUAUACAUACUACAAAGUAUGUACUCAAUAUAGUAGUAAAUACUACAUCAUUUUUUUCAAAUUCAACCCCUAAGGGGGUUAAGAAGGGUAAAAAGGAUUAAUAAUCGAAAAAGUUAUUUCAUAAAGUUACACUAUCCCUAAUAUAGGCCAUUUCUUAUCUCAACAAUCUCUUUGAAGAUUUGUGUUGUCCUUAAACAUAACACUUUGUCUUUGAAAUAUAAAAAAUUUGGACUGAAGGCUUCUCCAUCUAUAAUUGAUGUAUAGUUAGCUCACCAAAACAGCAUAAUAGCAAAAUAUAAAAGGUCAUCAGCCCCGCCCAAAUGUCAAACAUUAUUAUAGUUAAGGUUUUUACAAUACACGUUUAAUGUUAACGCCUGGUCAAGAUAGAUAAAUUAAUUAAAAUAAAUAUUAAUAAAAGAAAGAAAAUUAAAUAGUUAUGAUCCCCUAUGAAUAACAACCUAAGUGAUUUUACCCUCAGUUUCCGGAUUUUUCAAUAGGUGGUGCACGGGUUAUUAAAAAAAAAAAAAAAAUGAAAACGCAAACAAAGUCGUGAGCAAUAGCUAUACAAUUAUAAUUCAAAAUUAUUGUCAUUUUUAUUUUUUAGCAUUAUAAGUCAUUUAGGCUUUUAGCUGCUAAAAAUAAAUUUGUCCAUCUUUCUCUGUUUUGUGUUAUGUUCCAGUCUACCUCACGUGACUGCGUGAUGGUCUCUCGUACACUGUCCAUCCAUCUUUGGCAUGGUCGUCUCGUACCUACCAUUUCUUCACUUAUAAUUUUCUUCAUUAGUCUUCCAUCUGCUUGCCAAAUAUGACUCAUUCAUUCUAGUCUUAUGCUCUUAACGAACUAAAACCACAUUUCCCCACUUAUAAAGCACACUUAAUUGAUUAUUUUAUCUUAUUUUCCAUUUCUGAUCUUCGGAAUUGUAUAUUGAAACAUGUAUUUUUUUUAGUGUUUGCCUCUUGUAUCUUAGGAGCUUUUCAAAAUUAUUUAAUUUUAUAAAUUAUUAUUUUUACAAACAUUGUUUAACAAAUGUGCUACCUCUCACAUAAAAAUAAUAUUACAAAACUACCCACGGGAGUAGUCGGACAAUAUAGCUAGUAUAUUAUACGUAUAGGUACGAGUUAUAACAAAUUAAAUAUCGUUGCUCAGUAUUGUUCUAUGGUCGUAAACAAGUCAGAUAACAUUCAGAGUAAAUAAUUAUACCUAUAUAAAUUUUUAUCGAAUUAUCAUUAAUCGUGUUAGAAAACCCGAGAACCAACAAAAAUCAGUAUAAUAUUACCUAUACUAGUAUAAUUAUUGUUGGAUAAUAAUUUAUAUUAUAAUAGUUACGUGUAAUUCACUAUUAGUGAUGUAAGUAAUUCAAAAAACAAGUUUUUCAGCAGUAAUUAGCAGGAAAAUAUUUUCUAGACAAGAUUUGGCUAAAAACAAUAAGACGAGAUAAUGAGUUUACCAGUCAUUUAUAAUUUGCAUGGAAAUCGUCAAAUUUUUUUGCAUCUCCAAAUCUUCCCACGAAUAAUAAUAAUAAUAUUAUAUUUUUGUUUCUAUAUGUUACAGUUCAUCGGAUCUCUGGAUGUCCCCAGGCCAGUGAACCGAGUCGAAAUAGUGGCGGCCAUGAGGCGGAUUAGAGUAAGUGUUUUCUGCAUUACUUAUCUCUAUAUAACCUACCCUUAUAUAAACUUACUUCUCCAUGCUGCAGGGUUAUUCAAUUUUUAGUAAAAUGUCCGCUCUUUUUAAUUCUUUUGAAAAAAGUUUUAUAACUUUGUAUACCUACUAAAUAAAUGCAUUAUUACACUGUAGUUGAUGGAUCCCGUCGAAUAUUAAUAUACUUCGAUGUUUAAUAUUGUUGUUCUGUUGUCCGUAUAUAUUAUAGUAUGAAUUCAAAGCCAAAGGCAUUAAAAAGAAAAAAGUAUCCAUAGAAGUUUCCGUCGAAGGGGUCCGUAUCACUUUACGAAAGAAGAAAAAGGUAAGUUUUUUCUCUCAUUUUAUAUUACUCGUUUUUAUUUUUAAUAUAUAUGUAUGAAUUAUUAAAAAGCAUUUUAAAUUGAAUUUAAUAUAUUUGAAUAUAUUUUGUAAAUGUCCUUUCCUUAAAGGAUUAUUAAAAAAAUAGAAUUUUAUAUCAUUUUAAAUUCAAUUCCAUUUUUCAUUAUCAAACAGAAAACUGUACAAUAUUAAAAUAUCUUAUCUAGGUAUAUUUGUGUAAGUACCUAUUAAAAAUAUUAUCUCGAUAAACAAAAUUACCAUUUAAUAUAUAAAAUUAGUUGAUUUUUAGAUUCUGAAUGGUGCGAAGGAGCUUAUAGUUUUACAAAGAUGUUUAUUUAUUUAUUUUUUUUAAAAUUUUUUUUCUCGAAUUUCUAUUACGUGUAACACCUUUUCUAAAAAGAAAUACCGGCGCGAGGAGGUACUUUAUAAAGGUCAUUUUCUCUUCAAAAGCGAAAAAGCGAAAAAAAAAAACGAGAAAAUUUACGAAAUAUAAUAAAUAUAAUCCAACGAUUUUUUUUUUUGUGGACAACUUUUAUACUAGCAAUUUCACUCCAAAUUUUAAUGAUAGCAAUGUUUCUAAAAAGAAAUUUCACUAGGGAGGUACAUAAAACAGAUUUUUCGAUUUUAUCAGGAUUUAUCCCAGAAAAUGUAAAAAACCGGGAUAAAACAUUGGAAACCCGGGAAAAUUGAUACAACAUUAAAUAAAUUUUUUUAAAGAAAAUAUAUAAAGCCUAAUUAUUAUUUUAAAUGACAUAUAUAUUGUUGACAAAGCAUCAAUAUCAAUUGAACUCCGUUCAGAAUCGUUUUUUCGUGAGCAAUGGUUUAUCGUUGCUUACAGGUAUACAUUAAAUGCCCAUCUAUAUCCUACCUUCCCAACUUCCCUCCUACACUAGUGGCUGAAGCCGUCCCUAUUAUCUUACUUUUCUUUUUACUAAUAAUUGUAUUGUAAUAUUAUUAUUUUGUGUAGCGUAGAGCUAAAAGUUUUAAGUUAUAUAUUAAUAUAAUGCAGCGCUGUAUUGACUGAUAAUAUUAUAAUAAUAUGUAAAUGAAAUUUAGUGCAUAGAUAAGCAAAGAAAUUCAAUUAUAAAUUAAAGCAAAGGAUAUUAAAAUAUUUUGACGAUUUUUAUACCUGAAGGUUAUGUAAAUAUAAUAUUUUAAUGAAAUAUUUAGUUCCGUUAUUAUAUAAGAGAACUUUAUGAGAUUAUAAUAGUAUGAUUAUAUAAUUAGGAAAUAUGGAAAACGAUACUGAGUAAAAAAAUCAGGUUGUAACGUAUUGUUUUUUUUACCAAACUGGUAAAACUUUUUUUUUUUAUAAAAUUUUUUUAUUUUAACAAUCGUUGAUAUAUUCAUUAAAAUCAGGUAUUAUAUUUCGGAAUAUUAAUUACAUAUAUACGUAUCAUGUUUUUCUCGUAAACAUAAUUUAAAAGAAUAAUCGGUAAUAUCUCACUAUCAGAAAGUUACUAGGUAGUGUUGUAAGGUUAGGAAUAAAUAAAACACGCUUUAUUGCUUUAAGAAUAAUGAAUUUAAUGAUUUUGCUCAUUUUUAAAUACCUGUAAAACAUAGGAUUUAUCUUUUACCUAUAAUAAAAACAGGCAUUAUUUUAAUUUAUAAACAACAUAAAUUAUAUGUUGUUUAUAAAUAAAUUAUAUUUUAUAAACUACAAAAUUAAAAAAAAAAAAAAAUAUUGAAUAAUACUCGAUAUCUGGAUACACUGAUUUUUAGUAUCUAUAGGUACAAUAGAUAUUGAACUUAUGUAACAGUAUAAAAUACUUGAUAGUUACAUUUUAUGUUUUUAAACACAAUAAAAACUCGAUAAGUACUUCAAAAGUAAAAUAGUUAUUACUUUUUUUAUGCAUGCAGUAUCUUAAAUAAUGCCGAAUAAUCCAGUCGGCCUAUUCUUCGGAUGCUUAUAGGAAACAUACAAUUAGUAUUUAGAAUUUAUAUAAAUAUUCGAUACCAUAUAUAUUGAUUUCAGUUUCGCAAUACAAGACACUCGAUACUUAGUACUGUAUCGUGAUACAAGAUAUAAUUGCACUAAAGCGUAUUUAAGAUUCUACACAUAAAGUACUAUUUUAGUUUAAAAAUAAAAAUAAAAAUAGUUUUAGAUUAAUACUCAAUAAAAUAUCAAAUAGAGUAUGAAAAAAAAUAAAUAUUAUUGUAUUUACUUACGCAUAUAUACAAACCAAAUACAACUAAGUAUAAGAAAACUAAUAAAACAAAGCCUGGAAUAUUAUAAAAGUUGUGUACACAUUAAGACUGGUUUUGAUCUAAAAAAUUAUCAUCGAGUAAUAGAACAACAAAGGCGAAAAUGGAAUACCUAUACAACUGAGUAUAAAGUGAAACGAAGAAAAAAAAUUACUAUUUUUUACACAGGGAGGAAACUGAUUCUAUAAAAAGAGAUUAUAAUGUCAUCUCAUCAUGGUUUACAAUCUCUUAUAACAGAAUUGGUUAACUCCCUGUGUAAAAAAAUAUGGUAUUUUUUCUAUGUAUUCUUAUUUCAAUCCUUAAUCGAAACCGAUUGUGUAUACACAGAAUUUUUAUAAUAAUACAGGCUUUGUUUUGUUCUUUUUCUAAUAAUUUAUUCAUACCUAUACAUUAUAAAUAAAUAUUUGUUUUUUUUCCACAUUAUUUGUAUAUAUUUUAAACUCUAUUAAUUAUUUAAAUGUUUUAUAUUUGAUAUUUCAAUUAAUUGUAAAGCAAUAGUCACUACCCCUACAGUUAUUGCAUUUAUAGCAACGUAAUAUUUUUCUUUACAACUUAGAAUAUUUUUGCUUUAAAUUAUUUAACUUUUUAAAUAACAAGAAAUGGUCAUGGGUUGUAAAGUAUUAUAUUGUUAGUCCGUCUACUUGCCUGCUUGUAAUGCGUUUUCUUUUUUAGAAUGCAAACAGUGGAGUUUAUGUUGUUAUAUUGAAGUUUAAACAUGAAUAAAAAAAAUUUAGAGUGGACAAUAUUUUCGAAUGAUUUUAGUUUUUUUUCUCUAAAAAUAUUACAGUUAUAUUCAUUUUUGCAAUUUUUAAAUAGCCAUAGUCCUUUAAAUUUUAUUAUUUUUAAUUUCAAUUUCAAUCUAAACUCUUCAAUUUAUGUUCAAAACGUAUUAUUUUUUUUUAUCGUAACUUCACGCGGGUUUUCAAUAUUAACAAUCAAAUAAAACUGGUUAAGAUAUGUUUGGUUUCAUUGAAAUUCGUACCUAUGUAAAGAGUUUUCAUCAUUGAGUAUUGAAGCAUUUGGAUUAAACACUAGCCAUGUUAAACAUUAAAAUUAUUUUAAUAACCCGCCAUAUAUGACCAGUGGUGUAGCCAGGAUAUAUUUAGAAGGAUGUUUUUAUUUUUUGUUUAGAUGUAACUUUGUAACCUUUUUGUAUGUAUGUAACACACAUAACAUAUAUUUAUUACUUAAUAAUUAUCAAUGCGUAACACAUCUUGUAGAAAUCUGAUGCAUAACUGCAUAUUAAUGUAGUGAAAAUUAUAAUUGUCGGCAUAAAUACAGUCAAAGGGGGGGUGUUUGAACACCAAAACACAACACCUCCCCCUUCACUACGCCAUUGUGUGUGACAGGCAUGCAACUUGAAGUAUAAUAAUAUUAGCUAUUAUUUAAUUUUGUGUCUUAUUUGGAGUACAAAUUAAAUGUAACCGCUGUAGUUUAAUAUUAUUAAACGAGUUUUACUAUAUAUUUAUGAAUACGUUAUUUUGUACACUUAAACAGUUUUGUGUUGAGUGUCUUUUUUUCACCCAAACUUAAUUAAGUAUAUGUAUAACAAAAACGAAUGUUGAGUACACAGACAGUUUAAGUAGUGUUAUAAUAGUUUAGUAUAAUAAAGUUAGAGUUUCACGCGAACUUCCUAAAACAAUAAUAAUAUUAUAUUGUCUGUGUUUGUUUUUGUUGGUAUAAGAGUGUAGGAAUGUGUAUAGGAUAUAUCGUCAACAUUGUUUAGGAAAAGGCUUUGCGUACUUCAAUUUGAAUUAAAAAUUAUAAAAAGUAUAUUUAAAUGCGCGAAUAAAUAAUACUCACUAGUCUCUAAUAUUUAAUUUAAAAUAAACAAAUCAAAUCAGCAAGUACAAAAGUUGGUUCAAUGUAGGUACUUUCAAUACUCUAUACCUGAUUUGUAAUUUGUAAAAAAUAAAUAAACGUUGUUGUAUUCUUUUUUUUUAGCUGAGAAAUGGGGAAUUAGUUAUCAUGUGAUAAAUAAUUAUGCCGUCUAAUUUUAAAUUUGGUAAUACAAAUCUUUUUAUCUUAAGUUAGAAAUAAAAGAUAAAAUAUUUCGUUAAAUCACGUAACACGACCUAACUUAACCUUACCUCUUUGAAAUCUAGUUGUGUACAUCAUAUCUGGCACACUUUUAUAGAACAUAGUUUUGUGAUGUAGUGUACGGUCUUAGAAUAUAAGGUGGGUCCACUACCCCUCCACCAUCCCACUGGCAAUGUUCUGAUUAUUUGGGCGAAGACGUUUUAAUAUUCGUCCUAAUAAGCGGGACACUGAUAAAAAAAGAAUUGUCCGGUCUUGUUAUCUAAGACCGUGAUAUUAGGUAUCGAUUUUAUCUAGAUAAAACGUCAAUGAUGAUUUCAUCACGGAUAAACACAUUAUUUGUAUCUAUUAAUAGUUAUAUUUGUUUAUAAAUUUAUCUUCCUACAAGACACUACAAAUAAAUAAAAUACAAUAAAUUAAUAACUAUUGAACUCCAUAUAUUUUUUUAAAUAAUACGAAUAAUCUGAUAAUGCCAAUAUUAAUCGAUUUUAAUACCAAUCGUUCUAUAAACAUAUUAUAUGAGUAGAUAUUAGGUAUGUUUUUUUUUUUUUUUUUUAUACAAAAUUCCUAUACUUAAAAAUAAUAUAUAUGUAUAUACAUAAUUAUGUUUUUAUGGUGUUGUUAUAGAAAAAACAAUGGGCGGACGAGAAUAACCUGCUACUAAUGCAACAUCCUAUUUAUAGGUAAGCUGUUAAGUCUGCCAUACAUCAAAGUAUACGCGCGGCGGGUUUAAGAGUCUCGCACAGACGAAAACGGUUUGUUCGCUUUCGAACAGCUAAUUUUCUACUUAUUUUUAAUUUUCGUAAAUUUGAACACCGGUCCUACACUUGCCACCGCGGUCGUCAAAUAAUAACACAACAGCCGAACGUGGCUUUAACGUAGCCACAUCUUAUGACAAUAAUAUAGUAUUGUAAUUUUUUUGCAUUUAUAGGAUAUUUUACGUUUCUCACGAUUCUCAAGACAUGAAAAUAUUCAGUUACAUCGCCAGAGAUGGUUCUACCAACGUGUUCAAGUGCAAUGUGUUCAAGGCGAAUAAAAAGGUAACAAUAUCCAAUAUAAGAUAUUAUUGUGUAUAAUAUUAUUAUAAGUUCUUUUUAUAUCGUACAAAAUUUAAAUAAAAUACAUAAGAACCAGAGGUGUAGGAUGUAUAAUACCUACCUAAUGCAUUAUUCUGAAACAGAAAAAAUAUUAUGAUAUUUGUAUAAACUGGGAUUUAUAUAAUAUAAUAUUAUAUCAUUUUCAGCCGGCGUAGUUACGACGAAAUCGAAUGAAAAACGGGGAGGGGAAAAGAUAUCAUUAUGCGAAAACCAUCUAUUUCAUCCGUCGCGCGUUUUGUUAGGUAUAGGAGUAAAAUCCGAUGAAGUCUUCCGCUACGUAGACGACGUCCACGAUGACAUUUUCCAAAUUAUUCCCCUGCUCACGCUAUGGAUUAUCCACCAUGCAUAGAUAGUGAAAAAAUGUGACUGUUAUUAUUAUUUUGCAUUUCCUAAUGCGAUGAAUAAUCCGUAUAUUAUUUAUUAUUAUAGACAAUUGUACUUAUGUAUAUUUAGGUGUGUUGGUAUAGACAGAUAGGCGUAACGGAUAGGGUUUAGGUCAUAGGUAGGGAUUUGAUAACUUUUUUGGGGGGUUGGAGGUCUAGAUGUUAGAAUAAUCUUAAUAUAUAAUAUUGUAUUAUGACUGGCUUAUAGGUCAACCAUCGAAAAAAGUCUUCUCGAUAUUAUAAAAAUCGGAACCCAUCUCUCGGUCAAUAUACCGAAUUUGCGAAUACUAUUACUGGGUAUUUUUUGAACUUAUUCUGCUUAUAUUUUUGGAAGGGGGAGGGCCUGUGACACAGUGGUAAAUUUCGAUAAUCAAAUUUGGCUGCUACAGUGGGGAUGUACUUAUAGGAGUGUCAGUAUACCACGGUUUUAGAAGAUAACACACAUCCGCCUGGCUAUAAAACGAUAUACGCUUAUUUAGGCAAAUUAAGUUUAACUUUUACUCUCACUAAGCGCUGCAGGUUAAUGAUUAUACCCUAUAACUUAUAGGUAUUUAUUUGAGGUUAUGUAAUUAUUAAAACCUUGCUAGCGUGUUUGGGUUUAGCAUUUUUUUUAUCAUUGGUAUUUCUAUUAUUCUACCAUUGUAAGUCAUAACUUCAAAUAAGUAUAAUCUAUCGCGAAUAAAUUUGAACCACGAAUUAAGAUAUCUAAAUCUGAUUUGAACUGAAACUAUCUCGUUAGGCAGACAACUGAUAAAGAUCAGUCGUUAGAUCUUAUUUUCUACGACCAUGUGCUGUAAACAAUUCUGUUUUAAACGUUCCUAUCGAAGUCCUUUUGUAGAAUAUAUUGGUGUUAAUUUAGGGCUUUUAUGGUUUUCGAUACGAUUUGAUGGUGUACCGAUAUUCGACUUUGUUCACGAGAUACAAGUGAUUUUUUUUUUCCUGUAAACAAAACGGUAGCUGCGUGUUUUAUUUUAUGUAUAAUUAUAGCGAUCACGCGAUAAAAUUUAAUUUCCGAUAUUUUACGUAAACGCGCGUGAAGUUUUUUCCUCUCCUCGCCUCGCCGUUUUAUCCGAAAAUUAAUAAUCGCCAAAACGUUCGCGUUAUUUUAUUAUUAUUAUAUGUGCGUCGCUUCGUCGUCGUUGGUGAAUUUUGUUUAUUUUACGUGAGUGAUUGACGAUCAAAGAGAUUUAUAACGGUAAUCCCUUCGUAAUCACUACACUAUUUAUUGGGCUACAUUGCACCGGUGCAGCUAUAAGGCACAAUCGUUAAUUUUUGUUUACAUAUACUCGUACACGUUCGGUGUGUAUAAAUAUAUAUACUGCCGGUGUCGUCAUGAUUGACGGCCAAGUUCGCCGACUCUAAAUAAUAGAUAAGCCUCCGUACGUAUAUAAUAUUAUAAAUAUCAUAUACGUAUAUACGUACAUAUGAGUAACAGCCAAUCAAGAGUUCAAUUACACUGUAGAAUAAAAAAAAACAAUUAUAACCACGUAGAGAUUUUAUAAUACAUUUGAACGGAUAUUUAGAUUCUGAGCGAACCGAGGAAUGUAUUGGUUUUACUAUGUUUUGUGUUUGCGCGUGUGUAUUUUCUUUUUGUGCCUGUAAACGAGUUUUCUACUAGAAAUCGUGCUCCCAUCAAAAACUUUAUAGAAACUUUCUCUUAGCAUUUUUGGCCUUGUUGGUGUAUUGAGGAAUUAAUUUUUUUUUAUUGACUUUGUAAACUCUUCAUAAGUGGGAAAAAACCGGUAAUCUGUUUUAAAAUAUUUGCUCAUUUCUGGGUUUCCACGGAAACAAUGGAAAAAAUACCACUAAUAAUACUCUGUUCAGAAUCGUGUUUCGUUAAAAAUGGUUCAUCGUUGCGUACAGAUAUAAAUUAAACUACUUGAUGUAUCCUUCUUACCAACUUCACUUCUAGAAUAGUGGCACACACAUCAGACUUUUUUAAAAUUAGUAGGUAUUUCUAUUUUUAAAGACUUUUAUACUUACGCGCGUAUUUAUAUAGUGCUUUCUAUAAAACCAUAUUUUGUUUAAAACAAUUUUUAAUUAGUAUGGAACAUUUAAUUCUCAGCCUUAGUUAUAAACUACAGUUAUCAUUUCGUUUCCCUCGUCUUUUUUUCUUCGAACCACGAUCAGGCGGUAAAAACGAUGAACUUCAUCAAUUUUUAAUAGGUAUAGUCGUAUAGGUACUUAAAUUAACGGAAGAAUGUCUAAAACCGUGAAUUCCAAUGGGCUGUUCAAAAAUGUUUGUUCAUCACUGCAGGUCUCCGUUUUUACAGAAUACCCGUGCUUGAUUCGAUUUCGAAACGGUUCGAAUUUUCGUUUUAUACGAGUAUUUCAGAUGACGUGAUGCUUAAUAACCGUGAAUACAGACAAUUUUCUCAGGAUUUUUCAUAGUGAACAUUUUAUCUGAAUUCACAAAUCUAUAUUGAGCCCAAGUAGUUGUCCCUCGUGCAAAACGGUUUUCACAGUCGAAUAUUAUAUUACGGAUGGUAGCACGCGUCCUCCUAACGUAUUCUGAAAAGUGAAGGACAAAUUCAUACAAUGCCGGAACGCAGGUAAAACUAUUACGACAUUUUUCGGAAUCGCAACACGGUUGACGGUUUAAAAAUAGUUCGGUAACGCGUAUAUGUAUAUACUAUAUAUUAUAUUAUUAUACUUUCCCCCUCCCCCUAAGGAAAACGAUAAGACCUUCGCGACGUUUGCUGAUUGAUGCAUUGUCGUGCACUUUUUUUUUCCUUUUUGCCAUAUUAUUUUAAGUAUAUAUAUAUAGGGUUUACAGUGACUAGACUAUUAUACCGCGUAGUGUCAAAAGUCACUUUGUAACAGUAGUAUAGCGUUGUUCGUCUAAUAAAGUGAUGGAUCGACUAAAAAGUAAAAAAUCAAAACUUCUCGUCGAUACGUACGUAUUAUUAUUAUUUUAUAUUAUUCUAUUGUACAACUCAAAUAUAUUUCCGUGAUGUUAUAUUCAAAUUCAAUCUAUUCAUUCUAUUUAUAUACAUAUAUAUAUAUAUAUAUAUGUAUCUUCUAUUUAAAUAUAUUAUACAGGGUGUAGCGAACCCCUCCCCUAGUUUCUGUAUGACAUUAAACAGUUAUCAUAAGUCUUAACAUGGUGGGAAUCGUGUCUGUUCACGUAGGCUAUUGUGAAAUUAAUUUUACCACAGGUUUAAGUCAUAAUUUGGGGUCUAAAACUCCACGAAACAUAUAAUUUUGAAAUCUCGUUAAAAGUGCGUGAAAUAUUUCAUUUUGAUGAAAAAUAAAAAAAAAAAAUAAAUACCUAUAAUUUAUUUGUACAUUUCAAACACUAUUAGUAACUACGCAGACAUUUACUCAAGUCACUAGAAAACCUCCUCGAAGUUUUUUUUAAAAAUAACUGAUUUGCUGAAUGACUGGUUUGUUUGCGUCAUGGUUAUGACUGAUACGUAAAACGUGUCUUAACAUUAACUUUUCAUCUACCACGAACAGAAAUAAACAGAAAAAAUCCACACCAUAUUACGACGACCUUCGAUGUGAGGGAGUUUCGCCAAACCCUGUAUAAGUGUAGAUACUGCCAAAAUUGCAGGCAGACAGCUGAAAUGUAUAGGAAUUCGUAGAAAAAAAAAUCGAUUUAGUUAAUACUUCAUAUACCUACCUACACUAUAAAUUCCAUAUCGUUUUCGAAUUGGUUAUCAUUUAUACAAUAAAUAUACUACGGUAUUCAUUAUUAUCACAUCAAUAUAUCGCGCGUGUGUAUUAUUAAAUGUCUUGAAUUUAUUACAAACAAAUGAUUCGUUUUAUUUAUUGAUCCGAGGUAGAUAGUCUUCCAAUAUAGUCAAAAUCGCCAUACCAAAACCCUUAUAAUUUCGUCAUGUCCGUUCAUAUUCGUAUGUCACGGGCUCAUGACUCUUAUUAUUUCUCUUAUAUUUAGACGGAAUUCCACAGGUAGGUGUUGUCUUACAUUUGACCACCGAAAUAUAAUCGCGCACCCUAUUGCCACGUGAAGUAUCGCUGGAACGGUAAAAACGUUACGAUUAAAAUAUUUCGCAUAACAAAGUCAAUUAUAAUGUGCCCCCUCCCCGACCAAUAUACUUCCAACUCGUGUGAUUAACAAUCGAAAAUGGAUUUAACGACAAACGUAUACAAUUAUCUGCAUAUUUGCGUACGCCUUGAACCAACUCGCAAAAAUGCACUCGAGCAAGGCUCGGUGUACUGCAGGUACGCUUACUGAUUCGGGGACCAUUCGAAUAGUUUUAAGUACUGUAGAGGAGAAUAAUAGAGGAUAAUAGAGGACGCAAAUAAAUGAUUUUUCACAAUUCGGUGACUUGAUUUUUUUCGUUUUCGCGCGCAUCCGCGAAUUAUUAUGGUAAUAUUGUCGUAGAAUUGGCCACGGUGUAUGUGAUGCGAUGCGCUCGCGCACGCGCGCUUCGUUUAAAGUCAACAGAUAAUAAUAAUAAUAAUAAUAAUAAUAAUAAUAAUACGUAUGCAGGACGUUGACAAACAGUCGCAACGGCGUAAGUAACGUACGUAUAUAUUAUAUACGUACCUAUACGUACGCGUCGGACUGCCAGCGGGGAAACAUAAUUAGGCAAAACGCCAAGGGACGGCGGCGGCGGGGGCGACGAGCGGUUACGGGGGGAGCGUUCGCCGUCUGGCCCCCCUGGUAGCCGUCAGAUAGCGUCGGGACGCGCCGGGCGACCAACGUACAUAAUAUUGUUUGCGCGCGCACACGCACACACGCACGAAUAAGAACACGAGCGAACACCUACACGCGUGUAAUGCACAACGCGAUAGGUUUGCGCGUAUAGACGGAUACGCGCGCCCUCUGCGCGAAAACGAACGGAUUAAAAUUAAAAAAAAAAAACCGCGCAUGGGACGAGCGAACGCGUAACAUUAUUAAUAACAAUAAUAAUAACCGGCGUCCGCGCGCGCGUUUUCCGCCGCGGUCUUCCGACACGACGCGACGACGCCGACGUCCGCUCCGUCUCGCCGCGGCGGCCCGCCACGCACUAUUGUUCCGUUCCGACCGUCGCCGCCGGGUCGCGCGCGCAUAAAAACGCACGCGGUUAUGAGGAAGACCGGAAACUCGUCGUCGUAUCAGCAGCAGCAGUCGCCGACGCAACAAGCAGUGCCCCGGAAGAAACUUUGGUUCCGGGAACCCGAGGUGGUACCCCGGGGCAAACCCCGGACGGUUCCGAACAACAGGACAGCCCCCACCGCCGACGAUGACGAAUUCGAAUUGGACGAAGAACUGCAGGUAACGACGACGGGUUCGCGGCGCGCGACGUAACGACUCCGACGGUUUGGCCGGAACGCGGGCGACUAAUUAUUUUCGCGGACAUUAUCAGUUUUCUAAUAAACAUCGCGUGUCGUCCACGAUAUACUAUUGUUGUACAUUAUGACGAUCGGGGUUAUUUUUCCUAUCUGUAACCGUCGUCUUCGCGACACUUUACAACAUUAUCAUGUUUUUCAUACGGUGCCCGCGCGCGAUGAUGUUUCAGAGCCAAGCGAUGCGAGUGGUGCGGACGGUGGGCCAAGCGUUCGAAGUGUGCCACAGGGUCAACCCGUCCGAGGACGGCGGCGACAGGGACGACGAGGACGAAACGUGCAGACAUCGCGGCGACGACGACGGUGACGACGACGACGACGACGACGAUGAAGACGACGAGGACCGUCGCGGAGACGAUUCCGGCGACGAAGACGGCGACGACGGGUCCAUGUCGAAACGAGGUAAUACACUCAGUUCGAACAAUAUAAUAGAACGGUAAAAAAAAAAAAAAAAAUUAUUUAAAAAAAACUUGAGAUUCCGGGGGGUAAAUGUCGCAGAGACGACAUUUUUCGGCGUUUUGCAAGAAAACCGUCAUUGUCACCGCGUUAAAUUUAGACGUACGUCCGGAUCUCCGUUUUGGGAUCACAUCCAAAAUACUGUGUGUUUUGUCGCGUCUUUACUAUACUAGUUUUUUUUUUUUUUACCGUUUUUCAAGUAGUCGCGGUUUUACGCCGAAAACCCAAUUUUUUAACGAUACUACUUAAAAAAAAAAAAAAAAAACUGUUUAUUACAUUAUAUUGCAGUAAAUCGAGUUAAUCUCAUCGUCACCUCCUAUAUUAUCAACUCUCCGCCGGUACGCAAUGUGCCGGGGCAUAGCGAACAAAAAAAGCCACGCAACAAACAGUUGGCAGCGCGUUACGGUUACCCUUUAACGUAAAAUAAUAUUUUUAACGCUCGAAAUACGAAAAUUUAUUGCCCACAGUACCUUAGUAUAAACGAUUCCAGUGGAUUUUUUUCUUUCUGCUAUUCUCGCAUUGGCUUUGUUUUUUCGUUCCCCCCCUCUCCGUAAUACUUUCUUAUUCGUCGUUUUCCGUCGGUACUGUGCAAUACACAGCUCUGUGCUGCCGUACACGUUGUACGUUUAUUUAUUAUACAUCCUGUAAAAAUGUAAAGUACGAUAUCCUGUAUAAAGACCGAACAAAAUUAUUGAUACACCACUACUCUUGAUACUACGCAGGUUCGAAUAUUAUUUAAAAAAAACGACGACCACGACUACUACGACGACGGCGGCGGUAAAGUGAAUAAUAUUUUAGAAUGUCUAUAAAUAAAACGCCGCCGUUGUCUUUAUUUUCGACGUACACACUGUAAAGGCUCACUCUUUUUUUUUUUUUUUUUUUUUUUUUUAAACGGCUAUAUGCGGUCGUGUGUUUAACGGUACACAAAUGCACAUAAUUUUCCUCUCCAAGCAUAUCUCCAUCAUCCUAACAUUAAAUUUAUACAAUUACCAUCAUCGACAAGAAUAAUAUGAUACAAUUUUUAUUUAUAACAAUAUACGAUAUAAAUCAGUAGUUCUCGAUCUUUUAGACGUUAUAAGCGCGCAGACCGCAUAAUGUUUUCUCAAAUUUUUACUGUGUAUUAAUAUGUUUGUGGUAAGAAGCUUAAAUUUCAGGGGAUGGAGGGGGGGUUCCAGACCCAAUGGACUCUCCCGGGCUACGUGUUUUUUCAUAGUUGUAUUUAAACCUUAAUUCCAACCCAAACGUUACAAAGUAAAUGUUCUAAGCAAUGCAAUUUCGCUAUGUUGCCCGUUAGCUAAACUGAGACAGUAACGUCCUCUUAAAAUGAAUAUUUGCUGAAAACCUGCAACUGUACACCAGAGAACCACCGAUAUAAACUAUUGUAAUUGCUGAAUACAAAAAUAUUAUUUCCAUUUCCCUAAAACUAAAAUCUAUUAUAAUAACAUCUGAACUGGACUGGAUAUUUUUACAAUUUAUAAUACUGUGGACAUGUCUUGAUAGUUUGUCACAUAUAUUCUGAGAUUUUGCAUUUAUCUCUGAUUAAAAUAUUUCGUCCAACUUUAAUCGUUGGCCUGGUCACACGGUCAAAUAUUCCGUAAAGGAAUACAAAAAUUCAUAUUCUUAACGAAUAUUCGAUAGAAUUCUCAAUAACCUCCUAACAAUAAUUCCAGAUUGAUAACAAAUGUCGAGUUUUAAAUUACGGGAGAAUUUGGAUUUGACAUUAUUCAAACGAAUAUUUGUAAUUCGCCAUAAGUCCGUUGAAUAUUUGACCGUGUGAACUACUGCGGCAUGCCGACACAAUGCAAUUGUGCAAGUAUUCAUUUAAUAUAGAAUAAAAAAAAAAAAAACAAUCAUAAUGAAGUAUAUUUUGUUUGUCUUUUCUUCUUCUUCAUUUUAAAUUGGAACGGCCUUUGAGAUCGGCUCUCUUGCAAGCAAAUAAUCCUCCGUGUACUUUUGUCCACUAUUAUUGUUUCUCUCUAUUGUACUCCCGCAGAUUCCAUUUCUCCUACAUCCCUAACGAACACAAUUCUCCUAUAUUAAUUGUGAUCUUCCUAUAGGUCGAUUUCCCGAUGGGCCGUUUCGAUUGCAUGCAGAUCUUAUUAUUGAUUCCCGUUUUCUCCAUGCACGUUUUCUGACCAUUUCGUUCUUCCUCCCAAGACUUCUUUUAUAUUGCUAAGACGUUGGAAAAGAUUCUGGAUAUUUUGUUUGUGUUAAAUAUACAUUAUAGUAUUGAUAAACGGGUAAGUCGCCAAUAUAGAGUAAUACGACACCUCCGUUGGUAGUAAUAAUAACAACAAUAAUAGAAAUGAAGUCGUAACAAUAUUUCUUUCUUUUUUUACGAUGCCUAGUAAGUUUUAAUGGUAAAUAUUUAUUUUACGUUAUUAACACUAUAUUGAAAUAAGUAUAUUAUGCAUAUAUUGUGUACAAUACAGUAUAUCAAUGGAAAUUCUCGGAUAACACGUGUUUGUACUAAUGCUAUUUACGCGCGUAUAUAAUGAAUUCUAAUAUAUAUUUUUUUCCAAGGAAACGUUUUUCUCUUUUUCUCUCACUCUUCUUUUGCGAGAGAGUUUAGUGAGUUUUAAAGGUGUUAUUAUGCGUGCAUGUGCAGUGUAUAGAGUGUUAUCGCUUGUUGUUAAAAUGCAGGUUAACGCGCUUAGAUAGAAUGUGAAAAUAAAAAAAUUAAAUAACGUUUAAAUAUAUAACAUACCUAUAUUGUCUUGUUUGAAUAUAGUAUACAAAUAUUUGGGCAAACGGGCAAAACGAUUGUAUUUUAUCAUAUUGUGUAAGAUUAAAUAUUACUGUAUUAACAUAGAAAUUAUAAAAAUUAAAAUAAGAUAAUUUCAGGGUGUUCUCCUGAGAUGCGAAGUAAAUAUAUUAUAUUGUAUAAUAUAUCGCGUGUUGUUUUGUGUAUUAUGAAUAAUUUUUGUAUAAUAUACGAUGUUGUAUAUACAGAGUGUAUCAGCGGAAUUCGACAAUUUCCUAUAGUAUGUAUAAUUGCUUAGGCAAUUGUAAAAUUCCACAGAUACACCCUGUACAUAAUGCAGGUAUAAUAAAUACACAGGCACGGCGACUAUACGUGUAGGAUUGGUCAAACAUCGCGCGGGCAUGGUUUUUAUAGUUCUUUUUUUUUUAUUUAUACAGCGUAUAGGCGUGGAUUUGAGAAUAAUCAUAAUACUGAAUAAAAAAGGACGGGCUAGGAUGGGCUUAAUAAAUAAUUUUUAGUAUACCUGUACCUGUGCGUAAGUAAGUAGUACAGCGGUAUUGAAAAAAAGUUAUUCAUUUACUUAUACAGUAUACAUAUAAGUUCACGAUUAUAGGGUUCAAACUUUAUAUUGCGUUAAGGAGUGAUUUAAAAAACUGAUUGCAUUAUUAUUGCUCUAAAUAACUUUUAAAUACCUUACGAAAAUGCUUUAAAAAAAAAAAAAUUUAAUAAAGAUGGCCCUUUUUGUAAUAAAUAUUAUAAAAUAUUAAAAAGAAAACAAAGUUUUUAAAUACAAUACAAUUUAGUUUAUUUAAAAAAAAAAAAUACAUACUUGUUGAAUAACAAUUAAAAUAAUUAAAAUUUGGUUUUAUAGGACGUCAAGUUGAAAAUUUUCCUGUAUUUUAGAUUCCGAGAGUAGCAAGGGAACUAAUGGUUUUACUAAGAUGUUUACUUUUUUUUUCUUCUUCUUUGCUCUAGCCUGUGGACGUUUUUUCCUAGUAAACUUACUCCGAUGUAUUGGCGAAGCACUUUUUCUAAAAUCUCAAGUUGUCUAGAUUGUACUUUAAAAAUAUAAUUUUUUUGAUUUUCCACGCCAUUUGUUAAAUAAAAGCACUUAAGUGGGAAAAAACGUAGGAAAACGUUUCAUGAUUUAAUUAUUUUAUAAAAACACGGACGAUGUUUUCUACCAGAAAAAAUGAUUUAAUUUAAAAAUCACAAAAUACUGUUUUUUGUUGCCUUUUGAUUUACUUUCUUAUGGUAUUAUCACCAAAACUUUUGAGCUUUUAAGGAAUUUUGGGAGUUUUUUGUUGUAAUUCGGUUAUAAAUAUACGUAGGGACUUGAAAAUUGGUAAUAAUACUUAUAUUGGACUUACAUAGACGUGAUAAAAUUUCCAAAAUUAUCGGACGAUUUUUUUUUUUUAUAAGCGUUUUGAAAUCAAAUUUAAACGAAAAUCACAAAAAAAAUGACGGAGCAUCAAAUUAUGUAUUACCGAACUACACUCGGAAUCGUCUUCGUUAAGCAAUGGUUUAUCGUUGCUUACACAUAUAAAAAUGAAAUAACCUUAAGUAUCCUACCUUCCCAACUUCUCACCUAUAACAGUGGCCGCUCCCAUCUCCAGUAUCAGCUCUUUUUAAAGUUGCUACUAAAACAUUUUAUUCACCAUCUAACACAAAAUUACCCGCACACGUUUUACAGUAUGUAUUAUAUAUUUUUUAAAUUUAUUUUGUUUAAUAUUAACCUCUAGAAUAAUUUUUGUUUUUUAAAUAUUCGUUUAACGGGUGGCCUGCGAUAUUAAUCGUUCGACUUAGCCUUUCUCGACUUUCUUAAAUAUGAAAAAAAAAAACCACGUCGAUUAAAUUAUUUUCUACUUGAUUUCUCCGUUUAUAUACCUACGUGAUUUAUUGCCUCUACAUAUUCGAGAAAAAGUUUUCUGUUCAAUUCGUAUAGCGUUAAUUAUUACUAUUUUUCCCGUUUUUGUACAGCUAAAAUUACAGUUAAUAAUAUCGGGUGUUUACACAAUAUUCGUUUAUAUUUUUGUGGGCACACACGCGACUGUCUGUCUGCUGCAGAAAAUGCAUCACUCUGGCCGCAAAUUCGUCGACGGGCAGCAAAGUCAAUACAAUUAUAUUGCCAAUAAAUACCAAUAAAAAUAUUAGAAUUUCGCGGUCUGUGAUCUUUCGGUUCAGAGUUAAUACGAAUCGUCGAUGACGUUUUGCUUCAUCCAAGUUUUUUUUAACGACGGUACCGUUAGCGAAGAUAACGAAACACUUACUGUGUAUUCAAACACUGCAAUAUUAUUCGUAGACUUUGUCCGUGAGUACUCGUUUAAAAUGCACCGACUAUCGACUGGAUCAGCUUGUCGGUGCAGGUCUUUCGAUGUAUACGUAUACGACGUGUUUUGUAUACAUUUUAUAUAUAUAUAUAUAUAUAUAUGUAUAUAAAUAUGGUUUCUAUAAUGUCUAUUAAAAACUAUUAACAUUUUUUUUAUGAAAUAAUCGAAAGCAUGUGUAGGUACUUGUCGACAUGUCCGACAAGUAUCUAAUACACAGUUUUCCUUUUACGCGUUUCGUCGGUGCUGGCAAAUUAUUUAUAAUAAAUACCGUUUCUCAGAAGACAAAAAAAAAAAAAAAACACUCGUCAUUCUUACUUACAGUCUUAACGAGCUAAAAAAAAAAAAAUCUCUUUAAUCGUUUCGAAAUUUAAUGUAGGUACUUAAUUUUUUGCCGAGAAUCACGUAUAGUUAGUUAGUUUUGAUAACAAUUAUUAUAUUCGAGGACGAUUUAAUACCUAUUUCAUAAUGGUUUCGCCGCGGGCUACGUAAAGAGGAUUAAAGGCAGUGGCGUGCCCAGGAAUAUACAACAGGAAGUGAUGUAGCAAAUAAUAAUCAUGAAUAAAUUGUAGAAACGUUUUCUAAGUUUAACGCAAUAUGUCUGCACUAUGGAAUUAAAAAAAAAAAAAAAAACCCAAUUUUUUUCAAUAAACCAAGCUUUAAUUUGGCUGUAAUAUUUAUAAUUUCUAGUUCAAAUUCUUAAAUAAAUAUUCAUACAAUUGCAGUUUUAUUAAUUCUAAGACAAUGUAGAAUAGGAUGUAUCAGUUUGGUCACAUUCGGAAUGCAAUAGAUCGAAUUAUUAAAUCACAUAAAUUCAUAAUACGACCUUGUUUUUCAUAUUGUUAGAAGGUUGUUGGAUAUCAGCAUAUUCAAAUUGCGUUGUAUAACGAAACAUGUUUGAUAAUGAAUAUACGAUUGCAACAUUUCCUCCAUAAUCAAAAAAAUUGGUAAAAUUGAACGCUAGACCCGCUGUGGAAAUUUAUUUGGCGUUGGUAGCAUUGAAUUUUGUAUCAAGUACUUUUGAGAUUUUAAAUAUAAUAUAUUAUCUGCGAUUUAGUUGAACAUUAUGAAAAUGGUUGAAUUCGGGAACACACAAUGAUAUUUUGCAGAAAUCUUCGUCUUAAGUCGAUUUUGCUAUAAUAUACUUAAUAUAUUAAGACUUUAUAAAGUCUAGGCGUGAUGGAUUAAACUUAUACGUGAAUGGAAGUUAACAGAAAAACAGAACCAAACGAUCCACAUUUUGACGAAACUAUUCACACGUCUUGUCAUGCAAUGUAAAAAGGAGGUGGUCACUAUAUACUUCUAUCUAGAAAUUUAACCUCUAAAGUGUGUCGGCUCAAACUCGAUGUUUGAUAUUUUAAUACAAAAAUUGAAUUUUUUCCCGGCCAUUUCUGGGUAAUCUUGCUGACACAGACAAACCAAAAACAAAAAAUAAAAUUGUUAUUUAAUUUGGCUGUCACAGACCAGCUAGAAAGUAGGUAUUCUUUUUAAAAGAUAAAUUACCGGGCAACAACGAUUAACUGGGAUAUGGAUAAGGGCGGGAACGGGAGAAACGUUACACUGAUUUUCAAUUUUAUAUAUUAUAUAAGACGUAUCAUUGUAUCAUUCCUUUUUUUCAGAACAGCCGAGGAAAUACCGGGUAAUUUACCUAGUAAUAUUAUAUAGUCGUGUUACACGAAGAUAAUUCAUUUGAAAAUAUCUAGAUUAAGAUAUAAAGAUAUAUUUACUAGAAUAAGUAUUUAGAUGAAGUUAAAAUAUACAUAACAAUUAUUUAAUUAUCUAGAUAUUAAUAAAUUACGAGGAACUUUUUGUCUAGGUUUAAAACAAAUCGUUAAUUUCAUUCAUUAACUAAUUAAAAAACAAAACAAAGUGCUAAACAUAGUGCAAGAUUUGGUAUGCGCAUAUCAUCUAGCUUAUGCGGCAUAAAAGUUGUGCGAUUGAUGUAACAAUUAAUAAUGAAUUUAUUAUUUAUUAUUAUCAUAUUAAUAUAAAUUAAAUAUUCUAUAGUUAAUAAUACAUAAAUUUCGUUUAAAAAGAUUUAUCUAGUCGAUUCAAUUAUUAUUUGUCCGAGAUAACGGUUUUAAUAACUUAUUUCUCAUAUAUAUAUAAAACCAUACUUGUUUAGAUAAAUUCGUCUUGAUAAAAUGCAACGCCCAUAUUAUAAACUGCAGUGUAACGAGCAAACAUUAAUCGUAUAGCUUGUACAAUGUUUGUAUGUAUGUAUGUAUGUAUGUGUGUAUGUGUGCGUGUGUAUACAAAUGCAAAGUACACUGGCAUACUGUACACACACACACACACACACGCAUACACACACACAUACACUCACACAAGCGUCACACGCGUGACCGGCUCGCUGUGAUUUUGAGUUUACGCGCGCGCGAAUCGCGGCAAAACGUCGAUCGUUGUCAUAAUAUAAUAUAACGAGACGUUCGUCUCGGGAAUAAAAAAAUUAUGAAAAAAAAAAAAAGCCAUAAAAUAAACCGAAAAUACGUUUUGCGACGACAACGACGAUAAUAUUAUAAUAUUAUUAAAGUCUAAUAAGAGUCUAUGUGUUUUGGCCGAGUACCAGAUCUACCGCCACCGUCGCUCGGACUCGAGGAUAUUCACUGCUACACGUUCGUUUCGUAAAAAAAAAAAAGAAAAAAAAGUUGACGUCUGUCACGGGCCGGCAGACGCGAGGUAAAAAAAUAUCGCAUUCUGGUAACGGCUGCCAAACGUGUGUUGCCGCCACCGUCGUCGUCUCGCGUGUGUUAUCGUCUCUUUUUUCCGCAGAAGCCGCGAGAAACGCUGACAAUGUUUUUAUUUUUUCCUCUAGAUUUAUUUUUUUUUUUUUUUAAUUAUAACGAUAAUGAUUAUAAUAUGGUAAAUCGCGAUCCGCACAACAAUAUACGUGCGAUAGCUGCGGGCCGACCGCGUGUGCACCAACGUUUCGCACGGGCACCAUAAGUCGGUAGUCGCAGCGAAAAUGCAUAAGAAAACAAAAUUAUAUAUAUAAUAAUAAUAAUAGCAUUACGGUGACCAUUAUCACGGGAGCGCUAACAAUGGCGACUUUUGCGCACGACGGCGAUCCUCUCCAUAUAAUACAAUUAUUAUUAUAUUAUUAUUUUGCUCGGAUAACCGCACGCGCAUCAUUGUUCUCCGUGGAAAACAAUCGCGAGUCCUGCGCUGGUAACACGCCGACCGCGUAUUAUAUACAGGGUGAUAUUUUCGCCGUCACGAACCUGCGGCUCACAGCUGUGUAUUACCUAUAAAGCCCGUGGUUAAGUGCAAGAAGGGCCAAAAAAAAAAAAACCCACUCGGCGUAAUGUAGAAUUCGUUUAUCAUAGGAAUUUUAAUACCGAAUUUCGACGAAAAUCGUAACAUUACGGCCUUUCAUAACAUGCGUAUAACCGAACUCCGCUCGGAAUCGUUUUUCGUUAGCAAUGAUUAAUCGUUGUGUGCAGAUUAUAUACAUAAAAUUUCCUCUAUAUCCUCUUCCCAACUUCUCACAUACAACAGUGGCCCACCCAUCGUGCGAAGUAUGUCCGUCUUUUUUUAAUUUCAAUUUCAAUUUAUUUAUUUAUUUAUUCAUACAUCAAAUAUAUUUUAUAUCGACGAUCAAGAAUCACUCGUAUUAUUUAUUUAUUUAUUUAUUUAUUUAUUUAUUAUCUGGGAAAGUAUAAAUCGUUUUCGACAUUUGAUUUUUAAAACACUUAAGAAACGUAAGCUCUAAAAUGUUAUCUUUAUUAUCGUUGUCUAUUGAUUUCAAAUAGUGACUUAUAUUGCUAAUUCCAUAAAUGGAUGAAGUAUAGUUCAAUUAAUUUUUGUGUGGAAAUCGAAAAUUCUGUGUUCGUGGUGUUUUAAACCGGCACGACUUUAUAUAGUUUCCAUUAUUGUUCUCAAUCCUCAAUCGUAUUUAGAACGAGCUAAAGCGGUGACGGAGCUAAAAACUCCACGUGCGUACAGGGAAAAUUCUCACUUCGGGAAGAACUGCGGGAACAGAACGACGAUAGGAAGACGUAAAAAGCAAAAAACACGUGGAAUUUUACACACUUGGCAGAUAUUCUGAUAACUGAGAUGAAAAAUAGCAACCGAUAGAGAAAAAUAAGGGGAUUGUCAGAAUCUAGAAACCUGAGCAGAAGAACAAAAUCGUCGUUUAAUGAUCUUAUUUACGAAAUAUUUUUAAAAUUGUACUCCUGUUUCGACGUACCAUCAUGAACACGCGUCAUUAUUAACUUUUGAUUUUCGUUCAUAUGUCGUAUAAUCGUAUUAAAUGUCUCUCUUUGAACCCGAGUUGAAGAAAAAAAAAAUAAAAUAAAACCUUUGUGAAAAUCAAACAUUGAUUCUCGUGUUUAUGCUUUUGUGUAAAUGGAUAUUAUUAUAACGGUGAAAUUUCACAGGUAUCUCCAACAUAAAAUGAUUCAUUAUGAUAAAUGUAUACGAUAUUUUAUUUUACAGGCAAAGUGUCGCCGUAUAAAUAAUCGCUAUACAUGUGCAUAGUUCGCGCGAUAAAAUCAUCCGGUAUAACAUAUAAUGGGUCGUGUAAGUACCGUAGUUAUCUGCGGAUUUUUAUACGCGCGCACAAACACAAUACCUGCACUCGGGCAGUUAAUACGGUGUACUUUACGCGCACCAUAUAAUAUUGUAUUAUAUCAUAUUUUAUAAUUUCGUGUAUAGCGGAUCGCGUGCGUCUUUUGUGGCCGGCGGAAUAAUAAUAACCGGUCGCUACACCGGUCACUACAACACCGCACAGGCACCGCACUUUUGUACCGUAUUACGCGAUGGUGACCGCUAUCGACGUGAUGGAUGACGAUCACGUUUUCAGCCGGCUCAGAAAUCCGUAGACUUCGCGUCUAUUCCGAUAAUGUACGGAUAUUAUUGGCCCCACCCUGGGUUAUUGCGUAGUAUAUUAUAAUAAUGUGAAUGUACCGGGUGAUCCGUUUCUCAAGAGCUGUAAAAACGCACGAUUAAUUAUGGACGUAAAGUAUGUUUCUCUUCCAUCUGCACCCCGGGACUAAAUGUCGAAACCGUUAUAACCGCAAUUGACUCGCACAGACACGCGGUAAAUUCAGUGUGCAAGUGUUGUUCGUGCGUCACGUGCUCUAAAUGCAAAUCCGCGUUUAGAACGGUGAAGUCAAUAGGAAUGCGUUAGGAGUAGGGGUGAAAUGUUGAAAAUUGCGUUCUCUCAGCUCAAACGAUUCCGUAUAGUGAUUGUACAUGGAAACAAAAAAACCUAAACAGAAUCGGAGAAAAUCGACGAUUCGCGUUAAACAUGGAUCACCCUGUAUGUUGGUCUGUUUCAGACAGUGCGCGGCGGGUUAUAGGCGGGUCAGGGUGCGGCGGUUCCGGACCGGACGAGACUUAACAAAUAUUAUUACUGCACGAUAUUGUUAUACAAACGCGCGUUCCGUAGAAAAGAGAAGGAAACGUCGUCGUUGUCGUCGUCGUCGGGGGGGGGGAGGGUAGGGGAAUGGAAAAAUCGGGCGAAAAAAACCACUGGCUGCGGAGUUUGUUGUUUUUGUGCGGUUAUUAUUAUUACUUUUCUUUUUUUACGAGCUUGUACGUCGUAAAAACGUCGUAUCAAUGUACGCGUACGUAUAUGCGAACGGUCAUCGCGAGUUUUUUUUCAUCCGAAUUAUUUGUCACGUAUCAUUUUUAUUUUUUUUUCUCAUAUUGUAAUGUUUUUGUUUUUUAUUGUCGGUCUAUAGGUGUUAUAAUACGACCGCAGCUCGUAGGUACAGAGGGAAAUUUCGAGUCUGCUCGAAAUAAAACACGUGACGUAAGCACCGAAAUCGGAGGGAGGGUGGGAGGGAGUCGAUUCUGGAAACACACGAGUUGGCGUGAGAAAAUUUAAAGUUUACCAGUUAACAGUGAAAUAGUAAAAAAAAAGAUCACGGUCAGCGUUUCAUUUCGGUCAAAAAUAUUGGUUGGUUCGGCACUGUGGAUUUUAGAAUUUAUAUAUGUUUUUGGUUGUUUUAUUCGUUAUGACCAUGACUGGGAAUGUAAUACCCAUAAAUGUUCCGAACAAAAAUGCAUCCAUAAAGUGCACUAAAAAAAUGAAAACGAUUUUAACUUUAAAUACUAAAUACGUCAAUAAAAUAAAUAUCAAAUAUAUAUAUAUUUCUUAUUUUCAUUUAAAAUUACACGAUACGGAUCUGUUGCAUUAAACUUAUUAUAAUGAGAUUUGGAUUAUCACGUAACUGUGCAAUUUAAAAUUCGGAUUUCGUAUCAAAAAACACCGAAAACGCUUUAAUCGUUUAGAAAUCGACUAGAAAAUCAAAAACUACCAAACGACAAUAGUUAUCAAACGAUACAGAAUAACAUUUGCUCACCUAUACUGCCAAACGAGUACCUAAUGUUCAUCUGUGAUACGCAUACGUUAUCAGUGGCUAAACACGCGCGCUCUUUCGAAAAGCGGAAUCGUAAUCGUGCACUUGUUUUGUUUUUUCAAUAGCUUUUACCCCUCGUCGAGUUGUGCCGGCGACGAAACACCACGAGAGGGUUUUUUUAUUAUUUUUUCUAUUUCACCUUAGCGAUUCUUUAUCGUACUUUAGCGUAUUGAUAUUUGGUUUAAUCGUCGGUGUAAGCGUGUGAAAAAAUAAUUGUUCGGUGUUGGAACGACGACGGUAAUACUAUUUCCAUUUCGACGCGGGCCGGAAAGAAGUUAGCUCGGGGACAAAAGUCGUGUCGGCGGCGAGGAAAAUUUAGUACACGCGAUUUUUUUUAUUUUUAUGUAAAUAUAUAUAUAAUAUUUUUCUUUCCCCGCGUGUGCCAGUUUAUAAGUACGAGUUCGUUUUUUUACCAUUUUUUUUUUUUUGCCUCUUCGACCGCGAAUGACGCGUGGGCAGCGAAACGUUCUAUUCUGGUCCCUUAUGCUAUUUGACGUCAAACCCGUUGGCUCCGUGCCCCGGCGUGCACAUAUGACUCGACGUCACCGUUGUGACAUAAAACCCACUCCGGCGCGUUGUGCAAUGUUUUAAAUUUAUGUUGCCGGUGCACACCCGAUACACAUGAUAUUACACUCGAAUCUUAUACUGCACCGCACGGCAGAAUGAACGAGAUUUUAACGAGAUGUGCGAGAUGCGUGUGCACCGGAUACAGACCCUAUCCGAGUUCGGUCCAAGCGACGUUGAAAUAUAUACGGAAUUCGUCGUGGUUUUUCAUCGACUAAUACCCAUAGUCUAUAGGUUCACACCAAAGACAUUCGUUAAAUAUUCCCUGAAGCUAUGUCGGGUUUGAACCAGCAACAAGUAGGUUAUGUUUUGUAAAACUCUUAACCCCCUCCCCUCUUCGGAACUCUUAAAAUCAACUCGGUUACGUUUCGGCUUACGCUGAACACGGAUAAAGUGUGUAAAUAUCUUCCACCGGGUACCAUAAUAUGAUCUCGUUCAAAAUUCAAUAUUGUUUUUCUCGUUUUCGACAAUAGAAACAUUUUUUAAUAGUAUUCGAAUAAAUUAUCAUCCUGUAUCUGUAUAAGUAUAUAAUAUAUAGGUAGAUACGUUAAAACACGUCGCAUGACGACAUGGUGGACAUUUUUUUCAAAAAUUUAAAUUUGUUUAUAAUUUUAUAAUUUACUAUUUUUAUAUGUAUAUAGUUACUUAAUAAUACAUGAGCGCGUUAUGAGACUUUCGUCUGGGUGGGGGCGAUCAACGUGACGGGUGGGGGCGAUCGACGUGACGGGUGGGGGAAGAGGGGUGCCAAAAGCCUAUCGUCACGCCGCAUUUUAUAAUAUUGGCAGCCGUAUACGUUGUCCAGGAGACUUUUAUAUCGUCCGUUAAUCACUUUUCGUCUGGGACCGUACCCAACAACUGCAGCAGCAGACAGGCAGAGAGAUACAUAGGUAGUCCCAUAAUAUCCGAACGGAAUAAGAAAAAAUAUAAAUACUGAAUUCACAUUUUGCCGUGUAUUGACUUGUGCGUAAUUUUGUACGAAUUUCGUAAAACUUUUAUAAAAUAAUAUCGAUUAUUCUAUUAUUAUAUUUUGUAGACACGUUUGAAAACCAAGGAAGACUGGAAACGUCGGUCGGUAACGAUUCCGUUUCGUCAUUGGACGGAGCCAGGAGGGACGGAGGCCCCAAAGACAUACAACGACCUUUGCGACUAGAUAUCAUUCCACCUCCACCGGUCUCGUCAGUCAACCACAGACGUUCCUCGCCGAUGGUAUGUAUAAUAAUAUACCAUAUUACCAACUGACCACCUACCCGGUAACUAUGUAAACGUUUACCGUUAUCGUUUUGAUAUUAUUAUUUUAUGUUACUGUAGAACGGCAGUGAAGUGUACAGCUCCCCGAUGACGGAAACUUCAAAGGGCGACGGUAUCCCGUUGUCUUCUCUGAGCGUACAACACGAAAUGCAAUUGUUGCGCCAGCAGUUAGACCAGCAAACGCACCAGACCCAAGCUGCGGUGGCCCAAGUGCACAUGCUCAGAGAUCAGUUGGCGGCCGAAUCCACCGCAAGAAUGGAAGCUCAGGUACACGAAUUAUAUAUCGAACCAGAGACGAAUUAUAUAGAUAGGGGGAUGGAAAGGAAAAGCGGUGUAGAUUAGAGGAUCCGGGUCUGUCAAAAUCCAGACACGAUUUUCUCAAUGUCUAAAAUUGAUUUUUGAUUUUUUUUUUUUUAGUUUCACGCUUUGUUUAAAUGGAAGUUAACGAUUAUUUUCGAAAUGAAAACUUAAUUGAAAUUUAAAAUUAUAAAUAUGAAAACAUAGUGGAAAAUGUAAUACAAUAAUAAUAUGAUCUCUUCACCUUCUUAAUGAGUUUCAGGGUUUCGGCUCUAAAGGAGCUUUCUGGGGUCUUCUUUUUUAAAAGACCAACGCUCCAAAACAAAAUUUUUCUUAGCUUUUCCCGUUCAAUAUUAUAUUAUUUCUAAUAUAUUUCUGAUUUCAUAACAUUGACAUUUUUUUUUAAGCACUGUCUUUCCAUCAUUGACGUGGUCUUUCUAAAAGUUAGGUCCGUACAUUUUUCCUAUCAUUUUUUAUUCAAACUUGAUAUUAUAUUUUAGGCAUGUAAAUGUCAAAUGUCUAUAACUAACUAAAAACAAAACCGAAAAUAAUGAAAACGUUAAUUCCGUAAACUUCGCCGUUUUUCCUACGUUUGUUUCCCAAUUAUUAAGAAAAUUCAUGGAAAAUCAUUACUCCUGCAAUAUGAUAUUAUAUGCAAAUUUCGUUUGAGAAUUGAAUUUUGUGUUAUUUUAGUUAUGUCAAAACUUAAUAUUAUAUUCACGAAAAUAAUAUUUAAUAAUAUAAUUUAAAAUAUAACAUUGUGGUCAAAUCCGGAAAAGUUUGAAAACAAAAAUUUAUAAAACUUGGGUCGAUCGACUAUAUAGUUGCGCUGCGCAGCUUUUACAGAGGAACGACAAUAAAAUGCUUUUAAAAAAACAAAAAAAAACACCCCUUUUUGACUCUCUUUGUGUGCGUGCCUUUGUUUCCGCAGACGAGGACACACCAGCUUUUGGUGCACAACAAAGAACUGCUGGACCACAUCGCUUCGCUGGUGUCGCUGUUGCACGACCAGGAGAGGAUCAGGACCGAACUGCAACACCAUUCGCUCCCUCCGGUAAGUCGAAUCCCGUUCCUUUUGUUGUUGUUUUUUUUUCUCCGUUGUUUUUGUUCGCAGCUAUACCUACCAUCACUCUACGCUACUAAUUUUUGUUUUUAUCGAUACGUGUGCCGUACACCCGAUCCGUGUCGGUUAUAUUAUUGUACUCGAUUAUACGUGCAGUAAGUUAACAAACGCCAGCAGUUCUCCGAUAUAAACUAACCAGAAAGAAAUAAUAAUAAUCGUUCGUGUUUAGCUAUUUAACAAUAAUAAUAAUAACAUUAUUAUUAUGUUCUUUAGUUAUCGUACGUUACGGUUUUUACGAUACUUUGCAGAUGUGUGUGUGUGUGCGCGCGUGUGUGUAUGCGUGUGUGUGUGUGUUGUUUUUCGACACGGUUCAAUAUGUUUAACGCUAACUAUACCGUACACCUAUAUUAUUGUUUGAUGUAUUUUAUAACCGUUUUCCCGUAAAUUGACCUGCCCAGGAUAUCCUGGACGCCUGGUACGUUGAUAUAAUAUUUUAUACAUAUUAUAUAGUUUACUUAUUUAUUUUUUUUGUACUUUAACGCAUUUAAUCAAUAUAAUAUUAGUGUAUAUUAUUAUAUUAUACUUAUUGUUUAUUUUUCUUCGUAGACUACAUUUAAUUUAUAUAAUAAUAUUGUCCUGCUAAAGUGAAAGUCAGUAUCUGAAAAAAUGCAAAUGUUGGGAAAAUGGGGUUUUCUUAUUUUUUUUAAACUUUUUCGCUUGUUAACAAUAAUGUUCAAUAAUGUUUUGAUCAUUAUUUGUAGUUCUUUACUCCAAACGUCUGUAACAACCAUACAUAUAUUUUCUCUUUUUUUAAAAAACAUUAUAACAACAAAUUAUAAACAUCAUAGUUUAACCACUAUUUAAUUAAUAAAAAUCACUUUGCAUUUUUAGGAACUUUUGAUUUUGAAAUUACACAAUAAAAACAUGUAGAUAAUUCAUACUGUUGGUCAAUUAAUCUAAACAGUUACUAGGCACAUGAGCAGUAUAUGUAUUUAUAUCCCUAAAGAAAUUUAAUAAACAUAUAAACAGUAACUACACAACAUAUACUGCGUUUUUUUUCAAUAUAUCAUUUACUGCUUAUUUGUCUCGUAUUCGGUAAUAUCUUGGUAGACACUACGUAUUAAAAGCUCAUUUAGAGAGUCUAAAUGACGUUUUACUGCAUUUUAACCUAACAAAACCAAUAUAAAAUGGCUUAAUAAACAAUGAUCUAAAGUAAUCUUAUUUAUGAAAAAUUGUCGGUUACUGCCUUUCACUUUGGAAGGUCAGAAUACACCUAUAAUAUUAUAUGUAUUAUUUUAUCGAUCGCGUAGAAGUCAAUACGUUAUGACUGAGGUUCGGAUUUUGUGGCAAACCGUAUUUUUAACAUAUAUAAUUUAUACGCUUAAAAAAGCAAACACCGCUGAUGGGGUGUACCAAUUUUUAAGAGGGGAGUUGGAAAGGUGGAUACGCAGGGCAAUUUAAUUUAUAUCGAUACGAUACGAUAAACUAUUGUUACGAAAUACGACUUUGAGCAGAGUAUUAUUAGUCGUAUAUUUUCCAUCGUUUCCAAAGUAACCUAGACAUUAAUAAAAACAGUACAAUAAAUGACCAGUUUUCUCGGUCCAUUAAGAAAACUACAAGGAAAAUCAAAAGAUAUCCUCCCCGGUUUACUAAUACACCAAAUAGAUCAAUUAGAUCAAGUAGAUCAAUAAUUGUACAGACUAGUUUCUAUGGAGUUUUCGAUUGGAGCUAGAUGUCUGUGGUAGAAAAGUUGUUUACGGACACAAUGAAUAAGCAUAGGUAAACUAGGCAUCUAAUGCAUUCAUUGCUUCGUUCAAAGUCUAAAACUGUGAUAACAUGUAUGGUUAUUUUCAUUAAAACUUAAUUUGUUUUACAUAGUUAUGUAUAAAAAAAAAUGUUUGCUGAAGUAUACAUUAUAUUGAUAUAAAGUGUUUACAAGUUUCAUUCAUGCAACUACUUAAUUUCGGCUCACGCCGUUUUUAGAUUGCUGAUGAAAAAUGUUAUUUAAUGGUUUACAUAAAACAAUUUAAAAAAAGGAACAAUAUAAAUUUUAAAAUAUAAAUAAACAUAGUCGUUAUAAUAUCAUACAAUCGUGUGCAUGUUUUUUAUAACAAAGCGAUGAUAUCAGAGAAAUUUGAUUAGAUAGUAUUAUCACUAUAACAUUAUUUAUCAGCAACCUAAUGAUGACGUAAGCCGAGACUAAGUAGUUGCGUAAACAAAACUUAUUGACACUUUAUGUCAGUAUAUUUUUUUAACAAAAAUUUUUUUAUGUAUAAUUAAAUAAAAGUGUCGAAAAAUCUCAAACAUAUAAUAUUGCAUAGUGUUAAUAUUUAUUGACGAUAGCAGAUAGACGGAACGAAUUUACGUUCAAUUAAAAAAUAUUUUAUCUUUCUACCGUACUAGGGGGAAAAAAAUCGUUUGCUACAAAACCCGCGCCCUAUCCGUGACUUGGUUUUAUAUUCUGUGUUUGUAAUUUGUAAUUUUUCUUUUCGUUAGCAUCCCAUGAUGUGCGACAUGCCGACGCCGUCGUCGGCACCGGCGUCGUAUCUGCCGGACUUACCGCCGCCGUCGCCGCGACACAGGACCGCCUAUCACAAUAUGGCCCCAAUGAAUUUCGAUUUUAAUUUCAACCAGCCCGCGCCCACGGCCGACCAACAGUUCCAGACGCAGUUGCUCCAGCGGCUCCAGUCGCUGACCGGCACUAUCGCCAAUAACGUGUCGGCCGGCGGCCAAUACCAGCAGAGACCGGGCUCCGGCUCGUACCUGCAGCAGCCGCCGCACCAGUUGUUCGCCCCGGCCCCGCACCAGCAGCAGCAGUCGUCCGUCUCGCCCACCGCCACCAUCAAUCGGCUGUCGCAGCAAUCGUCGCCGUACUCGCCUAAUCGCGGGUCCGCGUCGUCGUCCGGCGGCGGCGACGGCGGAUUCUGCAGCAACGACGGUAUCAUCAAACCUCUGUCCGACGACCACCACCAGCAGCAACAGGUUACCGUGGUCGUGGACAGGACGUCCGAGGAACCGCCACCCGCGGAACAGGCGGCUCCGCCGCCGGUGCUAAGCCCGCCGCCGCCCGGCAAGCAGAAAUCUCUGCUCAAAGUGUCGGGGGGCGGCGGCGGCGGUAGUAGUGGCGGUGGAUCGAGCAAAACGGGCGGUAAAAAGACUGCGACCGUGGUCGGUAACGGCCCGAUAACUCGGUCGACCAGCGAGAAAGUGCCCAACAAGAGCAACCUGAUGAGUCAGGUGCACCGGACCAGCUGGGCGCGGCACACGACGAAAUGACCAAAGUCCGGGGGCCCGGACGCCUGAAAUCACGAUGUCCGCGUCGCGUUGUGAUAAAUUAUAUUCCGACGACGACGAAGACGGCGACUCUGCGCACUGCGGUGUUGUUGCAGGCGUUACACGAUAAACUGGCGAGCGAACUCGCGUUCAAAAUAACAGUGUCCGACGUUCUGCGCCGGCCCCGUAGCCGUGUGGGGAACGGUUGGGACGUUGCGCCCCACCCGGACCGAACCGUUGCCCCCUGUAUAAAAAUCCCGACGGCCGCUGUUGACGAAAGUCGUACGUGUUUUUACGGAUUGGAAAUAACCAUAAUAAUAUUGUUUUUUUUUCUUCUAAUGUCCUUCUAAAAAGUAUCCAUAUUGUAAGAUAGUGGUCAACUCGACUUGUCACACUGUUUUGUCGGAACGUAUUACGCGAACGGCCACAAUCUUAACGUGCAGACACUCCAACUUCCUCCUCCCUCCCCGCCCCCUUUACCGUACCUGACCAUCGAUAGAAUCGCAUAGAAUCGUUUUUCACUAUACAGACGGAUUGAAAUACAAAAUAUUAGUAUUUGUUAUUUGUCUGUCUGCCGCUGGAAUUAAACCGUCACAAUUUUUCAAUCGAUGAUUCGGCCGGCCACCCCUAGGGUAAUUCAUCGGGGGAAAGAGGGGGGAGAUCAGGUUCACCCCCCCCCCUCCUCCCACUUGGAACGAGACACCUAAAUAAAACGUCACGGCGCCGUUGCAGUCCUAUCUUAGUAAUAUUUAUACGCUCAGUAUACAAAACUCGACAGUGAAAUUAUAUAGUAUUUUUGGUUUCUUUCUGUUUCUUAUCUGUUGACAGCUUUCGAACAUCGAACAUGUUACGGGGACGUUUCGUAAAUGCCGACCGCUUAUCAAAUAAAAUAAACGUGUUACUAUAUAAAUUAAAUUAUAUACCUAUUAUAUACUACGAUGAUAACAGACUGACUGUUUUGUUGAUAAUAAUAAUUUAUAUAAAUCGUACUGUUAUUGUAUUAUUAUUAUUUUGUAAAACCAUGUUUGUGAUUGUAUUAAUUAUUAUUGUCAUAUGAAAUGUAUAGGUUACGUUUUUUUUUUUUUUUCAUUCGGAAAGUCCUUUAAACUUGUGAUUUUCCGCCUUUUCGUCUAGUCCAGUACUUAACCACCUACCUACUUUUUUUCCAAAACAGUUUUUUUUUAUAUUUUUGGACCCCGUAUAUAUUGGCCUACAAAAUUCCAAUUCUAUAUUCUAAUCGAUUGUUCCGCUUUCCAUUUAGUUCUUUUAUCGUUUCGACUCUCGCGUCAUUUUUAUAAUUUGUUCUUUUUAAGAGUUACUUAGUCGCCUUGCAGUUCUCUUGACUUCAAUAAUGCCCUCAUCCAUAUUAAUUCGAAAAAAUGAAAAUUUAUCAACGCGAAAAUAUUCUAAUUCACUUUCGGAUAAUUGUACUAGUCACAAGUUUUACCUGUAUUGAUUGGGUAAUUGUGGUAAUCUGUGUCACGGAAAACGAUGAUAAUAUUUUCGUGAUUUCGAAAAAAUAAAAAAGUACGUUGCACAUCGAUGCAAUUUGUUGGUUUUAUUUUUUUUAAGUACCGAAAUUAUGGUCUAUUUAAUCCGAAAUGUUUCUUGUUCUCGCAAAACUGUUAAAAAAAAAAAAAAAAAAAAAACCAACAACAAUUUUAUAGAUAACAUUCCCUUUAAAUCGAAAUAUUUUACAGUGUGUAUAAGAACUGUAUAAGAACUUGUGGCCGUUUUUUAAUACAUUUUUACUAAUUGCGUUUCUUCCGUAGCUGAGUCCUGGAUCUAAGCUGUCCCGGUGGUUCGAAUUGCAGCCCGAAACGGACGCACUGCCGCUGUUCAGACCGGAGAGCGGGUUUGUUGACUACCCGCUGGACGAAUACCAGUCCACCGACAGCCUGCUGCACAAGGACAAGCCCAAGAGGAGGUCCAACCUCAGCCUCAAACUCCGAAGAGUCACCACUUUCUGACAGUUGAACUUCCUAUUCGAUCUGGACGUGUAAAAACGUCCGCAGGACAAUAUUAUUAAUAUAAGACAGAUAUAGAAUAUUUUUGGCGUAAAAAAAAAAAAAAAACAGCCAUUAAUUCAAUGAAAACUAAAAAUCAUUUUUUUUUUUUGAAUAAAAUUUAAGUAACGCAUUGAAAAAUGCAAAAUAAAAAUUACAUAUUAUAUUCGCUGAAUCGUAUAGAUACAACGAAACUAAUGUGUAGCUCGGUUAGCACUUAUUGAGAGGGAGAGGUAAUGCAAAAAUGCUGUAGCAUACAAAAGUCAUCAAAAUCCUAUUUCUAACUUUUAAAAACACCUGCCCUUCUACCUUUCACUAAAAAUAUUCCUUUUAUCCGAGACACCCAAUCCACAGUCUCUCCCUCUCUCCCGAUGAGUCUUUUGUCUGAUUAUUUCCUAUAUUGUAUUUUAUUGACCGGUGUCUAGGCACGAAUUUUGUGAAUGAUAAUUUAUUAAGUGUAAUAUAAUAUUAUACGUUUCGAGCCUUUCGGUGGUCGAAGUGGGUGACAAAAACGAGGGUACUGUCCCGGUACUUUUUUAUUUUUAUCAUUCUGUCCCAUAUACCUACGUAUUUUCAACUCUAAUCGAACAAUUGUAAUUUUUCACCAAGAUCAAUACUAGGAACUUAUGUUAGAAAACAGUUUUAUUUAAUUUCCAAAAAUUAAUAAAUGAUUGAAAGUAUUUUUUUUAUGCGAUUGUAAAUAUUUGUGUUUUUUCAAUUAAUUUAGUCUCGAUUAGAGAUAAGUUAUAUUAUCGUGUAUAUGUAUAUAUAUAUGUAUAUUUAUACUUGCAAACAAAAAAAUGUAUAAUAUUGCAGUAGUGGGCAUUGACUGAAUCUUUAUCAUCCCCCUUCCCUCCUGUCGCUCUUUUGAGCCCACUUUUACCGCCGGCAAUUCUGUGAGGUUUUAUCAGAGUUUUGGAGAUUCGUUAUACACGUUCAGUGAAAAUCGCCAUUAUUCUUUUUAUCGACGACUAGGUUAGGUUAGGUUAGGCCAUGUGAUCGGAAUAGGCUUGAUCCGCGCUUGUCGGAUCUCUUGACCCUUGACUCCGUUUCCUGUUUUAUCGUGUUAAUCCUCAUAAAUAUUUCGUCUUCCCUGGCCUAUACACCGGAACUCCUCAUCAUCGUGCGCUCUAGAGAAAAAUAGUUCCCAUCCUCGGAGAACACGCGUGUUUAUCGUGUUGGGCGAUUGGACCAUAGUCAAUAAACGAAUAGACAGGACAUGCUCAGUAUUUUUAAAACCGACCGUAGCAUUAAAACAAUUCUAUUUGGCCGACUUCGAUAAUUUUUGUAGUGCAUCAAGCUCUCCUAUAGUUGUGGCCUGUUUUUUUCUCUCGAUAAGAAAUGUUAUUAUUCAUUCACGUUAUGAUAUACGUAUUACCAAACAAAUAUUAAUUAUUUUCCGUCGUAGUUUCGAGAACCACACAUUUCGUUCCCAUGUCCUAUAACCAUUCGUUGAUCGCCUAUAUCUAUGACCGCGAGCCCGGCGACCAUGCGACAUAAUUAAGACCUGCGUGGCACAUCCGCCUCCAAGUAAGACUACUAUAAUAUUUUCGCGGUCCUGAACUGAUAACGAUAACGAGGCCGUUUGUUUAUAUUUUUGCGUAUUAUGAUUAGUGAUUAGUAUAUACUACAGUGCCAAACAAGUGAGGCCAUAUAUUAUACUAUAUAAUAUAAUCUUCACUGAUAAGCUGGACAUGUCACAUUCAUAAUGUAUUUGUAUCAUGUAUGAUAUAAUAUGCUAACAAAUCAUUCCUUUUCAUCGUGUUCUUUAUUCAUGUGUACUAGAACUUUAUUAUUAUUAUUAUAAUUAUAAUUAUUAUCAUUAUUAUUAUUACAAUUAUUAUCAUUAUUAUUAUUACAAUUAUUAUCAUUAUUAUUAUUAUCAUUAUUAUCAUUAUUAUUAUUAUUAUUAUUAUUACAUUUUGCAUUUUUCCGUGUAUAACGGCGUUAGAAACUGUUGUUCGCGCGCUUUAAGAGUUCUAUAUAAGAUAGUUUAUUAUAUUGCGCAUACGCUAUUUACGCUCUUUUUAUUUUUAAAACAUAAAAAAAAAAAAAAAAAUUAUAGUCAUAAAAUGUUUUCAAUAGCAUAUUAUAAUAUAAUAUACACAUUAUAUUUUAAUUUUAAUCAUUAUUAUUCUUGUAUACUUUAACCGAGGACGCGAUCGUACGCAAUUAAUAUCGAUUAACGCGCGUACGUUAAUCGGUAUGUAGUUGGAGAUAAACAAUCGCUGUGUUCUAAUAUCUGCUCUACUGUUUGUUUUCACGCAUUAUUGGAAAACAUACACUCGUAGAGUAGAUAUAAGUAUAUCGAUAUUAUAUAAUAUUAUAUAGGUGUAACAAAAAAAAAAAAAAAAAAUAUAUAUAUAUAGUAGUUUAGAAAACAAAAUUUAACGCCAUUCCAUAUUAUACUGUACUCGUAUAUAUUUAUAUAAAAAUAUGAUAUUGUAACUGUAAAAUGUAUAACCGUAUAUCGAGUUAUAAAAUAUAAUAACGAAUAAAU